AUGGAAACGAGUGCGAGACAGCCGAACUUCUCUCAGGAGGAAACUGAUGCUCUGGUCCGGGAGGUCCAGUCUCGCAGUGGCCGGAUAUACGGUCACACGAACAGACCUCCACGGGUCGAUGAUGCAAAAGCAGCCUGGGAAGAGGUAAGUGCUGCUGUCAAUCAAGUUUGCCCGGACGUGCUGAGAACCGCUGCGCAAUGCAAAAAGCGGUUCAAUGAUGUUAGACGACGGGCUAAACUUAAAUUAUCCCAACACCGUCGCCAGACUGCAACGACCGGAGGCGGCCCCUCAACGAGUGUGGUGCUGAGCCCUGCGGAGGACGUGGCGUCCUCCACACUCCCCAAAAUUAGUAUCGAGGGGUUUGGUGUCUCUGAGGUUGGACUCACGGGUAAGACAAACAUUCUUUUCCACAAAUAAAGACACUAACAUGUAUAUUUAACCAUGUGUUACUAAGGUGUGUUGUGUGCACAGGUGAUCUGAAAAAAUGCCAUGCGUAAUGGGAUUGAAAUCGGAACCACCUGUGCGUAAAGACGGAUCAAACAAAGCCUGAUUGUAUUUUCUCCCCCUUUCCGCUAAUGUUUGCAUCUGAAAUGAACUUUGCUCACACAAUUUCUAACUUCUUUAUUCUAAAUGAAAGUAUUAACAUUUUUAAAAAAAGAAUUUCUGUGAUUUACUAAAAUAAAAUUUCUGGUCAGCCUCGGCAGAAUUGCCGCCGUCGCGGCAGCAGCAGACCACAAGGGAGGAGGAGGAGGAGGAGGAGGAAGAACAGCAGCAGCAGGUGGUCGGGGGGGAGGAGAAGGAGGGAGAGGACGAAGACGACCGCGAGGAGGAGGACCAGGGGGAGCCGGAGCCGGUGCCGGAGACGCGGGAGGGGGCAGGACGUGGAGACGAGCCGGCAACAUGGGGUCGGAGACGAAACCGCGUUCAGCGGGAGGACCAGCCCUUCCUGGACACCCAGCGGGCUGGUUUUCUGAUGUUGGAGAGGGAGCUGGGGUUGAUGGGGACACAGCUUGGGUCGCUGGAGGCCCAGGUGAAGGCUCUCCAGGAGGUCCUCCAGGCCAGCCUGCUCCCCUUAGCCGCUGGUGUUGCGACACUGCAGCGGCUGGUCCAGGUAGCCGAAAGGCUGCUGCCACCAGCAGAAUCAUCCGCCCCCGCCUGUCCCAGGUGGCCGCUGAGGCCGCGCACAAGAGGGGGGCGGCCCCCUGGGUUGACUGACCGACUGCAGCGUCCAGACCCAAGAGGAGGAGGAGGAGGAGGAGGAGGAAGAAGAAGAAGAAGGGGGGUUGGGAGGGGAGAAACACAAUAAAAACACUUGUUAAUGCAAUCAUGUUUGACUAUUUAUUGGAUGUUUUAAUGUGGAUAAUUACAAAAAGUGUAUAAAUGAAUGAAAGCAAAUACUCACACUUAAGGGCAGAGCUGUGCUGCGAGGCGGUCCCUCCUCACCUGCGCGCUCUGCUGCUCUCCCUGCUGACAUGGCACAUGCAAUUCGGCCUCUCUCUGUCUAAAGUCCAGUAAUGUGUCCUCGGCGAGGUCGUAGUGGCAUCCAUGGCGUAUAGCUAAGUUGUGUAAAACACAACAUGCCACAAAGAAUGCACCGACACUCUGCGGGCUGUAUGUUAAUGAACCACCUGACCGGUCCAGACAUCUGAAACGCAUUUUGAGGAUUCCAAAAGUACGUUCAAUGACUGACCUAGCACUGCUGAAGACACUGUUAAAAACACGUUGCUGUCUUGUUGAAGGUGUAAUGUAUGGCGUCAUCAACCACGUUUUCAGUGGAUAGCCGUUAUCACCUAGCAGCCACCCAUCCAGAGGGGUGUCCCCCUGAAAGACUGUAGGGAUGAUAGAAUUCGCCAGGAUGAAUGAAUCAUGUGCAGACCCAGGGUAAUUAGCGUACACGUUUGUCACCAGGCAAUUUGAGUCACAAAUCACCUGGAUAUUAAUGGAGUGGACUCCCUUACGAUUCACAUAAAUGAGGGCUUGGGUCUCUGGUGCGCGCAACUGCACAUGUGUGCAGUCAAUUGCUCCAAGGACCCCAGGGAAUCCAUAUUUCAACAAGAACCCUCGCUUCGUUUCCAGCUGGCUUGCAGGUGAUGAUGGGGAAAUGAUGUGCUCAUUUGCGUGUUGGACUAGACUGGUGGACACUGCAUGUAUGGCCAAACUGACAGCAGCCUGACUUAUCCCUACCACCGAAGCCACGGUAUGCUGGAAAGACCCGGUGGCGAAGAAAGUCAGAGCCGCUGUCACCCUCACAGCAACUGGGAGAGCGCAUGGGCCACCGGGGUCCGCAUCUGAGGCCACAAUCCGUGUGAUCGCGUGGACCACCUCACGAGGCAGGUGUAAUUUGGUCCUGUGUCAAGGAAAAUAGUAGAUUGUUAAAAGGCAGUUGUAUUGAACACAGUGUUGGAGGCGUUAUCCAUGUGGCCCACCUGCAUUCCUGCUCUGUUAAGGUUAAAUAUGAUGCCCUGUGAUGAAUCACCCUCUCUCUGUAAUUUCUCCUCCUCCUCCUCCACCUCCUUGCAAUUAUGUACUCCAUCUUUGUAGAUAAUGUUAAGCAUGGAAAUUAUUAAAUUUGUAGCUGUGAGAUCACAUGCUGCAUGUAAAUCUUGAGAACAACGGUCAUAACUUACUUUGCUUCAGUGUGCGUUGAUUCUUUUCUCAGUGUUCUGAGAUGACAUGCCAAAUAUAUACUCUCUCUGUGAUGACGAAGCUGUUUGUGGUUGGUAGAGAGACGUGAAGUAGUUAGUUUGCAUCAGAGUUUCAGCUGUGUUAGUCGGUCAGGUGGAGUGGCAAUUAGGCGUGCCAAACGCGCUCCUAUAGAUAUACAUCAAAACGUACUGUAGAUCUAAAUGUAUGUGCUGCAUAUAUUUAAAUCCCAUAUGACAAAGAUGAAUUGUGCGCACAGAUCACACCAUAAAUUCCAAUAAUGGCAUUAAAAUCACAACCAUCUGUGCGUAAUGACGCAUCAUGCUCCUUGGCCUCAUGGCUCUCUCUUUCAUAGAUGUUGGCAUAUAAAAUAAAUUUGGUUCACAAAACUAAAUAUUAUAAUAUUCGUAUGUAGGCUUAAAGUAAAUAACUCAUCUGAGCACUGAAACAAAUCAUCCGUUCAGCCGCCGCCGCACAGAGAGAGGACACAGACACAUAUCCAGGUCGAGCUGUGCGAGAAAUAAGAGGAAGAGGAAGAAAGAAAAGGAGGGAGACAAAUUAAAUAUCUAGUUAACUUCAUCAUUUGUGUUUAUUUACUAGAUAUUUAAUUUAAUUUAAUGCGGUCUCAGCUGUGUUGAUUCGGUCAGGUUGUGUGUCCAAACGGGUGCCAAACGCGGUCAUCAGAUCAGAUAUAGAUCAGAAUAUAUCUAUAUAGAUCUAAAUGUAUGUGCUGACUCAGAUUAAUAGUUGAUGAUGAUUAUUUAUUGCACUGAAAUCUGCCUGACACUGUGGAAACCUGCCGGUGAGGCAUCAGUGACGUAUGUCGAUACGCCGCCGGUCUACCAAAAUACUACAAGACCAGCUGCGUUCCGCCUUGCGCUGAAAGCUGACCAGGUUUGAAUCGGCGAGCUUUCAGCGCACUUUACACGCCGUUGGCGAGCACGAAAAUGUCACUGCGCCUGCUGAUUCUGUCAACACCUCCCCCUGCCACGCCACCACGCCCAGCUUGGCGGAUCUCGGCUCGCCUCCGUGCGGCUAAUGCCACGAAAAUACCAAAUUGGCCUUACGCUGGGCUCCGCCAGACGAAAAUACAACUGCGCGGGGCUCGCCGCCCUCCGCCGCCUCACCGGCGCGGACGAAAAUAGAGCCCCCAGUCUCAUCUGCCUCAUUUCCUAAAUCAAGGAGUCAAGUUCGGAUAACUCUCCAUCUACCAGACGUUCAAGGGAGUCUUCGACUUUAUACUCCACAAGAACAUUAUGUACAAAAAAUAUAUCCAUAUAAAAUUUUAUAAACAUCAAUAAAUAAACUGAGACAUCAUACUUUACCUUUAAAAAGCUUAUAGGUAUUUUGUUUCUUUGCAUACUGACACUAGUAGUGAGUAAGUGUUGGCUAACUUUGCCUAACUCCUGAUGUCCAUUGCAAUGGACAUCAUAAUUCUAGAAAUUAAUGAUAUGAGAUAUAGUCAAGAUGACUUGAAAUACUAUCACUUGUAACACUUGAAAUUAUACUGAGAGCAAAUUUGUUUGGCUAGCUUAAACAUAAAUUCCUAUUUCUUAAUGAAAAUGAGCACUUACUCCUCCCUUUCUCCAGUUGCUUAGGCAUGCCUGUGUUGCCCGACGUCUGGCACUCCCUCUGAGCAUGCACAAAGUCAUGACUUGAUUGUAAUUGGAUAAUCAGGAUCCAAUCAGGAACCGGCGCUUCUGACAUCACUAGUUCACAGAGUUUUCAUUGGUUUAGAGCCAGAAAUAUGUCAUGUCCAUUGCAAUGGAUGUGGGGUUUUUUUUUUUUUUUUUUUUUGGCCUUUCUGGACAUUUUAUUACAGAAUUUAUUGUGGUGUUAAGCCUAAGCAACAAAAUGCGGAUAAGUACAAAAGAGCAUGAAAAAAAAAAAUGACAACAAAAAAAUAUAACAAGUAAACCUCUUAUACAAAACUAAGUUCCCAUAAUAAUCUAUCAGGAUACAGGAAGAGAAUAAAGAUAGGAACUUCCAGAUACUUUUCAUUUGGCAGUGUGAAAACAUAAAAGUGGUUUAAAGGACAGUGAUCGGUCACAUCAAACUGAAGUGCUUGUCCAAUAACACGCAGUGAUUUUACGAAUGUGAAUAUGGAGUUUUCUUUUGGGGGUGAACCAGCCAGCCCCUGAUCUACCAAAUCUAGUGUAACUUUUCAACAGGAUCAUCAUCGUAAUUACUUACGUCUUUAGAGGAAGCGGCAACCUCUAAUCAUUCAUGUCGUUUUCUUUUUUCAGAGUCUGAUUGGACAGCUGAGGGGAAUGUCUCCUGUCUCCCACAGGAAAUGGGGUGUGCAUGGGCCUUUGCUCCACCAGACACGUUCCCCUGGUGCCGAAAAGGCUGGCUGAAACGCUGGCCCUUUUGGCCAUAGCGGACUUCUGUCCAGCCGUAUUCGUAGACACUCAUAUUUGUGUGGCUUCAAUGAAUUAUAAAGUUUUUGUUUAUUUCUUUAUGUAUACAUUGUGUUUUAUGAGUUUUGUAUUUAAAAUUUCUUAAAUAUAUUGAUUUUGCCCUCUUUCAAAUGUAAUUAAUAUACCUAAAAAAAAGUAACAUUUAGGGUUAGGGUUAGGAGGCUUAGGGUUAGGGGUUAGGUGUUAGGUUUGUAUCAGAGAUACAGUGAUAGCUCCCGCUUUUAUCAGCUGAUUGGCGGUUUGGGGUUGGCUAAUCAAGGGCUUGCACUGGCUGUCGCAUGUGGUUAGGGGUAGGGGUAGAGGUUAGUGUUGGGGGUUAGGGUUAGGGUAAGGAGAGCUUUCUGGUUUCUUUCUGCGACACAUUUUAGUGGGUCUUCCUAGGGUUAGGGUUAUAUUUAUUUAUUUAUAAAUUAACCACCUAGGGUUAGGGUAAGGGUUGACCUAGGGUUAGGGUUAACCUAGGGUUAGGGUAAGGCCUGUGUAGAGGUUGUUAGGGUUAGGGUUAGGAGAGCUUUCUGGGAUCCUUUUGCAACGCAUUUUAGUGCGUCUUCCUACGGUUAGGGUUAUAUUUAUUUAUUUAUUAACCACCUAGGGUAAGGGUAAGGGUUAACCUUGCGUUAGGGUUAACCUAGGGUUAGGGUAAGCCCUGGGUAGGGGUUGUUAGGGUUAGGGGGUUAGGGUGAGGGGGUUUAUGUUAGGGGUAGGGGUAGGGUUAGGGAUUAUGGUUAGGUGAGGGGAAUGUGUCCUGUCUUCCAUAGGGAGUGGGGUAGGCGCGGGCCUUCUCCCAGCAGCAUACACCCCCACGGCCCCAUAAGGGCUGGUGGAAGCGCUGGCCUCUUUGGCCAUAGUGGACUUCCAUCCAGCCAUAUUGAUAGCUGCUCAUAUUUGAGUGGCUUUUAUGAAAUAUAAUAAAUAAUAAUAAUAUCUUACAUUUAUAUAGCGCCUUUCAGGAUACCCAAAGCGCUUAACAACACACUACACAAAAAAAAACUAACUAAAUACCAAAAGACGAUAUGGUUUUUUUUUAAUUUUAUAUUAAUUUUUAUAUUAAUUUUAAUAUAUAUAUAUAUAUAUAUAUAUAUAUAUAUAUAUAUAUUCUUUCUUAAAUGAAAUAAAAUAAAAUACUGAUAACUUAACCGUAAAAUGAAAGGAAACUUAACUAUAAAUUUUUCACUUUCUUAAAGAAAAACCUGGUUGUCUUCUUAAAAAGGUAAUAAAUAAAUAAAUAAAUAAAUAAACUGUGUUUCAACCUUUUUUUUUUUUUUUUCGGCCUUUCUGGACAUUUUAUUACAGAAUUUAUUGUGGUGUGGUUGAUGAGAAGAUGAAAUGGGAAGAACAUGCAUGCGGGGUGGUCUCCAAGGCCCAGCAGCGCCUAUAUGGACUCAGGCGUCUCAAGAAGUUGAGUCCAAUAAUAAUAAUAAUAAUAAUGCAUCAGAUUUCAUAUAGCACUUUAUCAGAGACCUUUAAAGCGCUUUACUUGGAUACAUCAUUCAUUCGCUCACACAGUCACACCUCGGUGGUGGUAAACUACCUUAGUGGUCACAGCUGCCCUGGGGCAGGCUGACGGAAACGUGGCUGCCAUUUUGUGCCUACGGCCUCUCUGACCAACACCACACAACACUCACAAUCAUACACCAGUAGAGGACACACACUGGGAGCAAGGACACAACAGACAGACUUGGAAUAGGGGGAAUCGAACCGCCAACCUUCCAGUUACUGGACGACCGCUCGGGAGCUGUACAGACAAGGACCAUAAGGCCCUAAGAAGGGUGGUGCGCACAGCCGAGCACAUCACUGGAUGUCAGCUGCCCAGUUUGGAGGAUCUGUACAACGAACGUUGCAAGCACAAGUAGACUGAAGAACAGUUUCCUUCCCCAGGCUGUAAGACUUUUAAAUAAGUCUACGAAAUGAACUUUCUAUGGUGUCAUGGCCUUGUGUACUGUCUCUGGCUCUUUUAUUUGUUUUUAAACUUUUAGAAAAGUAUAGCACUGUUACUUAUUUAUUGUUUUUAUUCUAUGGAGCACCCCAACCUAAGCUUUUCACAGUGCAAUGGACUUGUACAUAAAUCUUGUGACAAUAAACAUCUUGAGUCUUGGUGUUAAGACCGAGAAACAAAAUGCAGAUUAGUACAAAAAAAGCAUGAAAAAAAUAAUGACAACGAAGAAAUAUAACAAGUAAACCUCUCAUAAUGUUUUUGUUUAUUUCUUUAUUCAUACAUUGUGUUUUAUGAGUUUUGUAAUUUAAAUUUCUUAGAUAAAAUAUUGAUUUUGCCCUCUUUCAAAUGUAAAUAGUAUAGCUGAGAAAUAAAAUGUUUAGGGUAAGGGUUUGGUUUGGAGGGGUUGGGGUUAGGGGUUAGGUUUGUGUCAGAGAUACAGUGAUAACCCCUGCUUUCGUCACCUGACUUGGCGGUUUCAGGUAUGCUAAUCAAGGGCUUGCACUGGCUGUCGCAUGUGGUUAGAGGUUGGGGUUGGGGUUAAAGGUUAUUGUUAGGGGUUAGGGUAAGGAGAGCUUUCUGGUUUCCUUCUGCGACACAUUUUAGUGGGUCUUCCUAGGGUUAGGGUUAUAUUUAUUUAUUUAUAGAUUAACCACCAAGGGUUAGUUUUAGGGUUAACCUAGUGCCAGGGUUAGGGUUAGCCCUGGGUUAGGGUUGUUAGGGUUAGGGGUUAGGGGAUAAAUGGGGGUUUGCACCCCUGGGUGCACCUUUGCGAUCGGUCCCAGAGCUCAGACACUUGUCCAAGAACUUUGAAACUUAGUGUAUCCCAGCAUUGUCGACCCCGCUGAACAGCUUGUUGCUGCGACGCUCCGUUCCCGAGAUAUGGUGAUUUCUAUUCCCCCUCAUAAGUGAAUGGGACCUUGAAAGAUUUUUCCCAAGUGUUAGGGUUAGGAUUUUGGGGAUAGGGGACUGUGCACCCUUAAAAUAGGGGACUGGAGGUGCACGGUCCAUCCCCUGAAGUCCCCUCUCCCCCUCGACCCCGUCUGGUUUUGUGGAUUGGUGCCACUGUAGGUUUUUUUUGUUUUGUUUUUUCUUUUACCAUUGACUGUUUUUUUUUUUUAUUAAUCAUUCAUGAGUAAAACAGAUGUCUGUGCACAACAAUACAGAAAUAUUAACAAUUUAACAAAUUAACAAAAAAACAACAAGACAAUAAAAAUUGUUAAAUUUGACAUUUAUUUCAAAUCUUAAUGCAUACAAUUGUUUCAGAAAUUACUGUUUAAAGGUGUUUUGGUAGACAAUAUUGUCUCCUAUACAAGAUCACUAAAACCAUGGGAUCUUCUAAACUGAACAGAUGAAUUCUCAGUAAAAGCACUGAGCUCUUGAAGAGGGUAACUGUGAUUACUCUGUCAACUGGAUCGAAACAACAAAUUCAGUUUCAGAGACCACACUUUAUCACCAAAGCUUACAAUUAAAUUACAAAAGAACAUUCUGUGGUCCACAAGGACUGUCUUAAGUAAUUUUCUAAGGGAUGCCCAGUGGGAUUGUGAAGGACAGGUAGUCUCCCACCUCUCCCCACUCAGCUUUGAAAUGCUGAAAUAUUCUGAUCCAGGUGGUAAGAACUGCUACCCAAAGCAGUAACCCAAAGGCCGACCGCUUGACAUAUGUCUUUAUCUGGAGCUGUUCACUGUAUGCUGGCUUCACAGAAAAACCACACAACGUUGACAAGCCAGAAAAAUAGUUGAAAUGCAAAACCUCCUUAAUAGUAUUUCCUACAAAGGCUAAGUUUGUCCUCAUUGGGAAGUCGCUCCAGGUUAGGUGAGGGGGAUGUCUCCCAUCUCCCAUAGGGAGCAGGGUAGGCGUGGGCCUUCCCCAAACCAGACAUGCUCCUCUGGUGCCAAAAGGGCUGGUGGAAGCGCUGCCGUACUUCUGUCCAGCCAUUCAGGUAGCCACUCAUGUUUGAGUGGAUUCAAUGAAUUAUAGUUUUUUAGAUAUUUAUUUGUUUUUUACAAAAAAAAAUGAAAUAAAAUACUAAUAAAAGGAAACUUAACUGUAAACAAAAAGGAAACUUAACAGUAAGUUUCUAACUUUCAUAAAUAAAAAUAAGUUUGUUUUCUUAACCCCCCCCCAUCCCACUUUAACAGAUUUCCCUUUCCAUGUUUUUCCUUUCCAGAAUCUUACAAAAAGUGCUUGAAGUUAAUAAAUAUUUCCAAAGCUGCCUGUUUUAGGGGCUGGAUCAACUGAAGCUGUUUUUUUUUUUUUUUUUUUGAUUGGCUGCACCUACGUUCUGUUCAAACUCAACUCAACUCAGUUCAGUAUUUUCAGAGCUCAAUGUCCACCAAAGUACCCCUUGUUAAAACUAGUUCGACCUUUAACACAGCCAGGCUCAUGGCAACUGUGUCUUUGUUACCAACCAAGCAGGAUCAAUUGGCGAGAGCUAAGGUCACUAUGAUGUUUAAACUUUAGAUAGACAGGAUGCGUCAAACCAAUCCAAUCCACUUUAUUUAGAAUAGAAUAGAAUAGAAUAGAAUAUUCCUUUAUUGAUCCCCAUGGGGGAAAUUUUUUUGUCACAGCAGCAACACAGACAAAGAAAGUGCAAAAAUGCAGUUAUAAGAAUAAUGAUCGAAAUACUAAGAACUUAAAUGUUACAAUGAAGAAAAAAUUUAGAAAAGGAAAAAGGGAGAAAUAAAUAAAACUAUAUACAAUAUACACAAUUUAAGUACCGGAAAAAAAAAAAAAAAACACUGGAUGAAUGAAUAAAUAAGGAGAUGAACAACAGAUGAUGAGGUAUCAGGAUGGUCAUGGUUAAAUAACUGUACAUAAAUGUUAAAUAUCAAUCAACCAAUCAAUCAACUUUAUUUCUAUGGGGGUAGCCAAAGUGCUGUACAUUGAGACAUAAAAACAAAUAAAACAAAUAACAAGAUAAAGUUUUACUCAGAUGUUAAUCCCACAAGUUUCAUGAAAGGCAUAUUUUCAACACUCUCUAGUUUUGACCCUCCCAGUUUAGAAGAGGUCCAUGACAUUGUUAGGAAUUUAAAGGACUCUGCUCAGGGUCACGAUGGUAUUAAAAGCAGUCUUGUCAAAGAAUCUAUAGAUUACAUCAUUCACCCUUUAACCCACAUUCUCUCUUUAUCCCUUCUGUCUGGUAUUGUCCCUCGAGAUCUUAAAAUUGCCAAAGUUACUCCAAUAUUUAAAUCAGGCAAUACAAGAGAUUUUGGCAACUAUCGCCCAAUAUCUGUUCUACCCUGUUUUUCCAAAAUCUUGGAAAAACUAGUCAAUGCGAGAAUCUCCGACCACUUGACGGUUAAUAAUGUUUUGUAUAAUCACCAAUACGGGUUCCGCAAAAAACACUCAACUGAGCAUGCAUUGCUGCAACUUGUUAAUACUGUUUCCUCUGCUCUAGAUGGGAAAAAAUUUGCCCUUGGUGUCUUUCUUGAUUUAAGCAAAGCUUUUGACACUGUCGAUCACAAAAUCCUCAUCUCAAAGCUUAACAGAUAUGGAAUCCAGAAUAUUGCCCUCAACUAGCUGAUCAGUUAUCUAGAUAAUAGAGAACAGUUUGUUCAUCUAAAUGGUGCUUCAUCCACUAAAUCCAGUAUUCUCUUUGGGGUCCCUCAGGGAUCAAUCCUCGGUCCUCUGUUAUUCUUAAUUUAUAUCAAUGACUUACCUAUGUCCUGUAAUAACCUUCUCCCCUUGUUAUUUGCUGAUGACACCUGUUUCAUAGAUGUCCAUGCUGACUUUGAGACUCUCAUUGCCCGUGUGAAUGAUGAAUUGUCCUCUGUUGCUAACUGGUUCCUGACUAAUAAGCUAACUCUUAAUAUAAAAAAAUGUAAUUUCAUGAUCUUCAGCAACAAAAACAAAUCUUAUCCAAAAGAAAAAGCCAAAAUAUCAAUUAAUGGUACUGGAAUCCCUCAAGUACCCCACACCACUUUUUUGGGUGUUGUCGUCGAUGAGGGUCUAAAGUGGAACAUUCAUAUCAGCCAAGUAUGCAAAAGGUCAAUGAAGAGCCUCGGUAUAAUUAGUAAGGUCUGUCCCCUGAUCAAUCCCUCUGCUCAUUUGUCUUUGUACUACAGCUUUCUAUUUCCGUACAUGAACUAUUGUAACAUUGUAUGGUGUGCAACGUAUCCAACUUACCUCAAGAAAAUAUUAAUAAUUCAGAAAAGAUUCAUAAGAAUGAUAUCACGAUCCAGCAAACACGAACCUUCUGCUCCUCUCUUUUCUAAAUACUCCAUCUUACCAAUUGACAAACUCAAUGUCCUUCACUCUUGUUUAUAUGUCCACAAAUUCAUCAACAACAAACAAGCCCUUCCUGAAACUUUCCGAAACUUUUUUACCUUUUCAUCCGACCUUCAUCCGUACUCAACACGACAAAAUGGCCAUCUUCAGUUACCUUCAUGUAGAACUUCUAGUCAUCAGUCUAACAUCACUUUUAGAGGUCCGAAACUGUGGAAUAAUCUUGAUGCAUCUCUAAAAUCAAUAUCAUCCUUUAACUCCUUUAAAAUAUCAUUAAAAUCUCAUCUGAUCAUGUCUUAAAUACAUCAUUAUCUGUUAUGAUCAUAUCUCUUUCCUUUUUAUAAAUACUUUAUUUUCUUUAUCACUGUUUGCAGAUUUGUCUGUGUCUGUGUUCCAGUCUGUGUACUUAGUUGUCCGCACCUUAUGUUUUCUCUGACCUGACGGGAGUGGAACUCUGUAUAAGCCCAUCGGCUUCGUUCCCUCCUUGCACUGUUUUUAAUCUGUGCUAAAUAAACAAAUACAAAUACAAAUACAAAUACAAAGUGAGCAAAAAUACAUUAAUGCAAAAAAUAAAUAAAUAUAUAAAUAAGCAGACUCAUGGCAAGUGCUGAGAUGACAACAAACAAAAUAUCACUACAAUGUAUUAAAAGCCAAGGAUUAAAUAGAUUAGGGUGUGAGUCCAGUUUACAGGGUGGGAGUCUCAAUCUGCUGCUGAAGGAGCUGCUUAAAGCCCCCACAGUCUGGUGCAGUGGGUGAGAGGGAUUGUCCAUGAUGGAUACAAGCUUUGCUAACAUCCUCCUCUCACCCACCUCCUCCAGGGAGUCCAAAGAGCAGUCCAGGGCAGAAUCGGCCCUCCUGUUCAGUCUCUUCUUGUCCCUCUCGGUGUUCCCUGCCACCCAGCAGACCACUGCAUAGAAAAGUGCAGAUGCUACCACAGAGUCAUAGAAAGUCCUGAGCAGAGUCCUGCACACUCCAAAGGACCUCAGUCUCCAUAGCAGGUGGCGAUGACUUUGGCCCGUCUUGUACAGGACGUCUGUGUUGGUUGACCAGUCCAGUUUAUUGUUGAGGUGGACACCCAGGAAUCUGUAGGACUCCACCAUCUCGAUGUCCAGACCCUGGAUGUUCAAUGGAGCAGUCUGAGAUGUCCUCCUCCUAUGGACAUCCAUGACCAUCUCCUUUGUCUUACUUGCGUUUAGCUGGAGGUGGUUUGUGCCACACUAAUUGACAAAGUCAGUGAUGACAGUCCUGUAUUCCCACUCAUCCCCUGAUGAUACACAUCCGAUGAUGGCUGUGUCAUCAGAGAAAUUCUGGAGGUGACAGCUCCCAGAGUUGUAGUUUAAGUCCAAGGUGUACAGGGUGAAGAGGAAGGGGGAGAGCACUGUUCCCUGUGGAGCCCCUGUGCUGCAGAACACCAUGACCGACACACAGUUCUGAAGCACGGGGGCUGUACAGAGUGAAGAGGAAGGGGGAGAGCACUGUCUCCUGUGGAGCCCCCGUGCUGCAGACCACCAUGUCAGACACACAGUUCUUAAGCCUCACAAACUGUUGUCUGUCGGUGAGGUGAGGGACACCCUCUGGGUCCUCCAGGCUUUGGGUCCACACACACAAACACAUCCAGAGAUGAGUGUGUGUAAUUACAGCCUUUGCAAGAAACUGUACCCUUGUUUCCUUACAAGUGACAAGGAAAGGUGCUGAGAAAUCACUUUCCUCAGAAAGUCAGGUUUCUUUUUUUUUUUUUUUUCUGUACAGAGGAAACCACCUUUAGAUGAUCUGGCUUCCAAAAGUCUAUCAAUGCUGAGUGAGAGGGCAAAUUACACCAAAUGUAUAGCACAUUUUAUAAACAUUCAAGUUUACCAAAGUGCAAGAGUUUAAAUUAUCUGUUGACUAUAUUUAGAAAUGAUGAAGACACUGAUAACCUACAACUGGGGACCACUUCUGUGUAUCUGCUUGAUGCAAGGAUCAAAUGUACUUUUAGCAUAUAUCCUGAACUCUGGUGUCUGCCUCAUUAAAUUACCAAAUUUUAUAAUCAUGUUGCUGGCGUAAAUGUAAAAUAAGCGUAUGCACACUACACACAGCAUGUGGCAUUAGAGUUGUAAAUUGGGGGUUCACUUACUAUGUCAAAUUCUUCAUCAGUUUAUGCAGUCAACUACUGAAGAAAAAUCCAGGAGGUGUUUCUCCAUAAAGCCUUCACCUGUGUCGUCUGAUCGCCUCCUCUCAGUCAGCCAGGGAGCAGCUAAGAUCUGUGGAUUGAUCUGGGAUUUAUCUAUCAGCCUGACUUCCUGGCAGUUAAAAGCUCACCUUGGUGUGACAAAUUAAAAGUAUUCGCUAGACACCAUAGAGCGAAGCGGUGAAGGAUGUAAAGAGGAGAUACUGUCUGUCCGUCACUUACUGAUGGAAUCAGCAUCCUGUUGUUAAUGUGACGGAUGAGAGAUGUGAUACAAACAGCCAAACAGUAGCUACGUUUACAUGGAGCCAAAUAUUCCGAAUAGAAUCGGAAUAGAAGCCCAAUCGGAAUGAAAAUGCUCCAUAUAAACACCUCAUUCGGAAUAAACAGGCCCAUUCCGAAUGGAAUUUCAUUCCGAUUCACAGGGGUAGAAUAUUCCUUUUCCCAUUCCGAUUAAAAGCAAAAUCCUGUCAUGUAAACGGUGAAUCGGAAAGUUGUCAGGCUGGGUUCUGUCUGCGCAUGCUCUGUCCUGAUGUAACCAAGCAGUGACGUAUGACUCACAUGGAAACAUGAUGGCGGCUUCCAAACAGAGCACGAUGAACUGGUCUGCGUCGGAGAGUUUGUUUUUAAUACAAACUCUCAAAGAACUAGACAUUGUCGCACGCUUAGACGGUAGGAAAACACGAAAUGCUGAACUAUUUAAAAAAGUUCACGAAAAACUCUGCGAGGCAGGGGUGGACCGUAACGUCGAACAGAUUAGGAACCGCUGGAAAACACUGAAGACUGGCUACUAUAGGGCUAAACAGCACAACAGCAAAAGUGGGUAUGACCCCAACAACUUCCCGUUUUUCGAACCGAUGGACGAGAUACUGGGGGGAAGACCAUUGGCAAACAUCGCUGGCAACGGAGUGGAUGUGGGUUUUGACGAGGAGUCGUGUGAUGGGGAGAGUUCUCUUAACGCUGCACCGGGUGAUGGUGAACCGAGCAUGUCUGGUUUGGAGUAAUAUAUUUCAAAAGUAAUGUGAUUACUGUAACACAUUGCUAUUUACUGUAACGCAGUAAUGUAAGGCAUUACAAAAGAAAAAUUGGUAAUAUUUUACACGGUACAAAUGUCAGAUAUGAGCAUUACAAUCCGGAUUACGAUGCAUUUUUAAUUUAGCCAAAAAUGAAGAGGUGGCUGUUAUAUUUUACUGUUUUAAGCCUUAAGCUAAGUCAGUCAGAAAGGUACCAUUUCACCUUCACUGGAUGUGUCAGGAGCUGUUUGAGAAUAAUGAGCCACAUUUGAAAUGACAAGUCCAUAUUUCCUGUUAUUGUCACGAAAGUAAUUUAAAAGUAAUGCAAUAGUCGUGUAAUGCCUUACAUUUCAAAUACAGUAAUAUUGUAAUGUAACUUAUUAUUUUAAAAUGAUAGUAACAAGCAAUAAAUAAUGCUGUACGUUUUGGAAGUAACUUGCCCAACACUGAACAACACACACUUGCUAACCAACGUUAGGUAGUGUUACUAGUACUACUGCUUAUCACUAGUCGGAUAUGUUAUUAUGUUCAUUAUAGGCUACAGUUGGGUGCUAUGCUUAGGUAUUUUACAUGUGCUGUGAAUGUAAAUGCCUCGCUCGUCAGCUCCAUUGUAAAACGUUUUUCCCUAUAACGUUUAUCAGAUGAUGACCACGACACCACAGGGGGGCGAGGAGAACACAGAGGCCAGUGAGGACAGCAGCUCCCAAAUCCUUAAUUUGACUGUACAAAGUACUGCAAAAAAGAGUAAGUUGCAUUCAAAAAAAUCUGUUACAGGGCAUGGUUAAAUAGAGCACAUACUGGCUCCUUUGGCUAUGUCUGUCAUUUUAAAGUCUUGGGACUUUUUUGUGUUGCAAUUCUUUAUUAAUAGUGAAAAAACUGAAAUGCUUAAACACUCCUUUUACAGAGGCCAAAACAAAGUCCACUUCUGGCUACGAGAGAGCUUUGCUCACUUGGUCGUCUGAUCAACAAGCUUUCUUGGAAAAAAUGCAGGCUUCCCAGAACAGAUGGUUAGAGGGACAGCAGGAACGAAGUCAACAACAAGAAGAACGGAUGCUGUCAAGGUUUCUUGAAGAAAGUUCACGCUCAAAUGAACGGCUGAUAGGGCAGUUGUUUGAAGGUCUUUCACAUAUCCUCACACAUUCCUCCCAGGCAGCUUCACAUGCACCAUGGCAAACUACAUUCCAGCAUCCUCAUCCCUCAUAUUCUCAGCCACCAUAUCCACCACCUCAGCAGCCAUAUCCACCACCUCAGCAGCCAUAUCCACCACCUCAGCAGCCAUACUCACAACCCCGGCCUUCAUUCCAACAGCCACAGCCUGAUAACCCUGACUACACCAUACAAAACUUAGAAUAAUCAAAGGUGAAGAAAUAAAAACUGCCUCAGUUGUUUGAGUUAACCACAAAAAAAGGUUGUUCAGGAAUGCUGUAACCUAUGUUUACUGUUGAAGUUAUGUUUACACAAAAGGCUUUAAAAGUUUUGUUAAAGGGAAGGUAGAACCUACUUGAACAAAAAAAAAACAUUUUGCACAACAAUGCACAAUGUGCAGUGCACACAUAUUUUUUUGCAAUGCACUUGCAGAGUUUUUUUUUACUUGUAAUUUUGUUCUAUACUGUAAAAGAGGUAUUUUAUACUGCACUGCCACUUUCUGUUAUCUGAAUGUCUUCAGAAUAAACAUUAAAAUGUUUAUUUUUGCUUUGAGUUAUGUUUUCAUCUAGAGAUGCUGUUAAUGAAGAUGUCCUGUUCGAAGGGGGAAGUAGCGGGCCAUAUAUUUGGUCAGUGCUGCCCUUACACUGCUGCCAGUCGCAGUGUUCUGUCGGUACACUGGCUGGGUUGGGUUAGGGUAGUUUGCAGUGUGGUCUCUGAGUUCCUCCAACCAGCUGCUAUUGGAGAAAUCUCUCUCUUUCUGGCAGAAGUUGUGCAAUGCACAACAGGUAGCGAUCAUGGCCGGUGCAAAUGUAAAAUGAAAGUCACUCCUUUUCUGUAGCACCCUCCACCUCGACUUAAGGAUGCCAAAGGUCAUUUCUAUACCCACUCGUACAGAGCUGAGGUAUACAUUGAAAGACUCCUGUUCUCUUGUCAGGUAAGGGGAACUUAUGUAGCCUUUAACUAGCCAUUCAAGGAGGGGGUAUGCAGGGUCUCCAACAAUUAACAGCCUGACAUCUUCUCCCUCGAUGUUUCUGACACACUAAACAGGAAGAGAAAAACAAGAAAAACUAUUUUUUACCUCUGGGUGGAUAUGCUUGUACAAUAUUUAUCACAUACAUUUUUUAGUGUUAUGACAUGCUAGAAAUGUUUUUAUAGAUCAACAAAUAUGGACAGUUGUUUUUAUAAAAUAAUAAGUAUCAGCUGACAGAAGCCCCACCUUUGGCAGCAGGUGAGCCCUCGUGAAGAGAUCAGACUGACGGAGCACAUUUGAGUCAUGAGCACUUCCUGGCAUUUUACAGCUGAUACUUCUAAAACUAAAACAAAAAAAAUGUUUGCAUAUAACUGUCAAAUGCACUCACUUUCAGAAACAAGAUAAUACUGAGGUUUACACUUUUGGUUGCAUUUGAUGCAUUUUAACCCUUUGAUGCACAACAUAGGUACACCCCUCUAAUGCGCAACAUGGGUCCAAUAUGACCCGCAUUCAUUUCAAUGGCUAUUUAAUGCUGGGUAAGCUCGUCUUUGUGCCAUCUUUUUAAAUCGGUUCAUUUUAUCAAUAAUUAUGGCAAGAUUUUUUUCAGUUUCCUGAUUUUGAUCGCCACAUAUCUUCACUUUAAUAUUCCCCUUUUUAUUCUAGGAACAGAACUAGUUUUUAUUUAGUUUACAGACAUGCGUCAAAAUGACUUGUGUCUAAUUUAUGAUUUAUAUACUUUAUCAUGUAAUAGUAUUUUGUUUCAAGUAAUUUCUUUAGCACUGAGUAGGGCAAGAAAAAAACAGAUGUAGUCAAUAUUGAUGACAUACUUGUAAUUUUGUCUCACAUACACAGAAAACAGUUGACUGAUAACGCAGCUACACUGUUGAACUGUGCUGUGUUCUGACUGAAUUCAACUGAACAUAAUAAUAUGAAAAAUCAUUUGGGCAGACAAUUGAUAUCAAUGAUAUACACCUUAGUUUAGCUCUAAUUUUACUCAAAUUUGGAGUACAUGUAUUCAAAAUAUUAAUUAGUCAAAAGUAGACUUUACUAGUGAAGCAAAAAGGUUCACAAGUACUAUAAGUAGAUCGGAAAAUGCUCAAUAGUAAAACCAGUAGACUCUUUUUGGGUCCACUAGUUUUACUGGUAAGACUUUUAUGAUAAUAUGGGUGAGGAAAAGCAAAUUUCAGCUUUAAAAAAUGGCUUUAAAAAUAUUACAAUCAAUCAGGUUGCUGGACGUUGUAUAUAAUUCCCCCUACCUUAUUCACAUUGGGUCUAACAGUACAAGUUAAUCUUUUGGCUUUACUUGUUCUACAAGUAGAUUAAAAAAAACAGGAUACUACCAUAGACAAAAGGUGUAAUUGUUGAUAAAAUAAUUAAGGGAAAAUAAAAAUGUGGAUUUGUACAUAACAGUAACAAGUAAUUUCGGGAAUAAUUGUAAUAGUUACAGAUAAAAAUAGAUUUCAUUCUAAGAUAUGUCACAGAAACACUCAGUCAUACAUGAAAUGACAUAAAAUGGAUAAGGGUCAUUUUAGACCCAUGUUGCGCAUUAGAGGGGUAGUGAUUAAAAGAGGUGUUUUACGUAAAAAGAAAGUUAAAAAAUGAAAUAAGGAUACAAGAUGAUAAUAAACAAGUUAAUUGAGGAAUACCUUGAAGACUGAAUAAUAAAAUUAAUUAAUUGCAAAGAUAUUGAUAAUAAAAACUCAGCCGGGUCACUUUAGACCGAUUAUGCGCAUCAAAGGGUUAAGGCAGAUCAUUUUAGAUUGUCUUUUACUUGUUAUGAAAUAAAUGCUGUUAUUGUACAUCAGGGUUAACAGAGGGCUCCAGUGCUAUUUACAUUUAAUUAUGUGGAGUCCACCAUAACUUUUUAUUCUCAUGGGAGGUAUUGCUUACAGUGGCUGAGAAGUGCAAACCAAAAUUACAAGGUGUGAAACACUUUUACAAAUUAAAAAAUAAGUUUGCACUUGUUUCUUUAUAUGUUGUUUUCUCUUUUUGUGUUAUGUUUUGCACUGCAGGGCCACCGUAACAGUCACAAUCAAUACAAUUUUAACUACGUAAAUGGAGGAAAACUAUAAAGAGGGAUCUUAUAGGGCUUGUUUUUGCCUGAUUACUUAUUUAAGCUGUUGGAAAAGAAGUGCAGUGUAUGAGUAUAAUAAUGUACCAGCAUCUGUCAUCCACUACAGCCUGGAGGACAUAGGAAGUCCAUCCUUUUCUGUUCACAAAGUCUUUAAAGCCAUCUGAUGGAGGGAGGAUGGGGAUGUGUGUCCCAUCAAUCAGUCCCAUGAUUUGAGGGAUGAAAUGUGCUGCCUCGAAUCGCGUGGCAAUUUCUGAGGCUUCCUCUUCAUUGGGCAUCUGAAUGAGCUCUUUUAUUGGUCCUUUUAACAUGCCCUGACAAAACAUGUAUGUGAACUUUUUCACUGUGCUUUUGUGAAUGCCGAAUUGGUUAGAUACGAGGCGGUAUUCUGCGCAGCUACCAAGUCUAUACAAAACAAUAGCGACGCGCAUCAUACACGGAAUGGGUGCUCUGACGGUGACUUCAUCAGGAGCCAUAAAUCCCUCUGCCAGUCCACACAACUUUGUGAAUGAAGAGCGCGUCAUCCGAAAGUUUUGCUUCCAUUCAAGGUCGGUAAACUCCAGAAGCACAACUCUUUCCCACCAGUCUUUGCUGCGGAUCUUCAUCCACAGCUUUUUGGUCUUCGGAGGAGGCAUGGGCAGAGCGGGCAAACAUUGCACAGCACUAACAAUAAAGGCUUCUUCUUCACGUCUUCUCCUCUGUAGUGCGUCCAGUAAGAGCGCGUUGGUAGCAAGCUGUUGCUUUAAUAAAAGUGAAAAAACAAUCGCUACUACUCUGCUUAACAGACGAAAGACCUCCAUCUUUGAUCAAUCAUGUGAUGUUUGAAGGUAUCACGUGUCUGUAAAUAGCUGUUCCGAUUGAAUGCCGUGGCACAUGUAAACACCAGAUCAGAAUAGAUCGCUUCCAUGUAAACAGUUCGCCUGGGAGCUUCAAUCGGAAUGAUUAUAAUCCGAAUGAGAAAAAAGUCUGCAUGUAAACGUGGCUAGUGAUUGGUAGAGUUUACCAUGUUUUUGAAAUAGGGUCACAUGAUCAUUGUACUAAUUGCUCCUUGUCUGAUAUUAUACUGGACCAGAAAAGUACAAGUAAUGCACUUUCUUUGAGUAUAACCAGAGUUUCUUAAAUGAUCUCCUGAGGUCCAUUUAAGCUAUCAGACACUCAGAGGAGUGAAAGUGUCUGGCUGGAAGAUGGCUUGCAUCUUUCAUUUCUGAGAUUAUUCAAAAGAUUUAGUUAAGAGGUGUCUGUGUGUUUGGGAUGAAAUACCAAAUGCAGCACACAAACAUACCUUUAUGCAGGCUUUAACUUUACCACCAAUAGUCAGUGCUCUAGCUGUACUAUUAAUACUACUUUUCCCCAAAUACUUUGGAUUUACAGUAAAAAUAGCUAAAAAGAUGUUUGUUGGCUAGUAUGGCUGAGACCCUACAUGUACUGUUAAAGAAGUUAGGUGCUGUUCUGAUUGUUUGUGGCUAUGGGGUGGCUUUUUGGUUAAGGUUUGCACGUGGAGACAUAGACCGCUGUUUAACUUGAUUAACAAAUAUCCAAAUAUACUCAAAAUGAGGUUUUAUAGUGUUUUUAAGCAGUUUUUAAACACUGUUUUUAACCUUUUAUUAACUGCAUGUAUUACUUUAAAUCUCUUCUGAACAAAUGUCUUUUUAAACUCUAUUUAUGUCCUAUUUAUUCUCUAUUUAUUCUCAAUGAAAUAAACCUAAAUUAUUCUACACUUUCUGUCUACACAAACAUCACAUAGUGUAGCUUUACUCCAAAACACACUCAUGUUAACAAAAAUAGACUCAUCACUGUCUAAGCAUUGAUAUGAGACCACACGUUCACUCUUUAGCUUAGCCUUGCGUUCAACUUAACUCUUCACCUCACUCUGUAUCUCGGUUUACACAAGCAUCUGCUUGGAAUAACACAUCUACCAGUGGCGAUUGCUCUAAGACUGCAAGGGAAGCUCGGCUUCCCUUAAAAUGUCACCCCCCAAAAAAAAGAAAAAGCGGUGAAAUACGUACUACUGUGUGUACAUUUCAUUAACUAAAUACGCGCUAGAAAGCCUUCAUCUUUUGUUCAGACACUGUGAUAAGAAGCUGAUCAUCACAGGUAACCGGCAUAACUUCGUUCUCAUUCAUCCUCGCAGCGCCUCAGUGCUUCACACAGCCGGACGCUGGGCUUCUGCUGACUUCAAUGUGGAAGCUCAAAGUGGGUUGUUCCAGCAGCGAAACUAGACGCUCAUUGGAUAAAUGCUGGGCUUUGUCCCGCCCAUCGGAAGCUCAGCUUCACUGGAGUUCUAUGGCGAGAGGGCGGUCCCGACUUUCUCCCGGACUCCGAGCUUCUGCAUCCAUGAUUGGAUGAGCUGUCUGAGGCGAAAUCCUUUUUUGAUUGACAGCUAAACAAGCGAAUCAGCGAUCUUGAAGAAUAAAACCUCUACCAAGGCAUUUUCCAAGUUAUUCAUUCCGUUGUUCUUAACUGCUCCGGAGACUUUACCGAUCCUCAGCGACUUUUGUCUUUGUUAAAAACGACUGCCGUUGUGUUUGGCGACUCUGUUCUGUUACAUACUAAUAAACAAAUACAAUUUUGAUGUAGGCCAGAAAAAUGAGCUUCCCCUCCUUGAAAGACCAGCAGCCGCCACUGACAUCUACUCUACUUGACAUAAGUUUUGGCCAUUAACUCAUGCUAACACAGGGAUUAUGUGAAUCUAAAGUAGAAAGUUUUACCUAUCAGACCUAAUACAACCUAAAACACUUCUCUGGUUCAUUACCGCGAUUGCCGCGCACUGCGAGUCCGCCAUUUUAGAUACACAAACGUGACGAGUCGCCUUCACAGACUCAUUAACUUGUGAACUCGUUCUGCAGAUCGACAUCCUUGACAUUCUAAGGCACUUAUAAUCUACCACUACUGUUGUCUUGUAUUAAUAUAUUGUUUACCAUCCAGCUUACCUGUGAACACACAAUUACAAACAGGUGAACAGGAGCACACUCUGCAUCUUGUUUCAACUCUCAUCACGUACUGACCAGACUUCUUCUACUGUCAGCUACUGAUGCGUGAAAUACAGAGCGCCCUCUGCUGGCGAAACUCAUAUUAAAGCUGGAUUCAAACCAAGCAGACAUAACAGUAGUGUUCCUGUAGAAAGUUACCUUUAGAAAUAAAAAUAAAAUGGGGGGGGCAACUAUUUUUAUUCAUCCAUCUAUAUCAUCCAUCUAUAUCAUAGUGCCACACUCUCCCCCACAAAAUUAAAUGUCUCCUGACAUUUCUGUUUACAUCACAUACUCAACCAUAGCUUUAACACACUUCAACAGCCCAUGGUCUCCAGAAGGUAUUACUCUCAAUAACAAGAGCCCUCGUUACCUUCCAGUCCCUCUGAACCAAAGUCGGCUGACCUAAAGUGUCAUAACUCAGCACAGUUGGCUGCUGUCUCUGUCUUUGAGGUCGCUGUCUCACAGUGACAGUCUCACCUUCAUCUGGAGCUGGAAUGUCAAUCUCAGUCUCACCACUCCCUGGCUGUUCAAGGUCAGGUUCAGGGUCUUGAAUCUGCCCUGGCGUGUCCUUUUCACUAUGUAGUGGCAUAUCCUCUUCGCUCUGUAGUUGCAAAUCCACGCUACGCUGAAGACUUGGUUGAGGCUGGAAGGGCUGUGCCAAAGGGUUGCGUGAAGUCUCCCUCUGUCGUCUCCCCGGAACAGGUCUGAGGUACCACUGGUAGGUGCCACUGUUGUCUUCAUCUGACGUGUCGCCGUUCUCUGGUUGCUGCUGCUGCUGUCCACGUGGAGGUCGGGGCUUUCUCUUUGUGACAGGCGGAGAGUCUUUUUGGGGAUGAACAGUCCGUGCUGGUGGCUUCUCAAGGGGCAGAAAGUUACAGGGGAGUAGAAGGUUCCUGUGCACCACUCUUUCUCUUCCUUGGCCAUUUUCAGGACUGAUCCGAUACACUGGACUGUCAUUCGCUUUUCUCUCUUCCACUUUGUAGACUUGGUCCUCCCAGUAAGACUGGAUCUUUGCGGGUCCACCUCGAGGUGUGAGAUUUCGAAGGAGUACUCUAUCCCCAGGCUGAAGAUCUCUCCCUUUUACUCUCAUGUCAUAGUAGGCUUUUCCUCGAGCAGCUUCUUUGGUAGCUGUUUUCGACGCCACUGUGUAGGCCUCCUGCAUUCUCUUUUUCCAGCAGCUGACGUAGUCAUCAUAGUCCACAUGCGCUUCAUUUUUUUUUUCAGAUCAAAGAGCAGGUCAAUGGGGAGGCGGGGGGAACGUCCAAAGAUGAGAUAAUUUGGGGCGUAGCCUGUUGCCUCGCUCUUUGUACAAUUGUACACAUGAACAACUUUAGCCAGUGACUCUUUCCAAUCAUCCUUCUCUUUGUCCUCCAGGGUCCUCAACAUGGACAACAGGGUGCGGUUAAAUCUCUCCACCUGUCCAUUCCCCUGUGGGCGGUAAGGUGUUGUGUGGGAGCCCUGGAUUCCUGAGAGUUCUUUCAAUCGUGCCAUGAGCUUGUUUUCGAACUCUUUACCCAUGUCAUGGUGCAGUCUGGUAGGGAAGCCAAACUUGAGUGCGAAGUCGUUGAAGAGCUUGUCAGCGACAGUUUUAGCUGCUUUGUUCUUUGUCGCAUAGGCUUGGGCGAACCUUGUGAAGUGAUCCAUGACGACUAAUAUAUACUCGUAGCCGUGCUUACACUUUUCUAGGUGGAGAAAGUCUAUGGACACAAGCUGGAAUGGGUAAGUAGACUGGAUCUAGGUCAGAGGUGCACGGGUCUGCUUACUCAGCUUCUUUUUCUUAAGACACUCACAUUCUUCUGUCACAAAGUGUUCGACUUCUCUCGCCAUCUGUGGCCAGUAGAACCUUUCUCGAAUCAGGUCGAGCGUCCUUUCCACCCCUAAGUGGCCCAUGUCCUGAUGAAGCUCUUUGAAAAUCAGGGGACGGUAGGACUUAGGUACCAGUAACUGCUCUCCGCGGGUUGUUUGGCGACGCAGGAUGCCGUCUUGGUCGACGUGAAGCUUCAACCACUGCUUGAGCAGUGCAGUUACCGCAGGACGUUCUUCCUUCACCUCUGCCCUACCUGGUCUUCUACUCUGUGACUUGUACCAGAGCACUCUCGACAGGACUUCAUCUGCUUCCUGUGCUCUGCGAAUCUGGUCUGGUGUGAAAGGCUGGUUAGUGUCAGAAUCUUUGAUCAACUUUAGAGCGCUAACCUGGAAAACUCCAACACCUUGGCAAGGGUCUCUCUGCUCCACUGAUACAGACUCCAUGGAUGCACUUAUGGCUUCCUGUCCAACUUCAGCUGUGCAACUCCUCAUGUAGCUGUCAAUGUCCAGUGGCAUCCGGGACAGUCCAUCAGCAUCAAUGUUGGUCUUGCCCGGGCGAUAGCGUAUAGUGAAGUUGAAGUUGGCCAGCUCUGCAACCCAUCUGUGACCGGUGGCGUUGAGUUUUGCGGUAGUGAGCACAUAUGUAAGCGGGUUAUUAUCAGUGUACACCACGAAUGAUGGGGCGUGGUACAGAUAAUCUCGGACACGUUCACAAAUGGCCCACUUCAUUGCCAAAAACUCCAACUUGCCAGAGUGCAGGUGGUACUUUUUCUCUGCCGGGCUCAGGGUGCGGGAACCAUACGCUAUAACCCUCAUUUUGCCUUGCUGUCGCUGGUACAAAAUGGCGCCUAGCCCAACCUGUGAUGCGUCACAAUGUAACACGAAGGGCUCAGUGAAGUCGGGGUACCCGAGGACAGGAGGUCUGGUAAGAGCAUCUACAAGCUGGUUCAAAAUAUCUUGGUGGGAGCUGGUCCACUGAAUGGGUGUGCGUGAUGGUAAGUGACCUUUACUUUUUUUCACCCCCUUUUUAGACCUGUCAGUAGGAACUGGGGAAGUGUUGUUCUCAGAAGGUGGAGGACUAAGCAGGCUAUAAAGGGGCUGGGCAACACCAGAGAAGUUGGGGAUGAAAGGUCUGUAAUAAGAGAGAAAACCAAGCAUUUGACGUACCUCUCCAACUGUUGCAGGUGUUUUCUCCUUUAAAGCCAUCACUGGGGCCAACUCUGCUGGAUCCAUUGUGUAGCCUUCACCUGUUACCAUCUUGCCCAGAAACUUGACACUGCGCUUGAACAGUUCACAUUUCUUUGGAGUCAGCUUAACACCAUGGUCUUUGUAACACUGGAGGACAAGGUGGAUGUGCUCUAAGUGCUCCUCAAAGCUGCUGCUGUGCACCAGGUUGUCGUCCAGGUAUGGAAGGCAAACAGUAUCUCUGAGGCCCGCCAAACAGUGUUCAAUGCUCCUCUGAAAGUCAGCAGGUGCGGAGCUCAGGCCAAAGGGGAUGCGUACCCAUUGAUAGAGGCCCCAGGGUGUGAUGAAGGCAGUCAAGGGGCGGCUUUCUUCAUCCAGGAAACCCUGGUGGUAUGCCUUGCCCUGGUCCAACACUGAAAACCAAGAGCUUCCACCCAGCGCAUCCAACAUGUCCUGAAUUCUCGGUAUCGGGUGACGGUCUGGAACUGACUUACGGUUGAGCUCUCUGAAGUCACAGCAAAGGCGAAGAGUACCAUCUUUCUUGCGCACACACACCACGGGUGAUGAGUAGGGGGAUCGUGAUGGUGUGAUCCAACCUUUGUUAAGCAGGUCUUGCAAAUACUCUUUUACUUCCUUGUGAAGGGGCUUUGGGACAGACAUGUAGGUCUUUUGCACAGGACUUGUGUCGUGGAGGGUUAUGUGCAUUUUCAGAGAUGGUAUGCAGCCUACAUCGUCACUGUCAUAUGCGAACGCCUCACAUUCCUCCCGUAACAUCUGCUUCGCAGCUGAUUGUUGACUCUCUGUCAAGUGUUGGAGAUCCACUGGGGGAUCCCAUGACUUUGGUCUCUGCUGGUUGGAACUUAGUGACUUUAGCUCUGGACCGUUCUUUUCUUCUUGUGUCAGCUCGUUUACUUUUGUCUGAAUGUCUGCUGCAUACACUUUCUUGACUGGUUCAAGGUGCCCUAAAACUUUACAACUCUCCAAAAAAAUGGUGUGGUCUGUGGUGUUUGUCACUGGAAUGGGUACGUAUGGUACUUUUCUGUCUGGAAUAUGCACCAAUACAUCAUUAAAGAUCACUCCCUCUGGUGGUUGAUCAGGAGAAAAGAGCAUGUCCUGGCCCCGAGCAUGUGGAUUAACGUGUGUUCUUACAUAGACUGUGGUGACAUGGUUGGCUGGCAAGGGUACUCUUUUUAUCCCAGUACGUACCACACCUGUCUCUGAGUCCUCGCUGCUGUUCUGCACUAGCUUGACAACACUGUGAGUAGUUUGUACAGUUAUUUUAAAAGCUUUACUCACGUAGUGUGCUAGCUGCUUUCUUCCACCUUUAGUCUUUACUUCUCUCUGAUUGACAAUGACUUCAAUGACAUUGUAACCGAUGAUGGGGUCACCAGCCACCGCUGGGUCACUUGAUACCAAUAUCGGCACUUGCAGCUCACUCAUCUGGGACAAAUCACUGUUAAGUCUGAAACUGACCUCUAUCCAACCAAUAUAGGGGAUGGGCGUAUCAUUGGCAGCAAACACUGUAAGUGUUUCAUCAUCUAGCAGUUCUGAAACAGGUCUGACCACUGUGUGGGGAAGGUGGUUUUGCCGCCAGUUUUCAUUUAUUAUGCUGGACUGCGCCCCUGAAUCCCACAACACUUUGACUGGCUGAUUGUCCAUAAAACAAUUCACAGUACAUCUGUUUCCCACCAGGCUUACCAACUUUGACUUGCGUUGAGGAGGUAGAUAGCGAACUUCAGAGACAGCUGAUGGGGUGCUAGCUGCUGUUUCUUUGAGGGAUGAUUGUUCAUUGUGGGACUCUUGGCUCUGGACUAUUGCUGGUCCCAUCUCAAUAGUCCCUCCCCGUUUCCCGUCAACAGUCUCUGUGCUCUGCAUCCACGAGAGUAGUGGCCCUCUCGCCCACAUUUGAAACAGUGCAUACAGUUUUCUCCUUUCCCCUCUUCUCUGCAUUUUUUACAGCCUUUUUCUCUCUGCUUUGGUGCCAUGGGGCGGGGACUGGUUUCCAAAGCAGCCAUGAACAUUUGUUUCAUUUCUUUACGUAUUUCUUCCAUAAUCUGCUGUGUGUCUGACUUAGUCUCUUUACCUUUCACUGUCUUUACGUCCACUGCAGUGGGAGAUCCUCUGUGCUUGGUGUGGCUCUGAAUAGGUGUCGGGGCUGCCUGGCAGCCGGUUUGGAGCUCUUGUACCCUGGGAACCUUGGCAGCAGUGGACCUUUUUCGUUUCUCACAUCUCUCAUUUUCUAGCUUUGAUGCUUCGUUGACUCUCUCGAUCAGUUCUUCAUCUGUUAUGCUGAUGUCGCUGAGGAGGGGCAGUAGCUGAUACUUAAUAGAGUCACUGAGCAGCCCAGUUUCAAUGGAACGAAGGAACUUGCGCUGGAUUGUGGCUCUGCUGUACAGUUCAUCAGUCUCCUCAUUUGCUGCUUUCCAUAACAGUUUCUCUUUGAGUUCAAUAGCACGAAACACAAAGUUAAGGGCAGUUUCUUUGGGUUCUUGGGAGAUACUCAGAAGCUGAUGAUACAACUCAGUGGGGCUGUCCACCUUGUAGUGUCCCUUUAAUAUAGUGAGUAGUUUACUGAGCGUCAACCCACGUUUUAUCUCUAACAUGUCUCUCAAGGGCAUUCCUGGACUAAUGGCCCUGAUAACUGCUUCAACUAUUUCAGUCUCUGAGUGUCCUUUUUCACUCCCAUUCUCAAUCUGGCGAACUAGGCUGAGGUAGGAUAUCUUAUCCUUCUGCCCAUGCUCUCCAAUCUGCCCACAGAUUUUAAACUCUCUCCUCAAUGUUACCUCUUGCAGAGUUCUGGUUGGCUCUGGUCGGGUUUUGGGUGGAGACUCUGUAGUCUUUGCUGGAGUGGCACGUGGAGGGGUGUCCUCAGGUACGUUCUUUGGCACAGACUCAUUGGAUGGGGGGUCCUCUUUAGAUUGACACUCUCCUGUGUUUAGUCUCUGAAUGUAUGUGAUCGUAUCUUCUUAAAACUGUUCCACUUGAUCUCUGUCCUCACUUUUCUCAAUCUCAUCAAACAUACCCUCUGCCAACUUGAUGAGUGUCCUCUUGGUCUUGCUGUGAGGCUCUCCGCUGUCCAGACCGGAACAUUUCAGUCGUCUGCAGACAUCCACGAGAGGCUCUCUCUCCAGCUGCCACAAGGCUGCACUCACUUGAUCACGCAGGGGCUGCAAAGCCUCCAUUUCGUUCCCCUAAGGUUCGUCUCUUGGGAUGGAAGGUGGUUGGUGAUGGUAUGGAUCUCACCAGCGCCACCUCCUGGCUGGCUCGCCAAAAUAUGUUACACUGCAGAAAAUGAUGGGCCAACUCAUCUCCUGUGCAACACAUUUAUUUGAACAGGACUCCUGUGAACACACAAUUACAAACAGGUGAACAGGAGCACACGCUGCAUCUUGUUUCAACUCUCAUCACGUACUGACCGGACUUCUUCUACUCUAUAUUCUAAUAACCAAAACAUGUAAACUCUGAACUGAAAUGUUACAAGUGGCAUGACUGUCUCAACGUUUAUAGUUUUUAAUCACAUACAUCCUUUCCUAUGAACUGCCAAAAUCACAUAACGCGUUUAACUUGAUAAACAAAUAUCCAAAUAUACUCAAAAUGAGGUUUUAUAGUGUUUUUAAGCAUUGUUUUUAAACACUGUUUUUAACCUUUUAUUAACUGCAUGUAUUACUUUAAAUCUCUUCUGAACAAAUGUCUUUUUAAACUCUAUUUAUGUCCUAUUUAUUCUCUAUUUAUUCUCAAUGAAAUAAACCUAAAUUAUUCUACACUUUCUGUCUACACAAACAUCACAUAGUGUAGCUUUACUCCAAAACACACUCAUGUUAACAAAAAUAGACUCAUCACUGUCUAAGCAUUGAUAUGAGACCACCACACGUUCACUCUUUAGCUUAGCCUUGCGUUCAACUUAACUCUUCACCUCACUCUGUAUCUCGGUUUACACAAGCAUCUGCUUGGAAUAACACAUCUACUCUACUUGACAUAAGUUUUGGCCAUUAACUCAUGCUAACACAGGGAUUAUGUGCAUCUAAAGUAGAAAGUUUUACCUAUCAGAGCUUAUACAACCUAAAACACUUCUCUGGUUCAUUACCGCGAUCGCCGCGCACUGCGAGUCCGCCAUUUUAGAUACACAAACGUGACGAGUCGCCUUCACGGACUCAUUAACUUGUGAACUCGUUCUGCAGAUCGAUAUCCUUGACAUUCUAAGGCACUUAUAAUCUACCACUACUGUUGUCUUGUAUUAAUAUAUUGUUUACCAUCCAGCUUACCUGUGAACACACAAUUACAAACAGGUGAACAGGAGCACACUCUGCAUCUUGUUUCAACUCUCAUCACGUACUGACCAGACUUCUUCUACUGUCAGCUACUGAUGCGUGAAAUACAGAGCGCCCUCUGCUGGCGAAACUCAUAUUAAAGCUGGAUUCAAACCAAGCAGACAUAACAGUAGUGUUCCUGUAGAAAGUUACCUUUAGAAAUAAAAAUAAAAUGGUUGUACUUUUCUCCCAUCUGUGUUUUUCUGAAGGGUUGUUAUCCUGAGGAUAACCCACCCUGAGGCUCUUUGGCCAGUGAAACCCACUAAAAACCUUUCUGCCAGUGCUCCAGUUUCUGUGUGGGCACUGGAGGCUUUCUUUGUUUCUGUUUCUGGGUAUGACAAGGGUCUCACCACUAUCGAUGUUCAACAUAGGAGCCUGUGUGCCCAAAUAAGGCCCCAUUAGGGUGCACUACAUAGUAAAAGUGUUUUAAAGUGUUUCAUUACACAACAAUCUUAUGGUGUAAGGGGAGAUCCACUCCUGUAAAAAUGUGCCUCAAUUAAGGUCAAAGUUUAAUUUCCACUUUGAAUCCUUUGAAUUCGAGCUAGAGGGUGUGUGGAUCAGAGGGAAAUCUAAAAAUAGAUGUUGCUGGAAGAGUGUUGAGAUGUAAACAUUUAUUGACCACAUAGUGGCUCAUUCGCAGAUUUUGGGGGGAAGUUAAAUUGGUAACAGGAAACAGGUAGAUACACAGAUAGGCUGGCCAACAAAAACUAACAAAAAAAUAAUGGCUUUUUUGAUGGUCAAGCCACACAUCAGACAGCUCUUACCUUAUCUUAACUGGACUUUAAAAUUGAUGGAGACCACACAUACCUAGACAGUUUAGCCUGAUUUUUAAUAAUUCAGUCCUGUAAGCACACUAGAUGGUUCAAAGUGACCUGUGAUCACACACUUAUGGUCCAUGGUAAAACUUUCAGUGUUCUACAGACCAAAGAUCUGACAGAAAUGUCUGCACCUUUUCUUUGUUUUGAUUUGAUUUGAAAAUCUUAAAUAUCCCCGCAGGGCAAUUUGGUUUGCAACAGAAGUUAAACCACACAUUUAUACAAUUCUCACAUAACAGAGAGCACAGAAAGCAUCUUGAAAAAUGGCUGCCAUCUUGAAAUUUCAAAUGGCUGGGACACUUUUUCUAGUCAAGUGACCCGUGAAGAAUGCUCAUGCCAAUUUUAAUGCUUGUAUCACCAACUGAAUGAUUUUGGCUAAAAUUUGUACCUGGCUGCUGUACUAUAGUAUUAUACUAGAAUCAGUUUAUUAUUCAGGAGAAGACUGUCAUGAAAAAUAAAAAUCAAUGAAAUUGAAACCACCAACAAAGCUGGAGGGAGUGACUGUGUAACAGGUUGCUGCUAGAAUCCACUCAAUUCAGGAGAGGCACAAUGUCAAGCCCUAGAUAGUGGUAUUUAAUGUGGAGCAGAUAUUUUACAAUUCUGUUAAUACACAGUACAAUAAAGUGAAAAUACUGCCAUUAAAAAUACUCAUUUUUGUCCUCACUCAUUAAUCCUCAAACACAUCCUAGACACAACAGAAAAUACACUUUGUGUGUGAAAGACAAUCAUCUUUCAAGCCUGUCCAACACUCUUUUACACUAAGAUUAACUAGUUAUACUGCUGAGGUUACCAUGAUGACUGAGGGGAGGAUAUAAAAGGGGCAGAAAUCAAACCGUUUAUUAAUUAGAGUGAUACUUACUUAAGAAAAGCUUUUCUCUUAUUUGUGAUGAUGGAACAGUUUGAGGAAAGGGAAAAUAAUUACCACUUUGUUUGAACAAUAUGUAAUGAUAGGGAAAAAAGAGAUAAUCAAUUGUUCAGCUGCUGUGCUGUUAUGUUUAUUUAUCUAUUUUACCUUUAGCAGUUUUUUAAAGGUGGUUCAGUUCCACGUCUUUGUCUCCCAUCAAUUGUCAGCAAAGAAAGAAAAGAAAAAAGUCUUUAUUUCACAGCCAAACUUGAGUCUGAACUUCACAUCUGUCACUCUGAAGCUUUCCUACUUUUAUGAAAGUCACAAAACACCGGCCUUCUAUCAGCCAUCAGGCCCGCUGCACUUUAAAUCCAUUUCCAGUCUAACGCUGACAUUACAGGACCACACUUUUGUUCCUGACAGUACAAUACACCCACAAAGCAGUCGCCCUUAUGCAACAAAGCUUGGCUCUUACCUUUACUCCACUACAACACUGUGCAUUAAAAAGUAGUGCCUGUAAUGAGUCCAAAUAGGGACCAUUAUAAAGCAGCACUCCUGAGUGGACUGUGAAUUGCUGGGCUGUGUGCAGUGUCUUUAUUAAAACCUCUAAAGCCAUUGAAUGGAGAGUCCUGCAGCUGAGUGUGAAGAGGCCCUUUGUGGGAAACUCAGCCCAGUAGCUAAUGAGCUCACUUGCAUUACUUAUCCGACACAUAAUUGGCACAUCUCUCAAUUUCUCAUCCUGCCAUUAGUAAAUUGAGUCUGUCUUUGUUCCUCUUCUCAAUCACUCAGAGUUUUUCUUUGUCUGUUUUUCCCGCUUCAGUUUUUUGGCCUCUUUUCUAAUUACUUCUCUUUACUCUGAAAGGGGGUGAUUGAAACGCUGUCUUACCUACUGCAUUUCGAAGGGCUUACCACUCUAGGCUGGAGUGUCAAUAAAACCUCACCGUCAUAGAUUUGCCAAAUUAUUCAACAGGAAACCUCAUAUUCCUGUUUCAUUCUCAUUCACUCAAGCCUCGAACACAUCAAUAAGCCUGUUCUUUAUGUGAUUUAGUGCUUUGUUUAGGACUGGGACUGGCUCAUUAGUCCACAGUGAAAUACCUGUGGUCUCCUGAGUUUUAUUCAUAAAUUACUUUCAUAUCUUUUAUAUUAAGAGUUUUCCAAUUUCAUAAGCCUUUUUCUGAAAUGCUGAAAUGGUAUGUUACAGGUAAAUAUUUAAUAUAUUAUUGUAUGAUAACUGCAUGCAAUUACCAAUUAUUUAAUAUGCAUAUCAAAUAAUUUUUAUAUCAAGGCAAAUUAAUGUGUCUGUUGAGUCAUUAAUCCUAUGACAACAGACCUCCCACGAACAGAUCUUCAACCAAGGAGAAGAUGAAUUCAAAACCAUUGUGAACUUCAGGCUUCAUGUUGUAAUUACUUUGACGAGGCAGACCAGGAGGUCUUUAAUGAAAGGGAAGUUUUUCUGUGCCAUACCCUGAAGCAGUUUCUUUAAGGAUUAAAACAGAAAGGGACCUUGUACCACAUUCAGUACACAGCUGUCUUUAUCCUGUUGAUUUCAGCAUCCUGGCAUGUCCUACAGUACCAUCUUAAUCGGAUCAGUGGUUCUGAGUACCAAUAUGUGACAGGAUUUCUGAAGCUUGCAUUACCUUUGAUGGCUGAGAAAAAUGUCUCCAUUAAUAUUUCUUAAUAUUAAUAUCAAUAUUUAUCUUUUUUUUAACUGCUAACUGUAACAUCAGACAGAUCAGAUCAUCCAACAAAUCCACACCACCUAUGCUUUAGUAGUGUGAGGGGCCAUAUCAUACACCUAUUGCUAAACAAUUCAGGUGCAACAAAAGUGUCAUCUUGAUUUUCCCCCCAUCAUAGUAUUGUUUCUAAGACCAGCACCCACAUAGCAAAUAAACUUGGACCUGCGUUGAUAUGCAAUGGGUGUGUUGGUCCAGAUCAGGGUGUGGUCAGUAACACAGUUGUCAAGUUUUUGUCAUGAGGAAGCAAAAAACUACUUACAUCCAGAUUCUUUACUGCCUUACGCACUACACAGUAUAUUACAAAAAUUUUAAAAAUCCAAUUGCAAAGAUAAAUUAAUAAAAUAAAGUGGCUGAUUGGUUUGAUUCAUGUCCAAUCUCACACAAAACACACUUUUGAAUCAUCAAGAGAUGUAAUCUGUCUGCAUCUCACUUAAACCAGCUAAGAGGACUUUGGGGAGAUUUAGAAAAAACUCCAAAAAGUGUUUAGAGUUUAGUCACAGCCUAGUCUCAGACCGAGAAUUUACAAAGACUGUGAAUCUUGCAGGGUAAGUCUUUACAAGACAACUACAUUCUUUCAGUAUUUUUUACAGUGUUUCCCAAUAGUAGGGAAUCUAUCUGUGGUAGUGUGUGAUUUGAAGGGGGGUCUUAAACAGCUGUGUCCUCGCAUAUGACAACUCGGAACUAUGCUGAUGCUCGGCACGCCCGUCCCAUGUGUGCCGCAUAUACUAAUACAUACUGAGUUCGAGGUAGCACAAAAAAACUCUAUUAUUGAGGUGUGGCAGCUUUUAUUUAGCCGUGGCAUUGUUCCAUUACAUGUAGAUGACGGGAGUGCGCUGUGACUCUGCUGUGACUCCAGUAAAAUUCUAAGAUUUACAAAACCCAAGUCCAUUGAAGUUGGGAAAUUGUGAUUAACGUAAAUUAAAACAGAAUACAAUGAUUUGCAAAUCCUUUUCAACCUAUAUUCAAUUGAAUACACUUCAAGGACGAGAUAUUUAAUGUUCAAACUCAUAAACUUUAUUUUUUUUUGCAAAUAAUAAUCAACUCAGCAUUUCAUGGCUGCAGCAUGUGCCAAAGCGGUUGGGACAGGAGCAUGUUUAUCACUGUGUUACAUCACCUUUCCUUUUAACAACACUCAAUAAACGUUUGGGAACUGAGGAGACUAAUUGUUGAAGCUUUGAAGGUGGAAUUCUUUCCCAUUCUUGCUUGAUGUACAGCUUUAGUUGUCUGGGGUGCUUUAGUUGUCGUAUUUUACGCUUCAUAAUGCGCCACACAUUUUCAAUGGGAGACAGGUCUGGACUGCAGGCAGGCCAGUCGAGUACCUGCACUGUUUUACUACGAAGCCACACUGUUGUAAUACAUGCAGAAUGUGGCUUGGCAUUGUCUUGCUGAAAUGAGCAGGGGCGUCCAUGAAAAGACGUUGCUUGGAUGGCAGCAUAUGUUGCUCCAAAACCUGUACUUUCAGCAUUAAUGUUGCCUUCACAGAUGUGUAAGUUACCCAUGCCUUGGGCACUAAUGCACCCCCAUACCAUCACAGAUGCUGGCUUUUGAACUUUGCGUCGAUAACAGUCCGGAUGGUUCUUUUCCUCUUUGGCCCGGAGGACACGACGUCCACUAUUUCCAAAACCAAUUUGAAUGUGGACUCGUCAGACCACAGGACACUUUUCCACUUUGCAUCAGUCCAUCUUAGAUGAGCUCAGGCCCAGAGAAGCUGGCAGCAUUUCUGGGUGUUGUUGAUAAAUGGCUUUCGCUUUGCAUAGUAGAGUUUUAACUUGCACUUACAGAUGUAGCGACGAACUGUAUUUCCUGACAGUGGUUUUCUGAAGUAAUCCUGAGCCCAUGUGAUGAUAUCCUUUACACAUUGAUGUUGGUUUUUGAUACGCCUGAGGGAUCGAAGGUCACAGGCAUUCAGUGUUGGUUUCUGGCCGUGCCGCUUACGUGCAGUAAUUUCUCCAGAUUCUCUGAACCUUUUGAUGAUAUUAUGGAACAUAGAUGUUGAAAUCCCUAAAUUCCUUGCAAUUUUACUUUGAGAAACGUUGUUCUUAAACUGUUUGGCUAUUUACUCACGCAGUCGUUUACAAAGUGGUGAACCUCGCCCCAUCCUUGCUUGUGGAUGCUUUUAUACCCAAUUAUGGCACUCACCUGUUCCCAUUUAGCCUGCUCACCCGUGGGAUGUUCCAAAUAGGUGUUCGAUGAGCAUUCCUCAAAUUUCUCAGUAUUUUUUGCCACCUUUCCCAACUUCUUUGUCAUGUGUUGCUGCCAUCAAAUUCUAGAGUAAAUUUUUUAUUUGCAUAAAAAAUAACAUUUAUGAGUUAAAACAUUGAAUGUCUUGUCUCUGGAGUGUAUUCAAUUGAAUAUAGGUUGAAAAGGAUUUGCAAUUCAUUAUUAAUUACAUUUAUCACAAUUUCCAAACUCGGUUGGAAUUGGGUUUUGUACUUGAGACUUUUAGUUUUUAGUCUAGGACUGUGAAAAUUGUUUGGUGGAAGCCCAGCAUUAGUGUUCAGAUUGUACAACACUUCACUAGCAAUAGGUGGUUGAAAACACCCUUGUUUAUUUUGCAUGCAAAAUCAUUAAAAUAUGUGUUCAUAGCAUUCUUGGUGUGCCUUGCCCUGGCCUCUCUCACUUAAUACUUAAUGCCUCAUACACUGUGCAUAUACUAGAGCAAAUGUUUUUCUUGUGUUGCCCAAUUUCACAGGAAAGUCUCUUAUGUCCAAAUAACAGGUGUGGUUAAUAAAGAAGAGAAAGCCAUAGAGAGGGUUGGCCUGUCUAUGGUCUAUUUUUGUAAAGGUUACCCUUUAUGUCUUUUUGAAGCCCCAGCAGGAAAAACAGGUUAAAGCAAACAAUCCUCCCAGCUUUUCUCACACACCAACCAUGAGUACCUAAAAGCAGUAAAACCAAGAACAGGGCUGAAAUCCUGACAAGUAAAACAGGAUGCGAGUCUGUCUCCUCUCAUCUUCACCUCUUCCUUUACUUUUUUUUUUUUGACUAAAAAGAGAGCAAAUCAAAAAAUGGAUGCAAUAAAAUACAACAAAAGCUUAUUUUUUUUAGAUUGUUUUCAAAUAAACAGUGCUUUCAAAAGUGCCACUUCUGACACAGUUGUGAUAGGAAGACAAGUUCUUUUGACUGUACUGAGUCUUGAGAAUCUGUUCAUUAAAACGAUUCAUUCAAAAGAUUCAUUCACUGAAUCAGUCAGUGCUUCAGAGCCCUGUCCUGCCAGUGCAGAACACGAGUGAGUGACACAGCCGUGAGUUAGUUCAUUGAAUGAGCACCUCCCCUCCCCUGCUGCUUAAGUCCCAGUGUUGUUCACUGGGUGACAUAUGUCGUUCAUUUGCCAAGUCCUGAAGGAAGAAUCACUCCCCUGCCCUGAAAAACUCACCUCUCUGUGUGUCGCUGUUAGUGGAAACAACUCAGCAGCACGCCCGCUGAAUGAGUGUGAGUCGUCGUUCUUUUAUAUCACUGAAAAGGGAAGAGAUAAAAAAUAAAAAAAACAUAGCAGCUGUAGCGGGGAUUGUGCUACUUUUGAAGAUAUCAAAUAACGUAUUGCUUUAAAUCGGCUGAAAUUAAAUGCUUCUUGCAGGAAAGUUUAUACACGUGUAUUAAUGUAAAAGCACUAUAAUGCACUGCUUCAUCUUAGCCUCAGUGAACGAACAGCUGUGCGGCAGUAAGUAUAUGACACUACAACCCCUCCCUCCUCUGCCUGUAUAAAGUCAUUCAGAAGUUGUUUGUUUUGUUCACCACGUUAGAAACUGACUGCCUGAAACAUUUCGUUCACUGACUGAUGCAUAUCGUUCAUUCAUUGUGAGUGAAUGACAAGACUCCCCCCGCCCACCCGCUGGCUGGCUGUGUGUCAUUCGCCAAAGAGUCAAAGGUUCCAAGAGUUUUUUCGUUGGUAUAUCCUUAGCUGUUUCAGUGGGAAUCUUACAAAAAAAGGUGCAUUGGUAAAGCCAACUUGGCAUCUUUGGUGCUGAAGUUGGUAUCAUAGAUUAUGGGAUUUCCAAAUCAGUGUCCUGUUUAUUAUUAUUUAUUUUAGCUUAGUCAGUCAGGUGAACCCAGAAUGUGUGGCUGCAUAUUUAUGUUUAAAUAAUAUUUGUUCAUUCACUCAAGGAAGAAAGGGUUAUUUAUCUGAUGUGGUGACAGCCUGAUUGUACAGGAUGUAUGAAUGGUUGUGGGUGAUCAUUGUGAACUCAUUGGUAAGUUGUUUUCCAUAUUUCCAUAUUCCAUAUCAGAAAUAUGGACCUGUCCCGGUUUAUAAAUGCCAGCCUUUGAUCAUGCAUUAAGCUCAUUAUUUUAGUUAUUAUUAGGGUCCUAACUGAAGCUCAAAUACUGGUCAUUAAUUAAGGAUUUAAAUUAUUUCUAUCAGAAUCUUGUUUCCGUGAACAUUUGACAAACUAUCUCAAGAUUUUGGAGUUGGAGUUUUACUGUAUUUACUUGUUUGAGUACAGAAAUAUUUGUAAUUUUUUUCUCAUUUCAGUUUAGUUUAGAUCAGUUUCAGUCAUCUCAGCCGUUAUUGUGGUUCAUGAAACCACUUUAUGUAUUUGUCCCUAACACACUGGAUGUUUUGAUUGCUGGUUGGUGAUCUGAAUGUUAUGUACCUCAUGAAAGUUCUUUAACAAUGAAACUUUUCACUUCUGGAUUGAAGCAGCAACAGUGCAGCAAACAUGCAGGUCUGUUUGUGAAGCACCACACGUUCUGUGUACUUUGACCUCUGGCUUUUUUGACCCUCAGGUCUCAAAGAGACGAUGGCCAACAAUGAAGAGCAAUUAAAGCCACAAUCACACACAUGGAGAGGAGCAUGGACCCUUGUUGGUUGGCCGUCAGGUCCUGCUGGCUGGAAGAUGUCAGCACUGCAGGGAGUCUGCUGUGUGACCGCCUGCAGGGCUGUCAGCUGUCACUCACUCUCUCGCACACACACACACAUAAACUACCCUCUGCACAGAAAUACACACACACCUCAAGGUCAGGUGUCAGACACAUCAGUAGGUCAUAUCAGACAUGUGGGCUCACUAACAUUUGCUGCGGUGCAGAGGGACGUCUGAAAGCAUUAGGACAUCUGCCUGCCCUCUGUGCAGAUAAUCUUGUCAGCAUGCGGAUGAAAUCACUCCCAGUUUAUUAAAAGAGGUAUCGGUUCAGUACUCAGGUCUGUCCAAUAUACACUACAAUAAACUGUUUUGGAUGAAUUCAUCCAAAACAGGUUUACCUGUUGUGUUUCUAAAGAGGCACAGAGGUCUCUUACUUGACCUUUACAAGGAGUAAGUGAAAGAGUAAGUAAAUUAGGAAUUGAAAAAAAAAAGAAUAGCCGAAAGCUGUGUUGGCCCUCCAGAUAUACUAGUAGUUGCCAAUGCAAUUUCGACUCUGGAGAUCAUUGAACUUGGUUAUAAUCUCACUUUUUAGCACUCUUGUGUUUGUGCAUGCUUGUGUCUUUGAAUGUGUGUAUGUUGAAAUUAAACCCAAACUGGUUUGCUGAUCAUCCUCCAUUUCUCGUGCAAUAUCUCGGGCCUUACUCACCAUUUCUGAACCCAAUAGAAGAGUUCUUUUCAUCAUGGUGGCGGAAGGUAUAUGACAGCCCUUUGUGUGCAUGCCUCUUGUGCAGGCUAUAGACAGGUUUCUGUGCAACGUUAUUGCAGGUAUGUGUGCGCAGCCUUGGAGCAGAAAGCGGGACAUUUCUUAUUUGUUUCCUAGCGGAGUCAACAGAGAAAGAAAAUGUCAAGGAGCUGUUGUGCUGUAAACUGCACGAAUUGGCAAAACAAACAAUUGGCAAACAUUACGACCCUGCUCCUGAUGUUAGAAACAUCUAAAACAACGUCACAACAUGGUAAAUUCAGUGAAAUUCAUGGAUAUUUUAGCAAGUCUUUUUUAUUUUGAUGCAAUGAAAGCCUGUGAUGGAGCAUUAGGGUCACAUUAAGAAAAUAAAAAAAAUUAGACCUUGGAAUUAUUUAUGAGAAUAAAGUUGUAAUAAAAUCAUUACUUACGAGCAUAAAGUCGUAGCUAAUAGCUAUUCUAACCUGUUGUUAGUUGUUUGAAUAAGCACUGUGGAGCAUUUAGAUGAACUGAACCUCAGUAGCUUGGUUUUACAAACAAAGAGAUAAAUCCUUUGGCGUUUCAACAUCACAUUGUCAUAAGUAUCAGCACAUAUGCAAGAAAUGCAUAUUUUCCGUAGAAAGAACCAGGCGGACUUGUAAGGAAUCGCUGUUCUUGAGGAAGGGGAAAUGGCUGGAAAUGGCAACUGUUUAUAGCAAUAGCAUGCGGCUUUAGUUUAUCGUGUGAAUCUAUAUGCCAUAAGGUGUUGGGGCCUCUGCAGGUGUAGGUUGCUGUCGGUGUUGUGCCGGCAUCAGAGACAGACGCUGUGCUUGUCGGAGCUCGACUCCCUCUGAAUCUCAACUGUUGAUUAUCAGUUGGAUUGCAACUUAUUGUCCACUGAUUACUCUGCAGUUGACCAGCUCCAGCUAUUUCCUCCUUCACAAAAGCAGCUUUAAGAUUUCAUUUACUUAAUAGUUGGGUCACAAAGUGAGAUUCUGUGACCAUCCUCUGGCAAGGAUGUUUUGACGAUUGAUUUGACCUCUAUGGACCCUUUAGAAAAGAUUUAGCCCCCAGGUCCCUCGCAAAAAUCCCGGCAUUUUUUGCUAGACAGCUAAAUUCAAGAUGGCGGCAGGCGCCAUCUCUAAAAAUUAACUUUUGAUCUGGAUGACCUAGAAUCAUGUAUGAAGGCACUUUUCCAUACAAGUCAAGCAUGAGGAUUCCAAAUCUGACAUAGUUUUAAUCAUACAACUUUGUUUUGACCGCGAUAUUCAAGAUUGCUGCCAUCUAGUACUGUGAUUCUCAACCUUCAGGACUUGACCCCCCAAAACAAUCAUAUUUGAACUGGGUAACCCCCAAUUUGUUUGUUUGGGGCUCUAUUUCGUGCCUCGCUGGAGACGUGCUGCAGGCGCAGCGUAAGUCAGGUCCGCCGCGCCGACAAGGCGUUCCCAAGCACAAUUUGGAAUUUUGGUGAGCGACGCAGCGCAGCGUAAGUAUCCUCCCUCCUUAACUCAGCUCCUCCCAGCGGCGAAAGUCGUAGCGAGGGAGGAGAGAGGGCGUGGAGUGGGUUUAACACAGCUGACACCUGUUUUCACCAAUCACAUAGGCUCCUCUCCUUGCCUUUAAAUCCACCACUGGCGAGGCGUAUUACUAUUUUCGUGAAGUAGUCAAAGAGAUCAAGAGAUGUCUGAAGACAGCAAUGCCACACGAUGGUGACAGAAGGCAGCUCCUCAACAAGUGCCACUGUAAGUGCUGUAUUUGGCGUCCUCCACACUCUCUCAUGUGAGCACAGACGGAUUUGGUGUGUGUAAUGUUGGACCCACUGGUAAGACAAACACCCUUUUCCACUAAUAAAGACACUCACAUAAAGUUGCAUAUAUUCAAACCUCACGUGACAAAGGUGGGUUGAGCGCACAGAUCACAAUAUAAACUCCAAAAAUGGCAUUAAAAUUGGAACCAUCUGUGCGUAAAUGACGCAUCGCGCUCUGUGGCCUGGCUCUUUCUUUCAUAGAUGUUGGCAUAUAAAAUAAAUUUGCCUCACAAAACUGAAUAUUAUAAUAUCCGUAUGUCGGCUUGAAGUAAAUAACUCAUCUGAGCACUGAAACAAAUCAUCUGUUCAGCUGCAGCAGUACAGAGAGAGGACACAGACACAUGUCUAGGUUGAGCUGCGCGAGAAAUAAGAGGAAGAGGAAGAAAGAAAAGGAGGGAGACAAAUUAAAUAUCUUGUUAACUUCAUCAUGUGUGUUUAUUUACUAGAUAUUUAAUUUAAUUUAAUGCGGUUUCAGCUGUGUUGAUUCGAUCCGGUUGUGUGUCCAAAUGCGUGCCAAACGCGCUCAUCAGAUCAGAUAUAGAUCAGAAUAUAUCGAUAUAGAUCUAAAUGUAUGUGCUGACUCAGAUUAAUAGUUAGUUUUUGUUGAUUAUUUAUUGCACUGAAAUGUGCCUGACACUGUGGAAACCUGCCGGUGAGGCAUCAGUAACGUAUGCUGAUACGCUGCUGGUCUACCAAAAUACCACUAGACCAGCUGCGCUGAAAGCUGACCAGGUUUGAAUCGGCGAGCUUUCAGUGCACUUUACACGCCAUUGGCGAGCACGAAAAUGUCCAUGAUAAUACCAAACUGGCUGUACGCUGGGCUCCGCCAGACGAAAAUACAACUGUGCGGGGUCCGCCACCCUCCACCCUCCUGUCCCUUCAUGUCAGGGCAUGUUAGCACAUGCUGCUUGUUUAGUGCUGCUGCUUUCCUAAAUGUUGCCUCAGUCAUUCUUUUGAGCCCACAGUUAGAGGAGCUACACAUUUGAUCUGUAAAGACAGUGUGCAUGCAGAAUACAUGGCUGCUUGAAUAUGGAAGAAAAUAAUAUACCAACCAGGACAGACAGACAGUCAUGUAUUCUCCAGUGUGGUAGUCUGUGUAAUGAAGCCACAUAUACCAUUAAGUCGACCCAAAGAUGAUCCCUGACAUGAAGGGACAGGACAGCCAAUCAAAUUGCCUGAGUUAAGUACUGCUGCUGACAUGAAUCAAGCAUACUGGAUAGUUUGAGUGCAAUAUUCACUGGCCUUUAUGUUGUUGUUAAGUUAAGUUUUCUCUGUACUUAAUCAUUGGUUGGUGGCGUACCCCCAGAUGACAGUGACAUUAUAAUGUUAGGACUUGUAAGAUCCUCAAAGAAAAAGAUCAUCACUGCAUCCAAAGUAAUCAACAAACAAUGCUAAACCAUUGGCCAAAUUGUCAAAUGAUAUAAGAAAAAGGCAAAAAUUGUGAAUAUAGCCGAUCUACAAGCUCACACGCCUCACAAUACAAGGUGUUACGGGUUUGUAGAGCGGUUAUUUUCACAAUAUCUAUAUGUGGAACAGAAUCAAACAAAUUGGGGGUUACCCAGUUCAAAUAUGAUUGUUUUGGGGGGGGGUCAAGUCCUGAAAAGGUUGAGAAUUACAGUACUAGAUGGCAGCCAUCUUGAAUAUCGCGGUCAAAACAAAGUUGUAUGAUUAAAACUAUGUCAGAUUUGGAAUCCUCAUGCUUGACUUGUAUGGAAAAGUGCCUUCAUACAUGAUUCUAGGUCAUCCAGAUCAAAAGUUAAUUUUUAGAGAUGGCGCUUGCCGCCAUCUUGAAUUUGGCUGUCUAGCAAAAAAUGCCGGGAUUUUUGCGAGGGACCUGGGGGCUAAAUCUUUUCUAAAGGGUCCAUAGAGGUCAAAUCAAUCGUCAAAACAUCCUUGCCAGAGGAUGGUCACAGAAUCUCACUUUGUGACCCAACUAUAACGACUUGAUUCUCAUAAGACAUGAUUUUAUUACAACUUUAUUCUCAUAAGUAAUUGCGCUAAUCGUGUCCUCUUUUUGGGGAUUCAGAAUAUGGUCACCCUAUUUUAACAAUAAUUAUGAAGUGGAAAGCUGAUAUUAUGACAGUGUUAUUAACCCUCGGAUACCAAACAGACCUAGAGAGAAAAUAAAUAAAAAAAUAAAGAAAGAAAUAAGAAACCCUUUCUUGUUUCCCUCUAAAUGCACAGUAAAGCCUGAGUUUCCCUCUUUGGGCUAUAGAGAGCAAAUCUCACUUGAUAUGUGUGAGAGUGCUUGUUUUUGGUUUGGGUCUAUCCUGUCUGACACAAGUAAAUAUUUUAUCUCUGAAGUUGAGGUGUUAAGUCCUUCUUUUACCCAGUAUUAUACUUGGUCAAUGAAAAACAUAAAGUCAACCUCUGUCUUGUUUGACCAGCUCUGGCUGCCACAGUGGAAGCUGAAUUAGAGACGCCAUCUUUCCAUGCUUGAGGAAGUGGAUAGAGCCUUUUCUUCAGCAGAUUCUCAAUAUGAUAUUGACCCUGGUGACGUUUCGAAUUAGAAGCUGGUUUUCUUUAAAAAGCAGAGUCUCGCUGGGAAGUGAGAGUGAUUUCUUUCAGCCUGCAGGCAACAAAUUUUCUGCACACAGUGACUAUUGUUGACCCGGUCCAUUUUUUUUCUUCCACUGGAGUGUCAAGCUAAGUCUGACAAAAAAAUGCUGGAGCAGCUUAAACUGGCCACACAUAUAAGUGGCCACACACUCGGCAUUUGUGUGGCAUGUCUUUGAAUGUGUGUGCACUACUUGAACAGCUUAUCUCGUCCACAUCAUGAAGGCUGGGCAGCUGUGAAAGGGUUACAUUCCUCAACACAAAGACACAUAAUCCAAGAGGUCUUAAAGCACCUUACAUCAUGACACACAGAUUGUAACAUACAGCACAUCCUGUUCAACUCUAUUUAAGUUUAUAAAAGAAAGAAGGGAAGAAAGAAAAAAGAAAGAAAGAAAGAAAGAAAGUGAAUAUUUUUAACUUGCCACAGCAAAGAUUUUUCCAAAGGAUGUAUUUUCUAAUAAGUUAUAUUUAGCUAAUAACUGGUACAAGGUUGAUGAUUUAGAUAAAUUGUUGGAAAUUUCAUUUUUGUAUGUUUGUUGUAAUCUACAUUUUGCAAAAAGGAACUGUGACUGAAUUAAUGACUUAAAGUCAUUACACACCGGGGCAACAAUAUAUACAUUGGUGGACAGUAACGGAGUAAAUUUAAUUGAGUACUGUACUUAAAUACAGAUUCUGAGGAUUUGUACUUUACUCAAACACUAUAAUUCUUUGAUACUUAUUACCCUUACUCGAAUACAUUUCCAAGGUAAAGAUUUUUACUCUUAUUCAAGUAAAUUUCUGAGAAGGCUCAUGAGUACUCGUUACUUUUAGGUUCGCUGUUUUUUUUUUUUUCUUUCUCUAAAAUGCAAUUGGCCACACGCAGUGUUCGUCAAAGAAGGAAACCUAUCACAGUACACGUUCUCCACUGGGAUGUACGUAAAAGCGGAAAUACGCACUCUCUUGUUUAUCAGCUCAAAACAAGACCGCAGUGGCAAUGGCAGCGGCCGGAGAAGAAUGCUAUGAUGAAUCCUCAGGCUUAGAGUCUGAACAUGAUGAACCGGAGUUGAAUGAGGUGGAGGAACCUGAAGAAAACCUAUGGCCAAAACCUCUUUACGCAUCUGAGCUGUCACUUGAGAAGGCAUCAUGGCAAAUACAAAAGAAUUCAGUUUAGACUUGAGAAAAAGAAUUGUUGAUGCUCACAAAGCAGGAGGAGGAUAUAAAAAGUUAUCACAACAUUUCCAAGUGUCAAAAAGUGGAGUGAGAAGUAUUAUCAAAAAAUUCAAGGAGAGCCACAGUGUACAGAACAAGUCUGGAAGAGGUAGGAAGCAAAAAAUUUCAAAGAAACGGAAAAGAAAAGUGGUUGGAGAUGUUACUAAACACCUUAGAACAACCACCAAAAGAGUAGUUGCUGACUUAACCAAGUCAGGAAUUGUGGUGUCAAACAAGACAGUCUCUAGAGCCCUGAACAGAAAUGGUCUGUGAGGAUGCAGGCCAAGAAAAACUCCACUUCUACAAAAAAGACACCUUCAAGCCAGACUGAGGUAUGCUAAAGACAAUCUGGAGACAGAUUGUGCAUACUGGAGACGUGUUCUUUGGUCAGAUGAGACCAAACUAGAGCUCUUUUGUUCACAGAGACAUUGCUUAAGUUUGGAGAAAGAAGGAAGAGGCGUAUAACCCCAAGAACACUGUCCCCACAGUUGAACACGGUGGUCGGAGCAUCAUGCUGUGGGGAUGUUUCGGUGCAUCUGGAACUGGGAAUCUUGUCAAGGUUAAAGGAAUAAUGAAGAAAGAAGGAUAUGUGAAGAUUUUGAAAGAAAACCUCAAGCAGUCAGCAGCAAAACUGGAUCUGGGAUGCUGCUUUGUCUUCUAACAUGACAACAACCCAAAACAUAAAGCGCUCCUGGAGAGGAGCUACCUCCAGGAAACCAAAGUGAACGUUAUUGACCGGCCUGCACAAAGCCCUGACUUAAAUCUCAUUGAAAAUCUGUGGGCUGCACUGAAGACCAGGGUUCAUGCUAAAAGACCAUCAAAUCUGGAGGAGCUUGAAAGAUUUUCCAAAGAGGAAUGGGCUGGGAUUCCUGAGGAGAUGUGCCAGAGCCUUGUUACAAACUACAGCAACCGACUGCAUGCUGUUAUCCAGCAAAAUAAUUUUGAUUCUGUGUGCAAAGUAAAAUAAUUCAAGGAUCCAAAAUUAAACUAGGAUGUUUGGAAAAGCUGUGUAAAAAAAUCAUUAAUUUGUUGAACAGCAUAAGGAAAUUUUGGAAAAAAAGUAAAUAUUUCAUAGGGGGGCUAAUAAUUUUGGCCUCAACUGUAUAUAAAGUAUGCUUGUCUUGAAUUUGAUGCAUGCAACACAUUUAAAAAAGGUUGGGACAGGUGUUAAACAACACUCGAUGUUGGUGAUAAUGUAUCAGUGUUUUCAGCUGAUGUGGGCUCAGGACUGCGGUGGGGAAAUUUGCAAUGGAAAUGUCCAUACUUCCUGCAUGGCUGAGUGUUUCUAUACUGUGGGGACUUUUUGCCAGAACAAGGCACACCUACCCCCAGGAGACUUACAAUGGCAACACAAUCACAGUGAGCUAUGAGCAGAAGGAAGGAGAGUCCGUUGUCCUUCCGUGUACCAUGCAUGAUAUCAGUAAAGUACAGGAGACUGCAAUCACAGUAAGCUUUCUCAGUCUUUACCAACAUUGCUGACAUGUCCAUGAUGACUGAUGGAAGAAAGGGUACAUAUCUAUAUUUCCUAGGCUUCAACUUUGCCUUUACCUUUGCACCAGCACAGCAACCACAAAAGCACCUCUUGAUGUUUGCUGGAAUUGGAUCUCAUUGUCCUGAUUUGCUCUAUCAAUGAAAGAAGCUCUUUUCCUGAACAAAGUCUUCACCCAGCAGAAAGACCUAGCAGCAGCCAACAAACACGACAAAAAAAGGAUAAAACAGAGCAACAAAUGCAGGAAAUUCAGUGACCAGACCUUGCUGCUCUUUGGUUGAGCGCAAGUUAUACUAUUUUAUUAGUUAUAAGAAUAUCACUACACUUUUUAAGUGUUCCGAUAGGUAGGUAGGUAGGUAGGUAGGUAGGUAGGUACCAAACUGGGAAAUUUUCAUGUUACAGCAGCAAUAAAUACAAAAUAAAAUUAAAUAUAACAACAUGUAUGUACAAUGCAGACUAAAUAUACUAAACACCCUAAGAGAAAUAAAGUGAUAUAUGAAAAAACAUGGGCUAUUGAAAUGAGUAAUAAAUAUGAAAUGCGAAAUAUACAGAUGGGAUGAUAAAUAAACAGACAAUUUAAGGUGCUAAAGUAAUGCGAUGUGGUAGGAGUUUUUUUUUUUUUAAAUGUACUAUACAGCAGACAGGUGUGAGUCCCUGUCUGACAGAUGUGAGUUGUUGAACAGCGCAAUUGCUUGUGGUAGGAAAGAUUUCCUGUAUCUGUCCCUUCGACAGGAGAGCUGCAACAGUCUGUUGGAGAAGGAGCUCCGCUAUCUGUCCAGAGUGGGGUGAAGAGGGUGAUCAGGGUUAUCCAUGAUGGAUAACAGUUUGGUCAGUGUCCUCCUCUCCACCACAGCCUCCACAGUGUCCUGUUUGCAGCCAAUCACGGAGCCAGCCUUCCUGAUCAGUUUGUUGAGUCUGUUGGUGUCACUGGCUCCGAUGCUGCUCCCCCAACAAACCACGGCAAAGAAAAGUACGCUGGCCACCACAGACUGAUAGAACAUCUCAAACAUCUUGCUACACACGUUGAAGGAUCUCAGCUUCCUCAGGAAGUAGAGUCUGCUCAUCCCCUUCUUGUUGACAGCAUCGGUGCCAGUCCAGUCUGUUGUUGAUAUUGACGCCCAGGUACUUGUAGACCUCCACCUCCUCCACAUCAUCUCGCAGGAUGCACAGCGGCUGUGAAGCCUUCCUCUUCUUCCUGAAGUCGAUCAGCCUCAGGUGAUUGCGUCCAGCCCACUCCACAAAGUUAGUGAAAAGGAAAGGGGACAGCACAGUCCCCUGUGGAGUUCCUGCAUCACUGACCACCGCGUCAGACAGAACACUGCCCAGACGGACAAACUGUGGCCUGUCUGUCAGGUAGUCGGGGGGGGGCAUUGGGAUGUUGAGUCUGUACCCUGGCAAUGGUGGAGGUGAUGACAUCACAGGCUGUCGGGGCGUCAGCUGAUGGGGGGGAUGUAAACAGCGAUCACAAUGGGGGACAGGCAAUACGGACGCAUUCCAACAGCAAACAGUUCAAUGUCCGGGUCACAGAGAUGUUCCUUCACAUGCACAUGUCCGGGAUUACACCACCUCUCGCUCACAUACAGUGCAAUCCCUCCUCCCUUCUUCUUACCGCUGCUAAUAACGUCUCUGUCUGCCUGAACAACGCUGAAGCCGGGUGCCGCCACACUGUGGUCCGGGAUGUGCGAGUUCAGCCAUGUCUCAGUGAAACAAAAGAUGCUACACUCACUGUCUUCCCUCUGAGUCUUAAUCAGCGCAGCGAGCUCGCCCGUCUUAUUCCCCAAAGACCUCAUGUUCCCCGUGAUAAUCGUUGGUACAGUUGGGGAAAUCUCCUCUUCUUUGCCCUCAGCAUGGCUCCUGCUCUGCCCCCCCGGCGCCUCCUCCGCAGCUCCUCCGGGAUGUCAGGCCUCGCUCCGGGCAGCAGCACAGGUUUACUCAGCGCAAUCAGCUGAUCGCCAGAAAAACAGCCAGAAAAGUUACAAAAAAGACAAAAGUCGGUGUAUCCAGUGGUUAGACACUAGCUGGUGAAGACACAUAUGUGUCAGGACAGAAAUGAAAGAGAAAAGAUACAAAAAGUAUAAAACACACGGGAGCUGCUGUAACAGGCUGCCACCUCGCACUGCGCCAGGUUUUGUAUUCAAAACAGAAUACAAUGAAAAUACAGAAAAUUCCCGACAAUAUGGUGUUUAGAAUACUACACAAUGCUGAUAUACAUUUUUUGAUGCUGAAAACUUACAGAGGGAGGAGUCCGUUCAUAUUGUGUAUUUGAACCCAUGUUCCCUGUCUCGUAAGGAGGAGGUGGGCCAAUCCAUACUGCAGCCAGUCACCAGUGGUUGAAUAAAUAUUUUGGCAGUCAAUACUUUAUGAGCGAUGAAGAAUAGAUGCCAGAAGUCAAAGCUGGUAUGAAUUCCAUAUGCAUACUCAACAAAUGUAAGUAAGUAAGUAAACUUUAUUUAUACAGCGCCUUUCACAGACCAAGGUCACAAAGCGCUUUACAGUAAAAGCAAAAACAAUACACAGUUUAUAAAUACAUACAAACAGAUAAAUGUGCCAACUUAAUUUCUAUAUGACUGUGCUAAAACUGGAUCUUUUUAUAUUGGAUCAAAAUUUAAACCUGGAACACUGCAAAAAGACCUGGACCUAAUCAUGAAGAGUGUUGUUCAUAGUUAGUCAGAAUUUUUGAGCAAAAAGAGUAUUGUGUUAUUGUGUUUCCGAUGAGCAGAGGAUUUCAUCACAGAGUGAGUGUUCACACAUGAAUAAUGCAGACUGCCUUGUUGACAUCUCAUUAAUUGAUAGCAUCCGCCUGGCUGCCACCUUCAACCCCGUUGGCACAGAUAAAUAGGAGAAUGAAGAGCUCUGUGAUGAAGAUGAGGCUACUUAAACAGCAUUAAUACAUUCACACACACACACACACACACACACACAGGUGUAUAGUGUGUGCUGCUGAUAAAUGGUCCCUAAUGCAGAGCUGCUUUCUGUUUAUGACAUGUAUGAGCUCACUGAAUUUAUCCUCUCCCUGUGGUUUAGCUGCAGGAUCAGUUAACAGAAUGAUUUACUGCUCCAGUGUUAAAUUGAACCAUUUUCUCUGGGUGCGUUUUUUUUUUACCAGUUAGAUCAACUGGGUGGAAAUAGUUAUUUCAUAUAAUAAAUGGAUGUGUCAUCAGGGCUGGAUUUGGUUCAUUAUAGCGCCUGCAGAACACAAGGAUUGUUCACCCUGAGGUUUGUGAAAACACAGAAAAGGCAGAUUAUUUUGGAGCCAAAAACACAAAAAGAGUGGGAGAUGACUCCCUUCAGUUCUUGGUGUUUUUAGUUUAUGCCAGCAGUCCUGAAAAAAGGAAAGAUUUUGGCAACCAGAAAUCAGUUUGGCUCUCAGAGAGCACUGUUCAGUUUUAACGAGAAGUGAAAAGUUUGGUAAACUUAUAUCUCAGUAUGACUUUAUAAGAUAUGGAAAGAACAGACAUGCUGACAGUUCAGCUAUACAAAUCACAUAAUACUGAGGUUGAGGUCACACAGUGGAGUAUGAGAUUAUAAAGAAAUGCACAAUUUUAGAGGUUAGAUUAGAUUAGAUGUAACGUUAUUUAUCCUUUUGAGAGUUUCCUCGAGGAAAUUAAGUAUUACAGGAUAUUUUUUCUCUAUACAGAAGAGAAAAAAAGAUCAAACAUACAAUAUACACUCACCGGCCACUUUAUUAGGUACACCUGUCCAACUGCUCGUUAACACUUAAUUUCUAAUCAGCCAAUCACAUGGCGGCAACUUAGUGCAUUUAGGCAUGUAGACAUGGUCAAGACAAUCUCCUGCAGUUCAAACCGAGCAUCAGUAUGGGGAAGAAAGGUGAUUUGAGUGACUUUGAACGUGGCAUGGUUGUUGGUGCCAGAAGGGCUGGUCUGAGUAUUUCAGAAACUGCUGAUCUACUGGGAUUUUCACGCACAACCAUCUCUAGGGUUUACAGAGAAUGGUCCGAAAAAGAAAAAAUAUCCAGUGAGCGGCAGUUCUGUGGGCGGAAAUGCCUUGUUGAUGCCAGAGGUCAGAGGAGAAUGGCCAGACUGGUUCGAACUGAUAGAAAGGCAACAGUGACUCAAAUAACCACCCGUUACAACCAAGGUAGGCAGAAGAGCAUCUCUGAACGCACAGUACGUCGAACUUUGAGGCAGAUGGGCUACAGCAGCAGAAGACCACACCGGGUGCCACUCCUUUCAGCUAAGAACAGGAAACUGAGGCUACAAUUUGCACAAGCUCAUCGAAAUUGGACAAUAGAAGAUUGGAAAAACGUUGCCUGGUCUGAUGAGUCUCGAUUUCUGCUGCGACAUUCGGAUGGUAGGGUCAGAAUUUGGCGUCAACAACAUGAAAGCAUGGAUCCAUCCUGCCUUGUAUCAACGGUUCAGGCUGGUGGUGGUGGUGUCAUGGUGUGGGGAAUAUUUUCUUGGCACUCUUUGGGCCCCUUGGUACCAAUUGAGCAUCGUUGCAAUGCCACAGCCUACCUGAGUAUUGUUGCUGACCAUGUCCAUCCCUUUAUGACCACAAUGUACCCAACUUCUGAUGGCUACUUUCAGUAGGAUAAUGCGCCAUGUCAUAAAGCUGGAAUCAUCUCAGACUGGUUUCUUGAACAUGACAAUGAGUUCACUGUACUCAAAUGGCCUCCACAGUCACCAGAUCUCAAUCCAAUAGAGCAUCUUUGGGAUGUGGUGGAACGGGAGAUUCGCAUCAUGGAUGUGCAGCCGACAAAUCUGCGGCAAAUGUGUGAUGCCAUCAUGUCAAUAUGGACCAAGCUCUCUGAGGAAUGCUUCCAGCACCUUGUUGAAUCUAUGCCACGAAGAAUUGAGGCAGUUCUGAAGGCAAAAGGGGGUCCAACCCAUUACUAGCAUGGUGUACCUAAUAAAGUGGCCGGUGAGUGUAUAAAACAAUAUAAUAGAACUUCAACAUGUAUUCAUAUGAAAAUAAGAUUUAAAGUAAUCAACAUUUGCACAUUACUGUUACAACUACUACUACUACUGCUGCUGCUCCUUCUCAUGCUCUGUCCUCCUGUUACCCCUCCUCCUUCUCCCCAGAGAGGAGUUGUACGGUCUGAUGGCAUGAGAGACAAAGAAGUUUUUCAGUCUGUUGGUCCUGCACUUGGGAAGGAACAUGAAAAUAUAGAAUACUUCAUCUCCACAAGUUUCUCUCCCACUUUCCUUUUCAGCUGCUUUUUUUUGUUUUUUCCUGUUGUAUUCUGAUAUGCUAAAUGUGAACAGGGUCAUAGCAGGGAAUGCAGAUGUGCACCUCACCUUAAAUAGGUACUGCCACCCUUGAUAAUGAGCACAACCAUCAGUCCACUAGAUAAGCUGUUAAUAUGUUUCCUAAUGUAUCAUUACAUGUUGGGCUUUCUGCUCAUUUUUACAUUAAGAAGCAUUUCACUUUAACAGCAGAAGUAUCCACAGAGGUCUCCUUUCCAUCGAAGCAAAAUAAAGUUACAGGUGAAUAAGUGAAAAAAAAAAAAAAAGAGAUAAAUGAAAAAUGCAUCCAGGAUUAUAGAUUGGGGUCCAUGAUGUUUUUUUUAAGGGCCAUGGACACAGUCAAUGUUUAAGACUAUCACAAAGCAUUUAAUCAUAUGAACAUAAAGAAAAGAGCCAGCUUGGACCUCUUUAAAGCUGAUAUGUAUUACAAGAACUCAAGGCUUUAUGACACAUCUUGGCCCAUCAUCCCACCUGAAUAAGGGUAAAGCCUAAUCUCCUUAUUUCUGAGUCUGAGUCUCCCUGGUUUUUGCUGUGGCAGAGACUCAGACUGAAUCCAGCUCCAGAUCUUUUUACAAGUUUUGUGUUUUUUUUGUCAGUGUUCGAUCACCUUUUGACACAUUGAGACUUUUAGGUCACAUUAUCCUGGUUUUUAGGCUAAUUUAUCCACUGCUAGCUGGGGGCCAAGGAAGCAGCUGUCACUGUGUCAGAAUGUGAUUCCAGAAGAUUCCACUCAAGUAGCUGUUUCCUUGCACCAUCUGCUCAGUCUGCUUCUGUUUCUCUGUGUCUGACUCUAAAUGUCCAUCUGGCUUUCUCACUGUUUCUCUGUCUGUCAGUAAAAAUACAGUUUGAGCCAGAAAGGUAACUCACAACUACUUGUCUCUUUGGGCUCUAUUUUUGUGUCCGCCGGUGAGGCUGCGGACCCCACGCAGUUGUAUUUUCGUCUGGCAGAGCCCAGUGUACAGCCAGUUUGGUAUUUUUGUGGACUGAGGCACACAGAGAUCCGCCAAGCUGGGUGUGGUGGCGUGGCAGGGGGAGGUGUCGACAGAAUCAGCGGGCGCAGUGACAUUUUUGUGCUCGCCACCGGCGUAUAAAGUGCGCUGAAAGUUCGCCGAUUCAAACCUGGUCAGCUUUCAGCACAGGCGGAGCGCAGCUGGUCUUAUGGCAUUUUGGUAGACCGGCGGUGUAUCGGCAUACGUUACUGAUGCCUCACCGGCAGGUUUCCACAGUGUCAGGCACAUUUCAGUGCAAUAAAUAAUCAACAAAAACUAACUAUUAAUCUGAGUCAGCACAUACAUUUAGAUCUAUAUAGAUAUAUUCUGAUCUAUAUCUGAUCUGAUGAGCAUGUUUGGCAUGCAUUUGGACACACAACCUGACCAAAUCAACACAGCUGAAACCGCAUUAAAUUAAAUUAAAUAUCUAGUUCAUAGACACACAUAAUGAAGUUAACAAGAUAUGUAAUUCGUUUCUCUCCCUUUCUUUCUUCCUCUUCCUCUUCUUCAUCGCGCAGCCUGACCUGUACAUGUCUCCGUGUCCUCUCCCGUCCUGCUGCAGCUGCGGUGGCUGAACAGAUGAUUUGUUUCAGUGAUCAGAUGAGUUAUUUACGUUAAGCCUACAUACGAAUAUUAAAAUAUUCAGUUUUGUGAGCCAAAUUUAUUUUAUAUGCCAACAUCUAUGAAAGAAAGAGCCAGGCCACGGAGCGCGAUGCGUCAUUACGCACAGAUGGUUCAGAUUUUCAUGCAAUUUAUGGUGUGAUCUGUGCACACAACCCACCUUUGUCACGUGAGGUUUGAAUUGAUACAACUUCAUGUGAGUGUCUUUAUUUGUGGAAAAGGGUGUUUGUCUUACUAGUGGGUCCAAACUUACAUACACCAAAUCCAUCUGUGCUCAUAUGAGAGAGUGUAAAGGACGUCCUCUGCAGCGUUUACAGCGACACUUGUUGAGGAGCUGCCUUCUGUCACUAUCGUGUGGCAUUGCUGUCUUCAGACAUCUCUUGAUCUCUUUGACUACUUCACGAAAAUUGUAAUACGCCUCUCCGGCGGCAGAUUUAAAGGCGAGGAGAGGAGCUGAUGUUAUUGGUCAAUACAGGUCUCAGCUGUGUUAAACCCACUCUACGCCCUCUCUCCUCCCUUGCCAAGACUUACGCUGCUGGGAGGAGCUGAGUUAAGGGAGGGGGGAUACUUACGCCGGGCUGCGCCGUUCACCAAAAUACCAAAUUGUGCUUGGGAACGCCUUGUCGGCGCGGCAGACCUGACUUACACCGCGCCUGCGGCACGUCUCUGGCGAGGCACGAAAAUAGAGCCCUUUGUGUCUACCUCUCUGAGCUGCAGUGGGAGAAGAGAGGAUAUUUGUACUAUAAAAAGACACAAACUGUGUGGGAUGUUUGCCUGCAGAGUGUGUUUUCACUGGGGAUGUUGCCUGGGUUAAGUGCAUGCCUGUGACAGCUUAUGUGCACAUAAUAACUGUUAUGAAUAACAACUGACAGAUGGAGACUGAGACUCAUUUUGAAUGCAAACGUGUGUAAAAUAGAUCAGAAUUUAAAGCAUAAUCUAUAAAUCUUUUUAUGUACGUAAUGCCAUCCAGAAUCUAUGCCUCAGUCUGAACGUUGAUGAUAACACAUGAAUUCUCAUGGUCUGCCCUUUAUGAAAACUAUUUAACACUGAUCCAAAACAAGGAGUCAUGAGUCUUUUUGCUUUUGGUCAAACCAUUUGUCUUCAAUUAAACUCAACUUUGCCCUCUCCUGCAGAAACACAAUUGACUGGAUGUGUGAGGAACUUGUGCAUAUUUUUCUUCUUCUUUAUUGGAUGCCUUCCAUGGGGAAAUGUACAUUUUAGUGCCGUUAUGGUUAUUUUUUUAGUGCUCAAAGUAAUAUUUGGUCUUUUCUAGACCAAAGCAUGACUGCAUGCCUGUGACAGCUCACGUGCACAUUAGGAUCGCUUGACUUACAUUCCAAUGUACAUGUUUAUUUCACCAGCUCAUCUCAUAACCAUAUCAACACAGUCUCACAUGCCAAAAUUCUGCCAAUUUAAAGGGAUAUUCUGGUGUAAAAUUAAUUUAGGGUCAAACACACCGUAACACCAAGUUAGACACCCCCUUGAGAGAUGAAUGUUGCCGACCGAUUGCUUCGCUGGUCAUACCAACUGUAGUAACGACCGUAGGAUAGCAAUACACAGCAGUCUGAGGAGCCAUAAACAAACCUCAACCAAAACGCCACUUUAUAGCCACAAAUAAUGCUCAGAACAGCACCUAACUUCAUCAACAGUACAUAUAGGGUCCCAGCCUCGGCACUAGCCACCAAACAUCUUUUUAGCUUUGCCUGAUUUCUUUAGCAAAGAGACUAAACACAUUUCUGCAUUUCCAUGAAGCAACUACAUUCAGGUUUUCAAGGUACAAUAUCUAAAUUCAUAAGUUGUUUGUGUUUCUGCUUUCUGAUAAACAUGACUCUAAAUUGCCUCUAAAUUCUUUUUUGUCUAGGUAACCCUGACAGAGCUUGGCAGAGUGCUUAGGGUCAUUGUCUUGCUGCAGAACAAACUUAUGAGCCACAAGUCUGAGUCCAGAUGGAGCAGCAUGGUGCUGGAGGAUGGAGUGGUACUGUUCCUUCUUCGUAAUACCCUUUACUUCAAACAAAUCUCCUACUCUAUCACCUGCAAAACAUCCCCAUACCACAUACCAUGGAACUACCACCUCCAUGCUGAAUUGUGGGUGUAACACAUGGUACUUUCAGACGUUCACCAGUUUGUCUGCGGACAUAGACUCUGCGUUUUGUACCAAACAGUGCAAACUUGUUUCUAGUCAUCAUAAGUCCAAUUUUUGUGAGCAUUUGCCCACUCAUAUCUCUUUUUCUUGUUCUGUGGAUGAAGAAUUUUUUUUUUGCAGAUACACAACCCUUCAAACCAGCCUUUCUCAAAUGUCUUUUCACGUUUGUCAGAGAUAUGGCUUUCGAUCUUGUCAUGUUGAUUUCCUCCCUUAUUUGUGGUGCUGUCUUUCUCCGAUCUCUCUUACUGGUGACAAUGCUAUGUUUAUCCUUUGCCUUUGUAGUAACUCUCUUUCGUCCAGUUCUUUUUCUAUCAUCAUAACUUCCAGGUUCCUCUAGUGUCUUCCGAGUGUAGUGGACUCCUUUGUUGGACACCUUGAGGCAUUUUGCAAUUUCACUUCCUGUGUAUCCUCCUUUCCUCAAUGUACAAAUCUGUACUUUUGUUUCUUUACUCAGUUGCUUCUUUCUAGCCAUUUUUGCGAUAAUUUGAACAGUAGAGAUUUAUAAGGAUUUUUGUAUGCAGACUCUCAAAAGCCAAAAAGUUGACGUGAAUAAUCCAACUGUGAUUUGUUUUUUUGCUUUUGCACUGAAGUUGUGACUCUUGCAAAUGUUUUCAACCCUAAAACUAAGCCCUUAUUAUCUUUUGCUGAAAUAUAUUUCGCCAUGGUUUGUUAACAUCAAUGUAUAUCUAAAGGUAAAUUGAGUAAAAUGGUGCAUUUCCAUGAAAGCAACAUCUGAUUGUGGAGUAAAUACAUCCCAAAAUACAUAAAACUCAUGCUGGAUUUUCAAAAAAGCAUUGUGAACAAAAACUUAAAGUUACUGUUUGGCCUGUAAUGGCCUUGUUUCCAAACCUUUGGCCUGUAGUGUAUAUAUAUAUAUAUAUAUAUAUAUAUAUAUAUAUAUAUAAAUGAAAGAAAUAAACAUGUUCAUAGAUGGUUUAUUUCUGUUGUUGUCAGUGGUGCAGUCCAGUUAUCAUAGAAACCUGUUUUUAAACACAAACAAUUGGUACUUCAGUAUGUUUUACCAACAAUAACAUCAACAGCACAGAACUAAACUCAAAGUUAUGCUGGGUUAAAAACAACCCAGUUUGGGUUGUUUUUUAGCUCAGCUGCUGGGCAACUAUUGGACCAAACCAAUGCUUGUUUACUUUCACCCUUAGGUUCAUUAUUACAGCUGGAUGCUAAAUUAGAGCACCUCUUAAACUGAUUAGUUCUAGUUCUAAUUCACAAAACUUACUGUUCUUUAAAAUAGACAUCAAUCUUUCAUUUCUCAGCACCAGGCUAAGCUAGACUGGGGUUUGCAAGGGUAGACCAAGCCAUGCAGAGCCAGGCUUUAGAAGCAGAGGUCCUGCAGUUCUAGCACAGUACAGGGUCUGAAACAACAAUCUAGCUUCUGUGAUCGGGUUAUCCUUGUCUCACCGGGCCCUGUGGGGAGGAAAACAAAUAAACAAAUGAUUGAAGAGAAAGCCAUCUUUACACAGUUUAUAAAGACUAAAUCUGAUUAAAAGUUAACUCGUGAUUAUUUGGCAAAUGUGUUAAAUGUCGAUUUAAGAGUUUAUUUAGUCUCUCCUCUCACCCUUUGCAUGGUACGAGUUCACAUAGAAGCCUUGGUCCCCACAUACCAGGUCAAGGGCAUCCACCAGGUCGCGGCCGCACAGGUGUAGCGCAGGGGCUAUGGCCUCAGAGCUUGGCCAUGACACAACCAGUAAUACCAGCACAGACAAGGACUGGAGCCACAGAGCUGCCAUGAUGGAGGAGACCUGAACACUUAGAAAGUAUUUCAGGCUUAACUUUGUGAGGAUCAAGCAGGGUAAUCUUUUUUUUUUUAAACAGAAGGUACAGUGUUCAAGGAUUUUCAAUGAGAAUGCUGAAUUUAAAAUAAUCACACUGUCCCUUUUCUGAAAACAUCUGCUUUUGCCCUUCAGUCAGUGAUGAAGAGGAGCUAAGCUGGUUGGUUUGAGGUAAGAAACAAGUUAUCCUCUUUAUUUAUACUUUGUGAACUUCCCUCUGGAUCACUCAAUGAUCACACACAGUUGAGUAACCUUCUGGUUGAUGGCCUGCUGCAGAGCACAAAGUCCAACAUGAGGACUGAGAUCAGUUUUUAUCUUUAGCUGUUCUGGAAGAGGAAUUGAAAAAGACCUGGUUCUGUUUGUACAGGUCUGAACACUGAAACAGAGUCACAGAUCCAUCUGACAUCAACCUGAUUGACCUUUCAGCGUAGGUCUUUCAGACAGUGGAAGGUACCUGAUUUGAUACCUUCACAAGAUUAUCAUUAUAAAACUACCAAUCAAUUACAGGAGGAAGAAAAAAAAAUCUUUGAGAAAAAGUGAGUGUCCUUGUUUGUGGACAUCCUGCAGGAGCUUUCAUCAUUUUUUUUUGGUUAUAUAUUCAUGCGGGAGGAGCUACAACCCCCCCCCCCCCCCCGCUUUUUUUUUCUGACAGUCCUGAACCAAAUAAAAUCGCCUCCCUUGUUUAUGUAAUGACCUUUAAGGUCAGGAAAGGAUGAAAAUAAUCUGGUUAUGAAGAGAUUAUCAUCCCAAUUGGGACAAUAGACACAAACAAACAAGAUGAGAAUUCCUUGAAGUCUCCCUGAAACCAUCACAUAUCUCCCACAUAGAUCUAGUAUUGAUCUAUCUAAGCAGAAUGUAACCCUCCUGCAAAUGAGUAUAGUGGCACCCCUGGCCUUGCUGUUGAAUGUUGAGUGAAAAACCUCCCAACCUAGCCUUUUUUAGCCAGGCUGUCUCCUGAUUAAGCAUGUGUGUUUCCAGGAGGAAGUAUGUCACCCUUGAUCUGGUUCAGGUGAGUCAUCAUCCGGCCCAACUUUGUGGCAGUCCUCGACCCCCUCAUAUUCCAGAAUAUAAGUCUAAGAACAUUAUUUAAAGUCAUACCUCAGUACUAAAGACACAGGGAUAGUUGUAGAUGUGAAAUGUGUGAUUGGGGUCUGGUGCACUAGGUAACCUGGGUAAUCUGUAGAGACUGGGAAGACUACAGGUAAAAAAAAAAAAACGAAAACAAAAAAAAAGACAAACAAACAAACAAACAAACAAACAAAAAAGGCCUGAAAAUAGCCACACCCAAAUGAAAUACUCUUGUGUCCAUUGCACCAUAGUGCGAACUGCAGUAUGAGACUUCCUUCAAACAGAAUUCCCAUCUCCCAUUUCAAUAAGACAUUUUGGAGUGGUCACUGAACAUCCAACAGAAAUCGGAUAUCGAUAUUGGGUGUCUGACGUGUCAUCAAAGCAGUCAGCUAACAGACUUUACACUGUGACAGACUCAAUACAGUCUAGGGUAAUGUUACACUAAUGUCCUUACAUCGACUGUUGCCAACCUACAACUUUCUUCUUACAUGACAGUGUUGCUUACUUGUACAUUAGAUUUGAGCCGAAGUUCAUCCCCAUGGGGGAUUUGCUUCUGCAGAGGCAAAGCUGCUGCUGUUUUCUCUGUAACACUCAGUUACAGACACAAGUGCAUGUUUGAUUGGGAGCCAUGACUCAAAAAGGUUGACAACCAAUGUGAAAAUGUAGGAUAACUCGCAUUCAAUAGUUUAUCAGCAUAGUGAGACAUAACCAGAAUACUCGAAGCUCAUAAAUAAUCGAACAUUAUUGGAGCGCAUUAUUAAAAAAAAACACGUAUGUCCACUAGGGCUGGGUGAUAUGGGAAAAAGUCUAUCACAAUAAACUACCAUUGAUUUUUUCAUAUCCGUCGAUAUCGACAUAUAUCAGGUUAUAAAAUAAAAAAUGAAAUUUAACAGUGCUUUUUGGUAGCAUGUCUUUUGGAACAUAAGCUACUUCAUCUGUGAGGUCUAUGUGUCUCUUUGACGUUUUGUCAUAAGGCGUUGCGCUAGAGUUAGCGGACUGAAUGGUUGGCUGUUUCAGCUGCACAGGCGCCAUGGACUCCUUACUCCUCUCAGGGUUUGUAACCUUUUGCUUUGCUCGUGCUCUGCCGCAUGGCACUGCUUCAGGUGGGGAAAAAGAUUCUUCAGGUGGUGAAAAAAGACUCAUCCAGCAGCCGCCUGUAUGUACAGGGACCUCCGAGUGAGUCCAUCGGCUGCAGCGGGGGGAAGCAAAUCAAGGAAGAACAUUCAUGAUCAUUUCCUCAUGGAAACGCAAUCAGACUGAGACGCUAAGGCAGAAGAAUUACAAAAAGUGCAAAAUGAUUAGUAUGAUGACUAUUACUUCAAGGAAAUGAUAAAGUAAUGAUCAUAAUUAUUCUUCCUUGAGCUGCACCCCCCGCCUCAGUCAAUGAUGAGUGGUCGAGGUCUCGCUACAAACAAACAGCUGCUGGAAGAGAGAGGGUGAGUUGUGUUUAGUCUCUUUGCUAAAGAAAUCAGGCAAAACUAAAAAGAUGUUUGGUGGCUAGUACUAUGGCUGGGACCCUGUUUGUACUGUUGAUGAAGUUAGGUGCUGUUCUGAGCAUUAUUUGUGACUAUAAAGUGGCUUUUUGAUUGAGCGUGUGGCUCUCUGUAUUGGUAUCUGUGGUCGUUACUAAAGUUGGUAUAACCAGAGAAGCAAGUGGUCUGCAACAUUUUUGAUAUACAGUAUAAUUUGUCCUUAAACUCUUCAAGCUGUAGGACUAGUAACAAAUCAAAAUUUGUCCAGAAGAGGAAUCAGAAAAAAUCCACAGUAUAACAAUAGGGCCUCAGUGCAUUUGCCCCAGCCCUAAUGACACCUGUUUUUAUUUGCAUACAUAUCGGGAACGUGAGAUCCAAUCGCAAGCCAUUAUGCAAAAAAUAAAUGCUGGCACUCAGACCUUUCUAUAAAUAAUCCAUUGGUCAGAUUAAUAAUAGGUCUGAAUGACCCUAGAUAUGGCAGUUUUUUAUUGAACAUUCAAGCUUUGGGUGUUGAGAUUAUAUGAAGAUGAAGCAUAUUGAAUGAAAUCACUCUUGCCAACCUUUCCAAUGAUGUGUUCGUGUACCUAGUCAAACAGUGUGAAAAAGGCUGACAUUAUCUCCGGAGUAGGAUACUGAGAGGAGCAGUAGAUGUUUUUUGAAUAAAAGCAUUAAAUCCCUCUCACUCGUCUUCUAUCAUUUACAGUCUGAUUAUUCCAUUGUCUUAUUCUCCAGGUAGUGACUAAUCCUCAAAUCUCAGUCAUGUUUCUGAAAGAUGUUAGCUGUCUGUUAGCAAUCAGCAGCUGUAAGUGCAGACUUUGAAGCUUCCCUCCACAGGUUAAUGGUGACUCUGCUUCUUUAUGAGAAGAGAGUCAUUCAGUGCCAACAAGGAAACAUUGGAUUUAGAGGCAGAAAGCCUCCAGGCAGCAUAAAAGCAGAGUAAAUCCUAAAUAACUGCGACUGUGGAUAUGCAGAUAACAUGUAGCCUCACUCUAACUACCAGACAUGUUUCAAUAGAGCCUAUUUUUUGGGUGCUUUUGAACUAUUUACAGUGAAGAAAGGCACUAUUUUAUGUCAUUUUCUAAACCAUUACUUUUCCUCUGCAAAUGUUCUGCCAGCUCCUCUAAACUUCAUGCAGAGAUGGAGAGGCUGAAGGUGACUUGGGUAUAAUACGGUAGAAAACUAAACCAGAGUUGUGCAUCCAUGGGCUUCUGAACUGAGUGUUUUUGGCCACAUGUUCAGCUGAAUGAUGUUUAAAGACAAACUUUUCUUCAUAUAUUUACAAUGUGAUCAGACAUUCCCAAUGAAGUGUCUGAAAUAUCAAGUUAUUGUUGGUUCAUUUAAACCAAUUUUUGGAGACCUUUAGAGAUCUUUAAAGUGCUUCACAAACAGCUUAAAUAAAGACUGUAAAUAAGAAAAUGCAAAGGUAGAAAAAUAAAGUUGGAGAUACAAGUAGUUGUAUUAAAUGCUCUGGCUCUGGGAUCAAUUGCGCUCCUCUAAUGAGCUGAAUGAAGUGGACAAACUCUUUUGGCAGGUCUUUGAAAUAACUAUGAAUUGGUUAUCUUAUAAUCUUAUAAGGAUGAUCAUAUCAACAUUUAACUGUUAACCCAGUUUAAAAAUAUUUCAAGAAAUGGUGACAAUGUACAGGGACAAUUUUCAGGAAGACAUACCCAACAUAUUUGGAGUUUUUGAGAGUUCUGGGACAGAUUUAAACUCCAUGGCUCUUGGGGUCCAUGUUUGUAGCAGAUCCUGGCAGAGAACUCAGUGGGAGGGAGUGGGAACUGGACCCAGCAGGGGGUCCCGAGUCAUCAGGGAGAGGAGGAGGAAAAGUGAGAGAGAGCCUGUAAGGGGAGCAGUAAAGAAGAGAAGGGAUGGAAGCUGUAAGUGGACCAGAAUCUGAGUGAAAUGACAACUUUAUGCUAACUCCUAUCAGCCCCACUGUUCAAUGUACAAACAACCUUUUUUUCAUAAGGGAUCUUGAUUGUUCUCAUUACCUUAAACUUUUUUUUAAUUACACCCUGAAUUGACAAACCCUCUCUUGACCACACAUCCAUGGACAUCAGCAGCAGCAGGAGGAGGAGAAGAAGGAGGUAGUAAUCUGUUUGAAGGAGUUGUAUUAAUGCAAGCAAGUGCUUUUUGCUAAUUCUGUGUCAUUUGAAUACCUCUCUGUUAUCCUUAAAUGUUCCCUCUGUAAUUAUUUAUAGACAUGCAGGGCUCACUGCAUGGCUUCUCCCUCAGGAGUUGGGUGAAUUUCAUCUGUGAUUCACACUGACUUCUUUCCAAAAACUUCAACAUCCACAUUAUAACCCAGAGGAAGUUAUUAAUGUUCACUGAAUGUGACCCUUCCCUUUCAGACCACUCUCAUGCACAUAUAGGGCUCUAUUUUUAUGUACGCCGGGGACAUAGCAGAGGGUGGCGGACCCUGCGCAGUUGUAUUUUCGUCUGGCGGAGCCCGGCCAAUAUUCAGUUUUGAGAGCCAAAUUUAUUUUAUAUGCCAACAUCUAUGAAAAAAAGAGCCAGGCCACGGAGCGCGAUGCGUCAUUACGCACAGAUGGUUCAGAUUUUAAUGCCAUUUUUGGAGUUCAUGGUGUGAUCUGUGCGCUCAACCCACCUUUUUCACGUGAGGUUUGAAUAUAUGCAACUUUAUGUGAGUGUCUUUAUUUGUGGAAAAGGGUGUUUGUCUUACCAGUGGGCCCAACAUUACACAAACCAAAUCCCUCUGUGCUUAUAUGAGAGCGGGAAGGACGCUCUCUGCAGUGCUUACAGUGUCAGGUCUCGGCUGUGUUAAACCCACUCCACGCCCUCUCUCCUCCCUCGCCACGACUUAUGCCGCUGGGAGGAGCUGAGUUAGGAAGGGGGGAUACUUACGCCGGGCUGCACUGCUCACCAAAAUACCAAAUUGUGCUUGGGAACGCCUUGUCGGACCUGACUUAUGCCACGCCUGUGCCAUGUCUCUGGCGAGGCACGAAAAUAGAACCCAUAGUCUCCCCCUUUAUAACUGAAAGGUCUUUUCAAGGGUUGGGCAGGUUUCUUGCAAGAUGUAGUGAAAAAAAAUGACUUCUUAUUCUCCAUUAACUUCAGCUACACUGCACUGAAAAUACCUCCUAUGACAAAAGUAGCUCAGCUACAUCUAAGCUAUUUUCAUUCAUAUAAAAUCAGUUGAAGCAGAAAGUUACCACUUGAGUUUUUUAGGUUUGUUUUGAGCACAGUGUAUGACAAUUACAUUAAAUAUGUUUCAGCUUAAUCCCCCUUGGCUUCUAAGAUACCUUUAAAGCACAAAUGAACAUUAAAAAAUAAUCUGUAUGGUUUUAACUGUAACAUCCAAGUAGACAGCCAGGUAGAAACAGGAUCCAACAAUGCUGGUUUAUUAGCUGAUGACUCUGUGACCCUGGUUAUUCUUGCCUGGUGGCGUUCUGCUGCUGAAGCUAGCUUUGCUUUUGAACAACAACAACAAGCCACAGAGCUGAUAUAUCCUGUUGUGGGACAUAUGGAUAUGUCACAAUGUAUACAAUGUAUAUUUCGAUCUUGGAGUACUUUUUUUUCAAUUGAAUUUUAUUUAUUUAUUUCAGACUCAGAUUUUAUUUUUACGGAUUCAAAUCUUUUUUUUCGGUUUAAGAUUAUUAUUUUUCAGAUUCAGAUCUUUUUUUAUGGAUUCAACUUAAAAAGUUUCAGGUUCACUUUUGGCCCUGUUUUUCUGUGGGGGCGGGCCUCGACUGAGAGGAGCGUGGUCUGCCAUGAGUGACAGCCAGAAAAAUCACGUUCUUGUUUCUCAAACACCUUUUGUAAAUAAAUCGCUGGUAGCAUGUCGUGAAACCCAGCGUCAUCAGGAACAUUUUCAAAGUCGAUAUCAACGCAAUGUUUAUAAGUUUCGGCAAGAUCCUUUGUCUCACUCUGUAGAGAAAGCCACUUUCUAAUACUAGUGCUGUAAGUUUCCCAACGUGUCCUUGUAAAGUCGAGAACGUCUUCACCCUGGACAGAUGAUAGAUGCAUAUAGCAUCGUUUUGUUCCUUUUUUAUGCACUUUUGAAGGUUGUUUACUUUUUUUCUUUUUCUUUUCUUCCUCUUUGCUUUUCUCGCUGCUAGAUGCACUCGUCGCCAUGUUUGUGUUGUUCUGAUACUAUGGCAACAAGACUCGGCUCCUAUUGGUCCACGUGACAAAAAUCGCUUCACCCCUCUGCAUAUUCGAAUGCGCGUGUGCAAGUAUCACUACACCGCAGAAAGGAAAUAGUUCGACACCGAAACACUGAUUACUUAAAAUCGACUGGAUGGCAUGAGUAGAUAUUUAUUUUUAGUACUUACUAUCAAUAUAAGUAUCCAUAAAAAAAGAUCUGAAUCUGAAAAAUAAUAAUCUGAAACAAAAAAAAGAAUUGAAUACAUAAAAAUAAAAUCUGAAUCUGAAAUAAAUAAAAUUCAACUGAAAAAAAAGUACUCCAAGACUGAAAUAUACAUUGAAGUGAAAAAUAAAAAUAAGUAAUUUAUUCAAAAGUAUUAAAAAACAGAAUCAAAGUUACGUUUGAACAGAUUUUUUUCAUGCAUUCUGGGAUUUUUCAAAGUUCAAUUUCGAAAUUCAAGACUUUCAGGUACCAUUUUAUUUUUUUUUCCGGUUCAAAUCUUAUUUUUCCACUUCACUUUUUAUUUUUUCACUUACUGUUCUUUUGGUAAACAGUCAAUACUUUUGAGCCUGAUCUGGCUCCAUAGGGGCACUCAUCACUGACAAAGACAUAGGGGCACUCAUUUGACCCAUUUUAUAUCCUUCACCUCACUCUUUUUCUGAGGUCAGUGAAACACUCAGAUCUCUUUUUCACAAACAUUUUACUUUAGACUCAUAAACUGUUUCACAAAAAGUUUCAAAUACCCAACUGAAGAUGCCCUCUGAUACCAUAAGACAAAUUAAAUUCCACAAAAUCUGAGCAUUACAAAUGCAAAGAACUGGUAAAGAGUCAAAAAAGAGCACCAGGGCACCAACCUUUCAGUGAAUUAUCAAGUUCUCCAGGAAAUUCACAAAAUGAGAGUCUGUUUUUCUACAAGGAAGCAAACAGAAACAGGAGUGCUGUUAUUUUUUUGCUAUUGAACUGUUAACAGGAAACUUGACCAUAGUCAUGGCUCUGCUAAUUGUGUCACAUGAGGGAAAUAAAGGCAUCUAACUCUUUUAAGCUACUUAAGCCUCUAACAGGUUUGAUUUUCCUCUUUGAACUGUUUUUCUUUAUCUGCAAACGAGCAUAACUGCAGAAAAAAAGACUAAAAUGACAUACAUACAAUGAAAAUGUCCAAAGUUCAAUCAGUUAUCUCCUUGACCAAGGAUGAGGGGUUAGAGGUCAUCCAAAACUGGGGAAACAGGACUUUAGUAAACACACAAUGGGGAUAAGUAACAUACAUUAAAUUCAGGAACCACAAUGAACCUUUAUAAUGACAAUUUGAGGCCUCUCUGUUCAUAUAGGGUCCCAUCAGUUAACUGACUUCAGGUUCAGCUUGACUCAACAGAGGACUCAGCUCAUUUGUAUCAGAGCGGGCUUGUGUGAGACCCCAAGAAAAUGAGGAAAAAGCACAUGAAAGGGUUAUUACCUGCUGCCAAGAAUCAGGUCCUGAUUACCAAAAUGUUCUCAGUGACAGCGGGAGAGAUGUGGGAUUUGACUUCCCGCAGCAGAGAUCUGACAGCAGUGACGCAUGACCACAGGCUGAUGGAGCUUUCAGACAGGUGGAAAGAAGACAAAUGAUCAGCGUUCCCAGAGUGAGAGACCUGUGUGUGAUGUGUGAUGGGACAGGAGAUGAGCAGACUGACUGAGUGGGUCUCAGAUCAGAUAAAAUCACUCCAACCAACACAGGGCGUCUUUACCGGCCAACCUACAUGCUCUACAGACCUCAGUCAGGACUUCACCUGCUGCAUCCUUUUCUCACAGAUACCAGAAAUAAAAAUAUACCUGCUCCCCCCACAGCUGCACACCGGAGAUAAGUCUCACACACCAUGGUGACAGGAAGAGAAGAAGCAUUUAUUUAAAUUUGAUAUGUGGCGUGUCACAGGUGAUGAGAGGGAAGCAGACAGUCGCAGUCUCGACAGGGUUUAAAGAAACGUGAUGUGGCACAUUUUCCAUUACACUAAGCAGAUAAUUAAGCUUCAGCAUCAAUUUUCGGAGUUAAUUUAGACAACAUACAAAAGUUGUCCUCAUUUACCUGAGUGUGAGGAUGGGACAACUCUGAACCCUGAUUAACGGGGAGAGCGCUGAAAACUGAAGGCAUCCUCUGUCAGUGUCACUCUGAGCUGGAGUCUGACUUUUCAGCUUUCAUCCCCUCAAAUCUGAAUCAUUUUCACAGCUCCAUUGUCAUGUUAUUAACCUGAUUUGAAUAAUUUCUCCAAAAACUCGGUAUUAACCUGUGAAUACUGUCAUUUAACAAUGUUCUCAAUAAACCAAUGCCAAAAUCUCCAGAGUUGGUUUCCAGGAAUAUAACACAAAGAUUUAAACAGCUGUGCAAAUCAAGGAGUGGUUUUAGAAGGAUACAUCUGGGGCUGAUACUUGAGUGAUUGUGAUUUGUUCCUUUGUAUGAAGCAGUUAUGAGGGCAAUUUAUUUACUUGAUAGGCUCUUUUAGGGCGCAUUCACACCAGGAUUGUUUGGUUUGUUUUAAAAGGACCAUGGUCCCCUUACUCCCUUAGUACGGGUGGUAUGACACACAACAACACACAAUUAAACCAAAGUCCGGAUCAAACAAACGGACCAUGGUCCUCUUGAAAAUGCAGGACUGGGUCACCUUCCAAACGAACCAUGGUCCAGUCCUGGCUGGGUGUGAACACAGCACUGAUGCAGCUGUACUUCUUCUAUGUCAAUAUAAUCCAAUAAUACAUUUACACUGUAAUAAAGCUGGAAAAUUAUGCCUGGUUGGAGGUUGCAGGCAGACAGAGAACAGCCAGUCAAAACUGUCCGUAAAACUGGAUGAAUGGCAGAGGGUUUGUGUUCUAAUACAAUAGUCAGGUGAUAAAUAUUAAAUACCUGGAUGUUCUUCUGUUCAACAAACACGCUGACAAUGUGUUAUCUAGGCAUUCCUUUGCAGUAAUGCCUGGUGUCUCCUCGCACAACCUCUCCGCCACCUCUAAUGAAUUGCUAGGAGCAAGAUGCCUCUUGUUCUCUCUGGUCGGCUACUUUCUGUACGUUGUGGGACAAUGAAGAUUGUGCCCCAAAUAAGCAGGUGACAGACAAUGAUUUUCCCUUGUAACUUUCCCUCUUUUUUGAACCAUUGGGUUCACUUAGCAAAAGCCCCCUGUGAACGCAAACCAGACCAAAUGCAACAAUGUAAACAUUUGGUCCCUGAUCUGGACCUUCUAAGCGGACUUUGGGUGAGAAAGGCCCCUUAUUUGCCAGUUCAAAGUAGGAUUUUAUUGUGUUGUUAUGCCUCUUAUGCAAUGGGAAGCCCACAGAAGCGUAAUGGUUGGGCAAGGUUGGUCCACCUCUGCACCUCCCUUCAUCAUGAUAUCAGACACAGAAACAGGGGAAGGAAGAUGCCAAGUGUCAGAGCCGCCAGCACAGAACAGCACUGUGUGUUUGUGGAAAUUUGUGUGUGUGUGUGUGUGUGUGUGUGUGUGUGUGUGUGUGUGUGUGUGUGUGUGUGUGUGUGUGUGUGUGUGUGUGUGUGUGUGGUGCUCCCACCGUGCGUUUCCAAAGCCAUGCUUCUCCUUCUGCUACAACCUGAUGCCAUGUGUAAUGACACGCUGGGACACCAUUAUUAUACCGGUUCAGAGAGCAAUGUGUAAGUAGAAAGGCGAAAUAAUGGUGGAGCUCUGUUAUAGCGCUGUUGCAGAAAAAGGUUAUAAUGAAAGCUAGCUUAGGCUAGUCACAUGGACUAUAUGACUCCUAGAUCUUUGACAUUUACAACUGUGGGAAACCUCACACACAUAUCUGACUGAUUGAUUUUUAACAUUAGAAUCCUCUGAACACGCUCUGUACAGGCUUUUGGCCUAUUGCUAAGCCCCUCCCCGUUUAGUUACUUUUGCUAACUCAGACAAACAACUGGAGCUGAGCAGUCCUUUCCAAUGGCCGCUACCAGUGUCAAAACACUACCCCAAGAGGGUGUCGGCAAAUUCUGGGCACAGAGAGACAUGAUUUUUUCGAGAAGCCUUCAAAAGGGACUUCAUUAUGCCAUGGAGGGAUAUGUCCAGAGUUUAAAGUUAAGUGUAGUAGGUGAGAAUACAGUUAAAUUGGAGGUGAGGAUGUACAGAACCCAAUGCAAGUGGGAGAAAACUCAUCUUACAGUCGUCACGAUUGCAGAUGACAACAUCCAAGACCAACACUGUUUGUGUUCCACAGGGUAAGAUUAAAUUAAUUUACCUUUAAUUAUGUAAACUAAUCUGGAGAGGCACUGAGUGUUAGUCACUCAGCUAGUGUGCUAACCCGGGCAAACAUUUGUGGAAGCUAAUUUACCAGAGGUGAAAGCUCUGUUACUACAUCACUAAUGAUGAUUAAGUAACUGUAGGUUAAGUUAGUAUAUUUAAAGCUAUGUUGGUGUGAGUUACCUUAGAACAAAUGUAGACAUCCUUGUUGAGAUUCUGGACAUUAAGUUGGCUGUUUGGUCUGCCACACGAUUUCAUCCAUGGCAGACAUUUACUUCAAUCUUUGUUUGAAGUUGGAAAUGGUAAUCCAUGGUAGCUGAACCUGUUCGCACUUUAUACAAAAUACCUCAUUCUUUUUCAGAUGUUUUAGUGAUAAAAAGGAUUUGAAAUUAGUUUUCUGCCUUUAAUUCUUUGAAGAAGUGUUUGAAAGGCUCAAAAGCAGCCAUUUGUUAAAAAAAAAGUAAUGUUUCUCCAAACUGUUUUGUUUCUAAUUUCAAGUUAAUAGUAAGUAUUUUAAUGUCCAUGUUUUUACUCAGUAUACAGUCUGUACUUGCACUCACGUUUGGUGUAAUUUGACACCAUAAGCAAACUAGCUAAGAGUGGCCAAAUAAUGUGACUAAUUUCACAUCCUGACACUUUUAACAUAACUGUCUGCCAAAUAACUUUAGGUUUAAGCAAAUUUUUAGAGUCAGGACUUGUCAGUAGACUUUUUCAAAAAACAGUUUUACUGGCCUGCUCUCCCUCGCUUUGAUAAUGAAAAGUUUCUCACUCUUCACCUCUCAAACAGCAGCAUUAUUCAACCCGAAUACAUAAAGCUGUCUGCAUACAGGCCUGCACAACCCCCGACCCCCACCCCUGCGUCCAGUUGAAGAUGUUGUUGUUUGUAAACACCACUGAAAUGAAGGUCUGGCCAUUGCUGUUUGAAGUUGUUGAAAUCGUGUUGCAGAUGCCAUAGAUGGGUCAUGAGGGCCCAAAAUAUUUAAGUUUUCAUGUUUUAUGUAUCAGUUUUCUGAGGUUGUCAGGUGAUUGAAAUACACCACAAUCUGAGGAGAUGGGCUGUAAACAAGUCUGUGCCACGGCUCGACAGAGUGUCCGAUGGAGGUCGUUCAUUUAUGGUGCACUUUUGCCCUGAGGGCUCGAGCACUUAUUGUGUGAUUGAAAACUGUGAAAUGCAUUAAUAAAACUUUACAGGUAUGCAUAUUUUAUAUAUGACAUUUGUAAAAUAUAUAUGUAUAUAUAUAGGGACUCAGAUAAUUCAAGUCAGCUUUCAUCAUCACAAAAGCUGUGGGAAAAAAAAAAAAAAAAACUUUACGAAUGUUUUGCACUCCCAUCCUUAACAAUCAUCCCCUCCCUCUUUAGAAUUUUACAUCUGCACUAAUAAAUCGACAUUAUCUGAGAGUUUAACAGAGACACACAGUGAGAGGAGGAGACACGAUGAGCUCUGAUUUAUUUGCCUGUUGUUGUUAUCAUCAUAUCAGCUCUGAUGUAACAGAUCGGCUGGGAGAUUCAAUCUCAAGCUGUUUUCGUGUGUUCCCCUCUCCUACCAGCCCACCCAGUCUAAUAAAUAGCUGUGUAAUAAAUCAAGCUCUCCCUAUUCUUGUGGGCCACUCAAUAUGUAUGUGGUGUGACAGGCUGGGUUGAGACUCGCAUCAUAUAUCUGCAGAGAUGAUGGCAGAAUAAAUCACGGCUUUUACAGUAGCAGGCUGCCCAAGGCUACACAGCCGUCACUCUCUCUCUCUCUCUUUCCUUUCCUCCUGCCCUCUCCUUUUCCCCUUGCAUAUCUUUUUUGAUUCAAUUUUUUUCCAGUCUCCUUUCUACAUCAGGUCAGGCUGUUUGUUAUUCAGAAUUGACGUCCUCUUUAGGUUUGGGGGGCCUAUUUCCUUCUUUGGCCUGCGGAGUUAAUCAGAAUUACAAUCAGAAUCAGAAUGAACUUUAUUGGCCAAUUAUGUGUAGUUUGUAAACAGUAUGAUAUUGAACAGUAUGAUGAUAAUUAUUAUUUAUAAUGUGUUUUUUUAAGUUCAAAAUAACUUGUUUAUUUUGUCUCCUAUGUAAUACAGUUCUUGCAAAAACUGUGCGAAUGCCAUACUAACCAAAUCUUCUGUCAGUAUUUUUUCUUCUAAGGUUUCUGUUAUAUUUCUGCUUGAAACAGCAACAGCUACUGUCUGCCUCUUGAGCCCUCCAGACUAGAGGCAGCCAUGGCCACAGGCUUCAUGUUUUCAUGUUGACUGUGUCACAGUAAGGAAAGUGAUAUCUCAGCCUGGAAGGGCCUCCAAUUGCUUCCACUUGAACUCAAAGAAGAACUUAUUGAAUGGAGAAGUCAAACCCGUGACCUGAUACCUUAUCUACUGAUAAUUACGUUAUCUGCAGAGACCUCAUCUGCCUGCUGUUAGCCUCCUGACGAUGAUAUCUUAAUUUUAGUGAUGUUUUUUUCCACAUAUUUUCAGUGUACAGCUACACUUACCAACCACUUGAAUAGGUGCUAGUACUGGCUUGGACCCCCUUUUGUGUUCAGAACUGCCUUAAUUCUCUGUGGGGGACUUUUAACACAGUGUUGGAAACAUUCAUCAGAGAUUUUGUCCACAUCAGCAUGGGAGUAUCACGCAGGUGCUGCAGAUUUGUCAGUUUGUCACGUCUAUGCCGUGGAUCUCCCAUUCCUCCACAUCCCAAAGAUGCUCUACUGAACUGAGAUGUGGGGACUGUGAAGGCCACUUGAGCUUAGUGAACUUAUGUCUUGUAAAAGAAACCAGUUUGAGAUCAUCCAAGCUUUGUGACAUGGUGCAUUAUCCUGCUAGAAGUAGACAUCAGAAGAUGAUGGGUACACUGUGGUCCCAAAAAGAUGGACAUGGUCAGCAACAACACCCAGGGAGGCUGUAGAGAUUAAAGGAUGCACAGUAGGUACUAAGAGGUCCAAAGUGUGCCCAGAAAAUGCCCCCCACACCAUUAGACCACCACCAGUAGCCUGAACUGUUGGCACAAGGCAGAAUGGAUCCACGCUUUCAUGUAGUAACGGUCAAAUUCUGACCCACCAUCUAAAUGUGCCAGCUAAAAUCCAGACUCAAUAGACCGCACACCAUUUCUCCAUUCUUCUAAGUUUUGGUGAGCCUGUGUGAACUGUAGCCUCAGUUUCCUGGUCUUAGCUGACAGGAGCAGUGGCGAUUGCUCUAAGACUGCAAGGGAAGCUCGGCUUCCCUUAAAAUGUCACCCCUCAAAAAAAAGAAAAAGUGGUGAAAUACGUACUGCUGUGUGUACAUUUCAUUAACUAAAUACGCACUAGAAAGCCUUCAUCUUUUGUUCAGACACUGUGAUAAGAAGCUGAUAAUCACAGGUAACCGGCAUAACUUCGUUCUCAUUCAUCCUCGCAGCGCCUCAGCGCUUUAAACAGCCGGACGCUGGGCUUCUGCUGACUUCAGUGUGGAAGCUUAAAGUGGGUUGUUCCAGCAGCGAAACUAGACGCUCAUUGGAUAAAUGCUGGGCUUUGUCCCGCCCAUCGGAAGCCCAGCUUCACUGGAGUUCUAUGGCGAGAGGGCGGUCCCGACUUUCUCCCGGACUCCAAGCUUCUGCAUCCAUGAUUGGAUGAGCUGUCUGAGGCGAAAUCCUUUUUUGAUUGACAGCUAAACAAGCGAAUCAGCGAUCUUGAAGAAUGAAACAUCUACCAGAGCAUUUUCCAAGUUAUUCAUUCCGUUGUUCUUAACUGCUCCGGAGACCUUACCGAUCCUCAGCGACUCUUGUCUUUGUUAAAAAUGACUGCCGUUGUGUUUGGCGACUCUGUUCUGUUACAUACUAAUAAACAAAUACAAUUAUGAUGUAGGCCAGAAAAAUGAGCUUCCCCUCCUUGAAAGACCAGCAGCCGCCACUGGACAGGAGUGGCCCCCGGUGUGGUCUUCUGCUGCUGUAGUCCAUCUGCUUUAAGGUUGAAAAUGUUGUGCAUUCAGAGAUGGUAUUCAGACCAGCCCGGCUAUCACCAACAACUAUGCCAUGUUCAAAUUCUCUUAACCCUGUAAAACCCAAAUAUAGAAAAAUGCAAAAAAACAUAAAUAAAUAAAUUCAAACAUUCAGAUGUUGUUGUAGGAGGCCUUUGGGGGUGAAAAUUGAGUGUUUUCAAAAAUGUUAUGUUUUAGUAAGUUUUUACGGAAAUGUAAUAUUGCAACGUUGGGCUUAAUGGGGAGCAGAAUCUCCUGUAUUUCCACUCAUUGUCUGAACAGCAAUACAGAACUAAGGAUUCAUUUGCAGGGUUUUGCUGUUCCCAAACCAGUAUAUAACAUGAAUAAUGAUCUCAGUCAUGAUGUUAUAAAGAGUAAUAUAUUCCAACAAGAACUUUGACAUUAAUUUACAUUAUUUACAUUAUAAGCAGUUCUUGUCCUCUGAAAAACAAAGGCAGAUAUCCAACCCAGUCUCACAGCAUCACACUUGCUUUGGGUAUUAGCCUUUACUGCAAUGUCUGCAGUGUCCUCUCUUCGUCUUCAGUGGAAAAUGUCGAGUGAAGUCUGUGUGCACAUCCACAUUUAUUUGCAGUGAUAGUCCUUGAAGCAGUUCUUGGCAUCGCUAUCUGAUUCUUCGUCACAUCAGUGUCUUAAAAAUCCAUUUCUACAUCACUCUCUCUGUUUUGGACGAUGGCAAUUACAUCCUGCACACUGUACCGAGGAUCUCUCUUUGCUGGUGGCAUUCUGAAAUGGAAAAAAUAAAACUGAAAUAAAUGUAUAUACAAAUAACACACAUGCUUACGAGAUACUAGAUGGCCAACAGGAAAGAUGGAGUGGUGGGGAGACUGAUUUCAUUAUUAAGUGUUUACACAUUGCGCUGAAGUAGCCUGUUUACACAUUUCACUGGUCACACAAUACUGACCUUUUGACCUAUUGGAGACUGUGAUUAUCAACGUAAUGGGAAUGCAUGUAGCCUCCAGCUUACAACCACACCUUACGUCCAUGAACAUUAACACCUGUUCCAGAACCAUGUCACAAAUGCACCAGGGACAUCCCUGCUUUGACUAUGAAUUGCUAGGAAACAUUUUCUUAUCAAUAGAGACUAAAACACUGUGUUUAUCAACCUAAUAGGAUUGUAUGUAGCCUCCAGUUUACAACCACACCUACAUCCAUGAACAUUAACACCUGUUCCAGAGCAAUGCCUCAAAUGUACCAGGAGCAUCCCCCACAACUGCUUUGACUAAGAAUUGAUAGGAGCAUUUUCUUAUCAUUAGAGACUAAGACAAAGGGCAGACAUGCACAAACAGAAUUUCUUUGUUAGAAAUUCCUGCAUUCUGUGAUAAGGAGAAAAUACUGAGAGUGUUGAAAGUGGUUAGAAAUCAUUAUAAGUAAAUGAUGUACCUAAUAAAGUGGCCGGUGAGUGUAUCUUAAUAUAUAGUUUCUAAUACUAUAAAAUAUGUAAUCCAAUAAUAGCCUAGGGCUAGAAUGUGUAAAUCAUGUGUAGUUUAAAGUUAUAUUGUGAAAAUUUUAAUUGAAGUUCCUCUCAAGACAUUCCUCUCAAAAACAGGGUUGUUUUGGCUACCACUUUGACCCAACGUUGUAAUAUUGCAACAAUUAUAAAACAAGCUCUAAAUAAAAUGUAGGGCAUAUUUUCCACAAUAACUACAUAUGUUCAUGUUCAAAACAUUGUAAUAAACACACACAAAAAAAAAUAUUCAAAGCAUUUUACUCACUUGAAUCAGAUGAAUCCAGUCCAGUAAAUCGAAGGGAUGUUGCUUGACCAAAAAAUGGAGGAUGUGUGACUUCUUCACCUGAGGGCGGGCCUUAUAUACAAAUUUUGGAUCAUAUCGCAUUGUGAGAACAAUCAAUAGGACCCAAUGAUCAUGUUAAUGUGGUUGAACAAAAAAAAAAAUUAGAGGUUUUUUGGGGAUAACCAAAAUUGUUGUAUUUCUGCAACAUUGGGUCUUACAGGGUUAAAUCUACUUUCUUCUCUGUUCUGAUGCUGGAUUUGAAUAUCAGGAUAUCAUUGACUACAACUUCGUCCUCAUACCUCCAUAUGCCGAAAUGCACUGAGUUGCUGCCAUGUGAUUGACUAAUUAGCUAUUUGUGUUUAGAUGUACCUAAUAAAGUGGUUGGUGAGUCUAUCCUCCACUAUGACCACAUUGUCAUUGUCAAUGUCAUUUAAACUUCAGCUGAACUGUCUAGUUGAGUAAAGCUAUCUGCUGGACGUUUAUUUCUUUAUCUUUGAAGGGAGUUUCCUUGCCUGGAGUUGUGUUUUUGUGUGUGCUCUUCCAUAUCCCGCUCUGUCAUCAUAUUACAGGAUCAUGGGCAUAGCUUCAUGCUCUGCCCGCAGUUUAAUAUUUUGAUGCUAAUCAUUUUGAAGUGCACCCGCCUGAGGGCUCAGUGUAUCCACUGGACUCAAUUUAGGCUCAUUCCUUGCUUCCUCUUUCUUCCAUCCUCUGGUCCAUGAUCCACAAACUGACAGUGGUAUGCUGACUUUAAGGGCAUCAAUGUACAAGACAACAACAUUACACAAGUUAAAGGAAAAGUUGAUAUACCCUCAAAAUAUUCCUAAGGACAUAAGACUCAUCAAUAGUGGGUGUAAUGGGUGCUGUUAAAAGUGCUGCUUGUUGUGGGACAAAAAAAAAAAAAGUAAUAAUUGCCAAAUUAUUUCAUUUUAAAAGUGAUGAAUCACAAUUUUCUGAAGUUAACUCAUAGUUAUACAUUGCAAUUUGUAUCUGCUGUAAAUGACUUAAAAAGACAUUUGACACAAUAGAUCAUUAAAUUUUAAUCUCCAAGUUAAACAUAUGGGCCCUCAUUUAUCAAGCUGGCGUACAACAGAACAACAAUUUUAACGUAAGGAGCGGCAUUUAUCAAUCUGCACGUGAGUGUACGCUACGACCAAAUCUCACCACAGGUCUGACAUCGUGUACGCAAGUUUGAGUCAGUGUGGAUCUGCGGUGCAGCAAAUGUCUGACUCAAAAUAAUUGAUAUACAAACCUCAAACCUGUCAUUGAGCACAAUCAGCCAGAUUUCAUUAAAGAUUCAGAUGUAAAUAAAAUAAAAUAAAUUUGUUAUGUCCUUAUUGAAAAGGUCUAUUUGAUAACUUUGCCCAGAAACACUGCCACAGAGCAAGAGCGCCGUUUUAACAUUACGCACACGCGCCACUGUGGACCGCUGCGUUUGACUCCUAAAAGGCAGGUGUCUCUAUCUUGGCCCAGCAGUGGGGUCGUUGUUGUACACUCCUGAAAGGGUGUGGGACAUCAUUUGGGCCAUUACAGUUUUGCACAAUGUUGCACUGGCGAAUGGAGUGCCGUUGGCUGUGCCGGUCCAACGUGAGGACCCGAUGCCCGGAGAACAAUAAUGAGGAGAGACUCCACAAAGGUUCUGCACAGAGGAGACAGGACCUUAUCGGUGGAUUCUGACAUGUAAAAUAUAAGUUUAGAAAGUGCUCUUGCUAUUUAAUCAGUGAUAAAAAAAAUCCAAUAGAAAUCCAUAAAAUGUGCCUCAGGGGCAGCGACACACCAUUUGGUGAGGUUAAUAAUUAUUUUUGUUCAGCCUCUGUCAGACUCUCCAUUCUGCUCUACAUUACAAAGACGCAACAAUUUAAAACUAAAUACUUUGGAUAAUCGGAGCAACGUACCCUGUCAUGGCAAUAAAAAAUAGGAGGCAUGUAUGAGAUAAUAAUUUAUCAUCAUGAGCAACUUAUUGACUAAUGAUUUAUUCAAACUUCAGCCACUGUCCACUAUUCCCCGGCAGCGCUGUUCAGCGCCACCAUAAUCCUGCUCCAGACAGGAGUUUUCUGGACUGCUUUUAUACGAGUUUUGAUGCUUCCAAAGAGAAAAUCCUUGUUAGUUUCCACCACAGACGCGAGGAUAUCCACUUUCAGCUCUGAAAAGUUUUGAAUCUUUGUAAUAUUUCUUCUCUUUCAUGUUUGACCUCAGUGGGCAAGGCUUCUGAACCACGAAUAUUUAAAAGUGUAAACAUAUUAAUGACGAUCGAUCUCAGCCGCCGCAUUUAUCAAGACCCGAUCAUACGUACGCUGGGAUUGGUCCGAUUCGAACCCUUUCAUAAAUCUCACGUGUGUCCUAUCGUAGGAUGAAUCCUGCACUCAGAUCUGCACUCAGAUCUGCGCAAGCUUGAUAAACGAGGGCCAUGGUGUGGGAGGAGUUGUACUCAAUUGGCUAACCAGAUAUUCACAAAAUGUCAUAUGUUCACACGACAAAUGUGGAACUACACUACAGGCCAAAAGUUUGGAAGCAAGAUCAGAUUUGUACAAAAAAAUCAUAGUUUAAUUAAUAUACUUUGCAACACAAUAAACGUGACUAUUGUGUAAAGAGUAACUUAUCAGAAGACAUUUUGACUAUAAUUAUUAGGUAUUUGAGUUAUUGUUGCUCAGACUUUGCUUUCUUUAAAGUAACCUCCUCUGGCUUUAACAACAGCUUGGCAUAUAUGAGGCAUUCGUUCCACAAGUUUUCAAAGGUAUGUUCCAGGGAUUGCAUUUCAAGCUUUCAUAAGUUCAUUAAAAAGAUACUGCUGAUUCGUGGGAUGCACCUUUCUGACCGAUCGAUCCAAUUCAUCCCGCACAAGCUCUAUUGAAGAAAGGUCUGGAGACUGAGGGGGCCAAACCAUCUUUUGAAGAACACCUUCCUCUUCUUUUUUGUCUAGGUAACCCUGACAGAGCUUGGCAGGAUGCUUAGGGUUAUUGGGCUCUAUUUUUGUGUACACCGGUGAGGCGACGGAGGGUGGCGGACCCCGCGCAGUUGUAUUUUCGUCUGGCGGAGCCCGGCGUACAGCCAGUUUGGUAUUUCCGUGGACUGAGGCGCAUGGAGGCAAACCAAGAUCCACCAAGCUGGGUGUGGGGGCGUGGCAGGGGGAGGUGUCGACAGAAUCAGCAAGCACAGUGACAUUUUCAUGCUCACCAGUGGCGUGUAAAGUGCGCUGAAAGCUCGCUGAUUCAAACCUGGUCAGCUUUCAGCGCAAGCGAAACGCAGCUGGUCUCGUAGUAUUUUGGUAGACCGGCGGCGUAUCAGCAUACGUCACCGAUGCCUCACCGGCAGGUUUCCACAGUGUCAGGCAAAUUCCAGUGCAAUAAAUAAUCAUCAACAACUAUUAAUCUGAGUCAGCACAUACAUUUAGAUCUAUAUAGAUAUAUUCUGAUCUAAAUCUGAUCUGAUGAGCGCCUUUGGCACACGUUUGGACACACAACCUGACCGAAUCAACACAGCUGAAACCGCAUUAAAUUAAAUAUCUAGUAAAUAAACACACAUGAUGAAGUUAACAAAAUAUGUGAUUCAUCUCCCUCCUUUUCUUUCUUCCUCUUAUUUCUCACGCAGCUCGACCUGGACAUGUCUCCGUGUCCUCUCUCCGUCCUGCAGCAGCUGAACAGAUGAUUUGUUUAGUGCUUAGAUGAGUUAUUUACUUUAAGCCUACAUACGAAUAUUAUAAUAUUCAGUUUUGUGAGCCAAAUUUAUUUUAUAUGCCAACAUCUAUGAAAGAAAGAGCCAGGCCACGGAGCGCGAUGCGUCAUUUACGCUCAGAUGGUUCCGAUUUUAAUGCCAUUUUUGGAGUUUAUGUUGUGAUCUGUGCGCUCAACCCACCUUUGUCACGUGAGGUUUGAAUAUAUGCAACUUUAUGUGAGUGUCUUUAUUUGUGGAAAAGGGUGUUUGUCUUACCAGUGGGCCCAACAUCACACAAAUCCAUCUGUGCUCAUAUGAGAGAGUGUGGAGGACGCCCAAAGCAGCGCUUACAGUGACACUUGUUGAGGAGCUGCCUUCUGUCGCCAUCGUGUGGCAUUGCUGUCUUCAGACAUCUCUUGAUCUCUUUGACUACUGCACGAAAAUUGUAAUACGCCUUGCCGGUGGCGGAUUUAAAGGCAAGGAGAGGAGCUUAUGUGAUUGGUGAAAACAGGUCUCGGCUGUGUUAAACCCACUCCACACCCUCUCUCCUCCCUCGCUACAACUUAGCUGAGUUAGGGAGGGAGGAUACUUACGCCGGGCUGCGCCGCUCACCAAAAUACCAAACUGUGCUUGGGAACGCCUUGUCGGCGCGGCGGACCUGACUUACGCCGCGCCUGUGGCACGUCUCCGGCGAGGCACGAAAAUAGAGCCCUUCGUCUUGCUGCAAAACAAACUUGUGACUCACAAGUCUGGAUCCAGAUGGAACAGCAUGGUGCUGGAGGAUGGAGUGGUACUGUCCCUUCUUCAUGAUACUCUUUACUUCAAAUAAAUCUCCUACUCCAUCACCUGCAAAACAUCCCCAUACCAUGGAACUACCACCUCCAUGCUUAAUUGUGGGUGUACCACACAGUGCUUUCAGACGUUCACCUGUCUGCGGACAUUGACUCUGCCUGUUGAACCAAACAGUUCAAACUUGCUGUCAUUGGUCCAGAGAACUUGUUUCUAGUCAUCAUAAGUCCAAUUUUGUGAGCUUUUGCCCACUCAUAUCUCCUUUUCUUGUUCUGUGGACAAAGUAGUGUUUUUUUUUUGCAGAUACACGACCUUGUCAUGUUGAUUUCCUCCCUUAUUUUUGGUGCUGUCUUUCGCUGAUCUCUCUUACUGGUGACAGUGAUAUGUUAUAUGAUAUGGUAUUUUGAAUGCAGUUAAGAUUUAUUAGGAUUUUUGUAUGCAAGCUCUUAAAGCCAAAAAGUUAAGUUAAUAAUCCAACUGUGAUUUUUUUUUUGCUUUUGCACUUAAGUUGUGACUCUUGCAAAUGUUUUCGACCCUGCAACUAAGCCCUUAUUUUCUUUUGCCAACAUAUAUUUAGCAAUGGUCUGUUAAAAUAAAUGUAUAUCUAAAGGUAAAUGGAGUAAAAUGGUGCACCUCCAUGAAAGCAACAUCUGAUCAUGGAGUAAAUACAUCCCAAAAUACAUACAACUCAUGCUGGAUUUUUUUUAAAAAAGCAUUGUGAACAAAAACUUGAAGUUACUCCCAACUGUUCGGCCUGUAAUGGCCUUGCUUCCAAACCUUUGGCCUGUAGUGUAGGAUUUGGAAAUUUGACCGGUUAUUAAGAAAGGUUGAAAUGUUUAACCCUCAGUUGUUUUGGUCUUGCUUGUAAAUUAACUCUUACAUGUUGUUUUGCAGGUUUGUUUUUUUUUCUUUCUUUCUGUUUUUUUUCUUCUGUUGUUAUUGAGGUAAUCAAGGGUGUAGAUAACUGGGUGAUGGACCAUCUCAGAUUGUUUGGCUUGAAGUUUGGGACAGACAUGUAUAAGAAUGAUGUUCUUCCUACUAAUCCUUUCCAAUCAUGAAAGCUGUUGAUUUGAAAAGUUAUCAUAGAUUUGUGGGACAUCUUUUUUAUAUUGUGCUGUCUGCUUUUUCUCUUUUCUCUUACUUUCUCACCAAUGGGCCGCCGACUUGAGACUUCUGUCCAGGUUUUUCUUGAUCUGGAUAGCAGCAUACAACCUUUGCAGCUGAUUACACUUCAUUUUGAGACCAAUACACCAACGGGCACCAAUGUGGGUGCAAGUUUACUUGCUAUUCAUACAAUGUGGACACUGGGGUGAAGAUGAAAAUGGCAUCGGGUGGAAAAUAAUUACACUGCAUACCAAGCUUUACACAGAGCCCAGAGCCUGUAUGUCUUCACUGUAGAAUUCAUACCACAUAUAAACCCUGCCUUAGCUGGACAUUGAAAUGUACAUCACCCUGACAAUGUGAUCUCUGAAUCAGUGGAUAAACAGUAAUAGUGGACUAACAGUACAAAUAAACCAUGGUAUACUUUAACAGAUGAUAUAAACUAACUUCCUUAGAAAUGAUCUCAUAGGUUUUGGUUAUAUCUAGUUGAUUUGUGUGUGUGUAUGUACCUGCAGUGAUGCAUGACUUCAGCUUAUAUGAGGAGCUGGCCUCUACAGAUAACACAGACUGUGUUCACCUGAACCUGCUGAUCGGAGCUCAGGAUAGAGGAGGAAAGACAGGCAGAGAUAGAGUCAAUAUGAUGGAGGAGGGCGAGGAUUUUUUAUCAAAGUGUAGAGAAGAGAACAGACAGGGCUGUUUAGUCAGCUCAUGUUUUAUGCAGUGAUAGCUUUUAAAACUUCAUUUAAUGCCAUGACUUUUGAUUUGGAAAAAACCUUUUCUUUGUUGUUUGUUUAAAUGUCUCAUACUCAUAGUCCAAAUACCUGGAUUGCUUGCUUCCCUAGAGAAGGGAACCACUGACAAAAAGGUUUGUGUUAAUGUUGAUCACCAACCACUGACUACUUGUUGCCCAUGGAGAUGUUGAAAGAUUGCCGAAAACGUGUCCAUCAUUUCCAGAAGCAAAUCAUGUAAACAAAUCCUUGAACUCACUAUCCCACCACCACACUCCUUCAUUUAGAGUCACAUUGAGGCAGUGCUGUUCUCCACUCAAAGGUUGACAAAUUAAAGGUGAGAGAUCAUUUGUCCAUAAUAGUUUUGUCCUCAUCCAUGUAUCCCAAAACACACACAGAUUCAUAUUUGCUGCUAUGGUGAUCUAUGACCACAUAUGUUCGGUGGGACACACCCAGUUUCUUCUUUUUUCUUUCCAGCUCUGAGUCAUACAGCCAGUUUAUCACCCUGCAGACACACACACUCACACACACACACACAUAGUAAGUCUCUGAAGCUGUCGUCCUCCCAGAGACGUAUGUUUGGAGGGAAGAGGAGAUUGAAAAGGUGAGAUCAGUUGAGCAUGAUGAAGAAGACAGCUGGAAUAGGAGCCAGGGAUGAUGCACAAUCCAUGUCAUUCCUCCAACUAUUUUCCAAAUCUUACAUCAGAAACCAUGACACCCUGCACAUAUGACUUUCAAAUCUGAGUUGUGUUUUACUGAAUAGUUUGAAUUAGCAGCACAUCUCAUUUCUGCUGCGGUUUAAGUCUUUCCAUUAUGGAGGCACACCUGUCUGUAGACCCCAGUUUUAUUCAGAGGAUAUUCCAAACAUUCUUCAGUUUGUAAUAAUCCAAGAGAAGAAAUGGAUCCAGUGCAUAAGAGAUGGGAACACUAACCCUCAAUUUCCACUGCAUCGUCACAGCAUUUUUGGCUGCCUGCCAAUUCCUGCAUUUGUGCUGCAAAUUUCAUGGCGAAUUUCGGACAGCGGGAAUUGCAUGGACUCACAAGAACAUGUGAAUUCACAUGCAAUCCAUGAUAACCAGUUUUCUAUUUAAAGACAGCCACAUAACCAUAUAAACAGUAGAUUGUGUCCUUCCAGAGGAGGAAUCCACUCUGUCCAGACAAAAUACAUUGGUACUUAUUUCUAACUUACCAUCCACUUCCAUGCUAUGGAAUCCCAUGCUUUAUCCUUUUUAUGAUUGUCCCUAUGUAAGGGAUGAGACAGGUCAUGGAUUAUUCUGUUAUUUUGGACACACAGAAUCAGCAUCUCCUCAUCCAUGGUGUUAACUGGGUGGAAUGAAGUCUGAAAACCUUUGACUAGUUAGUACCUGCACACGUUUACAUGGUGUGAAAAACGAUCCGUCUGAAACAAGCAGUGUUUUAUUUUGAAAACAAGCUAGAUGUUUUAUUUUGUGUCUGUGCUCAACUUCCUUUCCAGCACAGGCUAAACUGUGCUGAAUUUAUGCGGCAUGCUGCGGUGUCCUGAAAAAAUAGAACCCUGGCAAUUGGCUACGAAGCCCACCGAACCACAGGGGGUUGGAAAAAGCCAGUGGAAAUUAGACAUAUUAACUUGAAGGGAAACAAUCUGUGGCAAUUGGCGCAGACAGCCUUUAUGCCGCCGUUCUGCAUGCACAGGAAAUUUGGGGUAAAAGUGCAUCUUCCUUCCAAUACCGUAUCUUCUGUCUGUCCUUAACAUGCACCCAAUCUGCACUUCUGCUCAUGUUCAUAGAUAUGAUCAGAAAACAAUUAAAGAGAGGACAGGAUAAAAGAAAAAGAUACACUGUCUUUGUCCUGGUCAUUUUGCAAACACAUCAAAUCUUGAAUUAAAACAUAAUUAUUUAGGUUUUAUUUCAAAGGAUUCUUUCUGAGAUCUUUCUAAAUCAACCAAGAACGUUUCAUCUUUUAUCUAAUCAACACCUCAGCUGCCUAUUCAGUCUGUUUUCAGAAAAAAUGAUUUAAUCAGCUUCUGAAAACCCACUGUUCAUACUCAGACAGUAUGUAACCAUUCUGCCGAUAUGAAAACAUGAAGCAAUAAGCUUUUAUAAAUGCAUGGGCAGCUCCUAUGUUUUUUUUUUUUGUUGUUGUUGUUGUUGCUUCUGCUUAAGUGUUUAUCAAGGUAAAUUGAUUUUUAAACUGUCUGUGAAAAAGAACAAUCCCCCUCUUUAAGGUCAAUAAAAUAGCAGACUUCUUGGCGUUGAUAUCCUUUGCCAUGUAGCACAAAGUUGGACAGGGUUUUUAUCUCUAACCGCUUUGCAGCACCAGUCUCAUUGAUGUUAAGCUGUCAGUGCUCUUGGCACCAUUUGAAUGGGACUGUCUGGAAUUGGGCCAUCUCGCAGCGCCUGUGGAGCAGCAGUGAACCAAACUGAUGAAGGAGAUAAUGCUGCUGACGGCUGAUGCAUCAUUCACACUGUAGGAUCAGCUGGCAGAGGUCCACACAAUGCAGUCUGAAUACAAGUCCAAGAGUCAAGAGGCAGGAGUGUUCACAAUGAAGAGUAGAGGAGAUGACAGGGUACAUUUUUAUAGCAGGGUUAAUAAAUGUGUUAAUAGUUUUUUAUUACAUAGUUCUCCUCAGUCACUGCAUUUAUGGAUCAGAGUUUGUCCAGUGCCUCUUGCUACUGAAGAGGCUGCUUUUGGGCUGCUUUCACCUGUCCUAUUAUCAUAACCAUGACUAUGCACAGUUAAAAAAUUGAGCACAUCACCCCCAUCCUUCGCACUCUGCAUUGGCUCCCCGUUCACCUCCGCAUCGAAUUCAAAAUCCUAUUUCACACCCAUCACUGUCUGCAUGGUGCAGCCCCCACCUACCUCACCGAACUCCUCACCCCUCACACCUCAGCCAGAACCAGGUAAGGCCAACUGCACCGUCUGCGCCCACCCAGGACUCAGCUCAAGACCAUGGGCAACAGGGCCUUCGAGGCUGCUGCUCCCCCGUCUGUGGAACGCUGUGGAAGGGCUCCACAGUCGGUGGAUGCGUUUAAAAAAGGACUCAAAACCUCCCUUUUUCUAAAAGCUUAUCAGGUCUGAUUUUAUCUGUUGACUGUUUUUAUUGUUUUGUUCUGUUGCUUGAUUUUACUGUUAUUGUUGCUUUUUUUGUACUGUUAUUGUUGGUUUUUUGUUUUUGUUGCCUGUACUGUGCACUUUGAGAUUAGUUUUCAAAUGUAAAGUGUGUUACAAAUAAAAUCUAUUAUUAUUAUUAUCAUUAUAAAGGUGAGGAGAGGAGCUGAUACGAUUGGCGAAAACUGGUCUCGGCUGUGUUAAACCCACUCAACGCCUUCUCUCCUCCCUCUCUACAACUUACGCUGCUGGGAGGAGCUGAGAUAGGGAGGUGGGAUACUUACGCUGGGCUGCGCCGCUGACCAAAAUACCAAAGUGUGCUUGGGCACGCCUUAUUGGUACGGCGGACCUGACUUGAGCCGUGCCUGCGCCACGCCACCGGCGAGGCACAAAAAUAGAGCCCAAUGACUUAAUAUUGUGAAGCAGCCAUGUCAAAAUGCGUGAUAAUAAGAUAAUUUUUCACAUGUCCGUAAUAAAAAUGAUUGGUGUUGCCAACAGGUCUUCAGUUUGAACUGCAAAAGAAAGUUUGAACUGCAAAACAAAUGUCUGUCAGUCUUUGGACCAAUCAGAGGCUCCAAUAUCUUCUUUGAUGGUUUUCUGACCGUGGCAUCUGAUUGAGAACAGCAAAGGCUCACAACACAAACCUUAAGGCAAGCUCCCAGUUGAUUUGAAGACUUAACUUGAUACAUGAACCAGAUACACCUAAAGAAAAUGUGAUUUUUUUACCUAUUUACACAAGACUGCAAUAAGGAGUGUACAUUUGUCUUCCUAAGAAAGGAAAACUUAGAUCUCUUUAAUGAGCAAAAAUUCAUCACUGUACAUUAAAGCUGCAUUCUGAUUGAUUUACCCUUAUUGACUUCAAAGUGGGAAUGACAGAUUUUGUACAGUAGCUUUGCAGAAUUUUUUUUCAAACAGAGUAAGUGGGGUGUUUUAGAGUUAGUCUGGGUGCACUUAGGUCAUUUCUACACCUUGAUAUCUGGGUGACCUGUAGUGUAACCUUAUCUCUGGGUGAGUUUGUCUCUCUUGCUAAGAGCAGGUCGAAAGAUCUGCAUGUGUGUGGUGAAAAGACACCAAAUACACAACCCUUUUAUAUAUACUUUGGUCAGACUGGCAGCUUAAUCAUGCCAUUCAACCCUGAAAUAUCACAAGUACAAUCCUAUUAUGACAAAGUGAUUAUAGUAACACUGAUGAGAAAAUAAUAUGUAGACAUCCCUGUAUAAAUUACAAAGAUGCACUAGUCUGCUCUGGUUUAAAUCACUGAUUCAUUUUAGGAUGUUAAGGCUGAUGUGUCAGUCUCCUUUUUUUAGUGAUGUGAUGUUUUAUUAUUUUUAACUACCAGUUAAAAACUUUCACUUUACAUAAAGCCUUUAAACCUAUUGAACAGGUGAGGCCAUGACAGUCUGAAAUUAAUUAGUCAGACACUAUUUACAAUAUUUCAAGACUACUCUCUGGUGGACUUCAUGUUGAGUCAGCUAACUGAAAACUAUUUUGGUCUAGGCCAUCUUUUCACCAGAUCAAACCAUAAAAGAACCUUUCCAGGUUCAAUGCUAUACUUUUUUUUUUCUUCCUGCAUAAAUGAUGCCUACUGCAACUCGUCCUCAAACUGAUAAAAAUGCAUAAGUAGUCUAGUCUGGUCUAUUUGGGUAAGUGGGAGGACUUGCUGUCUGCAUUUUGAAAAAAGGUUAUCAUUUGGAGGCUCACUCAAGAGAAGAGGAAUGAACACUCAACAUUUGAACUUCUUUUUCAAAAUGCAAAAUGAAUAAAACCAAUCUUGAUUCUAAAAUACCUAUUCCCCAUCCCGACCUCCAAUACUCCUCUGUGCCUAUUCGUUUUAAGUGACUUCCUGUGUGAAAUGCACCAUUUGUAGGUAGAGGCAAGUGGUUGGUUCCUUUUGUGACGAAUGGAGGAUCAGACUUAUCAUGUAUUACACAAUCUUUUUUGUCCUUGACUGCCACUAUCACCCCACCUAUAGAAGUAGUUUAAAUAGAGCUUAAAUGGAGAAGAUCAAAUCUCUGUUAGUGUUAAAAUGUUGAUGCAACUACUAAGAAUCAGAAUGUAUGUGACAAAAGCCAAACUUCAAAACUUAACAACCUGUGACGUAAUGAUUUUUUUUUUUUCCAAAAUGCAUUUUUCUUUACUAAGAUGAUUGUCCUGAAUUUUUUUUUUUUCAAUCUCUGCAUACACGCAUGUAUGUAUCCGACAUAGGAGGUGGGAGCAUGAUGUGCUGUACCACAAAACAAAUUUCACCAACCCUGUUGUGUGGCCAUUAAACAAUGAUUCUGAUAAUGUGUUUAUUUUGAAUGCACUGGAUUCAUAGUUGAAUCAGUUGACUUCACGCCUCCUUGGGGGGGGGGGGGAUUUAGGACCCUCCCGUCAAAGGCUGCAUACCCCUCUUCAGGUUUGUUUAGCUUCCUGAUAACAUUAUUGAACAAUAUGAAACAAGACUUAAGACUUUCAACUAUAUUAAGCUUUUUUUUAAGGUCUCUAUUCUUUUGUUUAGGGGCCAGUGCCUUGGUGCAUAUGCCACAUGGCCCUUACAAUAAUAAUAAUAAUAAUAAUAAUAAAAAAAUAUAUAUAUUAUUAUUAUUAUCAUUUGGUCUAUGCCUCUACAAACUAAAUCUGCCUCCCACAUAUAUUCACAAACACACGUCUACAGAAAUGCAUGCAUGAGGGGAAGCCUUGAGAAAGCUCUGCUAAAAUUUAAAUCACAACAGAGGGGAGGGAAAAAAAAGAGGAUGGAAACUGCUGCAGCUCUCCAAAAUUCCCUAGGACUAUGCGAUAACUUUCUAGCUAACCAUUAAACUAUUUCACCACUCUUUUGAAUGAGGCCUCAUGUUACCAUUUGGUAUAAGCUUAACAAGCUAACCACACAUUUGUUUCCCUUUUCUUUAUACUUGUUUUGUCAAUGGACAGCCAGAUUUGAAAGACUGAACCAAAGACCUAAGACAAUAAUAAUCAAGUUUGACUUUACCAUAGAGUUAAAAUGAGAAAAACACUGCUUCAAAUCAGUCUGGAUUUUGUGCACCCCAACUUAAGGAAAACAGUCAUGUUAUUUUUUGCCAACUUUAAAUUUGUCCAUGAAUUGUUUGUUACAGUCCUGUAGUGGGUAAACACAUUUUAAAGACUUCUUUUAUUGUUUUAGGUACAAACUGAAUUUCUGUGAAAUAAAAAAUUCCAUGUGUGAACUUGCACUUAAAUCCUCUGCUGUAAUUAGUAGGAUAUAUGAACUUAUCACACAAAAAACAAGCACAGCUAAACACUGUUAUUAUUUCCUUAAAUCAUAGCUAUGAGUUAUGAAGUAUCUGUGGACCUGCAUCAUUUACCAGCACCACCUCUGUGCUCGCCUCAUUAACUGAUGCUCUAAAAUAAAGUUAUAAAACCCACCAACAUAAUGAGCUUCUUUUCACAACAGUCUGCACACACAGAUCAGUAAACCCAGUUUAGGUGUUAAGAGCAGGCUGUAAAGUGAAUUGUAUUAUUAGAAAAGGUCUCUUUGUAUCCCUCUCUGCUCUCAUGUGUGUUUCAUUAUCUCUGUGUCUGUCGGUGUCUCUCUUACACACAGUUAACCAGAGGAAAAAUGACUGUUUUAAGUCAGAGCAGAUGUGUCUUCAUGCUUUGGCUGACUCGGGCUGCUCCAACAUAAUCCCAGCUGCUAAAGCAAAAACCUUCUAAAAGCUUUUUGUUUAAAACCCAAACAAUCAGCAUGUCACUGGUUGUGAGGUGUCUGGGAUGCACCGUCUACCACCGAAGCCAUCCGGUUUGGCAUCAGGGUUUCAAUUUUCACCUCAUUUGGGGUCUAAAGUGGGCCCAGCCUGCUAAUGUGGCCCAGAUGGGACUGCAGAGUUAUGGAGUGACAUCUCGCUUACGAUCAGAUAGUGAGGGACUGUGCGGUAAGACUUCCAAAUAUUUCAUCUGUUGGCCUCAGAGAUAUCAUAACUGCUCAGGGUUUUAUUGACAUGUUUUUCUUGAUCAAGCUCUUCUGAUUUCAAGAUGACCUACAUCUUUUAGCUGUUGGAGUUUAAGUUACACCAGUUCAAAGAAAAAUGUCAUUUUUUCCUAAACAUUAAGAAAUAAAGCAUUCGUGGCUCAUCAUGGAAAUAUAAACCACCUGGAAUGCUUGAUCUUCUGUUGGCUAGAGACAAGAACGGGCUAUGAAAUAUGUUAAUUCAACCUAAAACAGAGCCUCUAUGAUAUAGAUAAAAGUAUAUUGAAAAUGAAUGCUAAGAAAAAUUAAUUUAGAAAUGUCUCAAAUAGUCACCAAGCACAACUCUGGUGAAGAGACUUAAAAUUAAAUGAAUGAAAAUGCUUUUCAAAUUUAAAUGUCCACGAAACCAAAACACACAUCAGUGUGACAAAAGAGACACACACAAACUUUCUGCAGCACCGCCAUCUGAGCAUACGAGCAUUUAUACAUAUAAAAAAAUCACCUAGAAUAAGUCACAAUGUAUAUCACCUCAUGUCUGGAAUAUGAUGGCAUGUAUAUUUUUUCACAAUCGCUCUUCACCCCACGGCACUCCUCAUUAUUGCACUACUGUCUUGUGUUUAUAUGCUAAAUAUCUAGUUCAGUUUGUACAUUCCUAGCAAUUUUUCUUAACUUUUGUAAUCUUUCAUGUUUAAUGUUUGUACAUUAAGGGCAAAGUUUACAGGAGUCAAAUUCCUUGUAUCUGUACACACGCUUUGCUAAAUCUGAUUCUGGUUCUGACAGUGAUACCAGAUUGUAAAAAGCUGUUCAAAGUUACAUUCACAUCACCUUUGUUUUUCCCCGGUGUGUUUAAUAAGUAGAAGGAAAAAAAAGUACAUCGUCUUUGGUACUGUAUGACAGCAUUAUAUCCAGCAGCCCUCACGGCAGUUUUGGCACUUAUUGUGUUUUUCCUUUUGCCCAAAUCUGUGCCUGUUUUGUACUCGCUCUCAAAUGUACAUUGCUUUGGACAAACAUAUCAACUAAAUGUCAUUGUAAGAUUGCAUCCCACAGCAUGUUCUGCAUGAGGUAAAAUAUGAACUUUAAUCUGCUAGUCAUAAAAUCAUUGAGAGUGCUAUUGCAAAUACCAAUCUUUAAAAUGAUUUCAGUUUGAAUAUUUUCUCUAAAAGUGCAGUGUGGAAACUAGAGCGCACUGAACACACUCUGAGUAUUUGUGCAAAAAGGGACAUAGGAGUGUUACUAUUGUCCCAGAACUGAGAUGAAAAAUAAUAGCCGUUUUAAUCUGUUUUGUAAGUAAACUUGUUCAAACAAUUUGACGUUCGAUGAUAUCUCUGAUAUUAACAAAAAAGUAACUAAAACUGGAAGCUUUUUUAAUACGAUAACCUUGAAGCAUCAUGGGAACAUGUCCCACACAGUCCCACAAACUGUCCGUCCCUCAUUUGACCCUGAAAUAAGCAGAGAAGACUUGACUCUUGAUUCAUGGUAACAGCAGCUCAUACUUAAGUGCAGGUCCUCUGAAUCAGAAUCAAAUGGUUCAAAACAAACAUCAGCCCCUCUGAGUCAUGUGUGUAUUUUAGGAUAUUUUAUUAAAGGAAACCUUUGAGCUCAGGGUUUCUUUUAGGUUACACUGACACUGAAGAAGUUUUACUCAUUUCACACCAGGAACCUUGUCAUAAAUUUUUUUUUCACUCUACAGAAACAGAUCAUGACUGGAAGGCCUGCUUCAAGUACCUCAUGACAGCAAGUUUAAAAAACGAGCAGAAGUGUUUGUUCAGGGAGACCGGAAAUCGAACUGGUGACAUUUUAGUCUCAAGUUUCCUUUCCUCCAGGCCACUGCCAUUCAAAUCUGACAAUACAAAGAGAUCUCAUGUUUAAUACCUUUCCUCCUGGUGUGUUUUUGAAAUCUUUCCAUCUUUGUAACAAAGACACGUGCUGCAGGUUUGCUGAGGAUCCAGAGGUGAUCUGAUCAGACAUGGGGUGAUGGGAAAUAAGGUUUCAGCAUGUGUGAGUGAUUUCUGUGGGACUCAGCGUCUGUGCAGCUCCUUACGAUUAAUAUCUGCAUGUGCAAUCAGAGAAAUAUGAUGAUUCAAGGUUGCAGUAACUCUCUGAGUAUUUUCACUCUGUUUCAGAAAUGAUCUGAGGAUGGGCAGGUUUACCUGAUCCACAGCACUGAUCUAAUCACAGUACAUCAAACCUGCAGGUGUAGCAUUAUCACAUUUCAUUAUGUUCUUCACUUUCAAAAACACAUGUUGUAAUUCAAUAAAAAACUAAUAUAAUAUGGAGACAGCCAUCUGGCAGUUUCUCAAGCGGCUUCUUAUAUCGUUCAAAAUUAAGGGAUUUGCUAAAUGAUAAUUGGUUUGGAUAAUUAAUUAAUCAUGUUAAACUGUUUUGAAGCACUAAACAUGUACUUUUUUAUAACUGCGUUGUUUAUUUAAGUCUUGUUGUCUUGUUUUGUAGUCUUGUUGAACAAGCAAAUUUUGUUCUUCCAACCAAGUAGACCCUCUCCAAAUCAGUCAUUAUUUAUGAUGAAAUUCCUUUUCUCAGACCAUCAGAAAAAUGCAGGUUUAGGAUUCUGCUGCAUCUGCUUUACCUUCCAAAAAUGAAGCUUCAUCUCUCUCUCUCUCUCUCUCUCUCUUGCUCUUUAUUUAUUUAUUUUUACCAGUUUCAGGAAUAAAUGUUCUUAACAUUCUCUAAUUUGUAAAAGACUGCAUGUAGGUCUGUAGUAAUUUGACAGCUUUAGCCUAGAACUGCCUUUUAGUUUUAGUCACAUUUUAGUCAUACUCCCCCCCUAAAAAUUUCAGUCUAUUUUUAAAUAGCAAAAACUCAAAACCUUUUAGUCUACUCAACGAAAUGUCAUUGUCCUCAUUCAGAAACUUAACUCUUUUCUUUGUGUUUGAUACACAAAUAAGCCUACAUUUUCCCAUCUACUCUGCAGCCCCUGCAAAUCUACCUGCUACAUCUAUGACUUAAAAAAAACAAGUGUUUCAGGGCAGUGGAAAGACAUCCAGAUCGUCACUCUGGGCUGCAUAUUCAUCAUUGAUGAUGAAGAGCUAAUCAGAUUUACAGAGUGUUUCACUAAAAUCCUCUCUGAUAUAAUGCAAGACUAAAGUAAAACAAGGUUAAAGGUCAAAAAUCAAAGUAAUGUUAUCUGGUAGCUAGUUGUGGCUUUGUUGACAACACAGGGGAAAAAAAAAUCAUAAUUGAAAAUGAAAUAGAUGCAGGACGGCAUAAGGAUUUGUAUGAGCACAAUUGUUGCACUUGUUAUAUUUCAGUAUUUCGGAGGUCAAGAUGUUACAUGUGUCUUGUGAGGUUUUUUGCCACAAGGGCUCACCACCAGUAGAAACCACCGGUAGAAACUGAACGCUGUGUAUGCCAGUUAAUUUUGUGGAACCUGCCACAUAAUUCAGCUAGUUUUCAGCGACUCUGACCCAAACACCUACAGUUGAGGCCAAAAUUAUUAGCCCCCUUAUGAAAUUUGAAGUUUUUUUCCCCAAAUUUCCGAAGUGCUGUUCAACAGAUUAAUGAUUUUUUACACAGCUUUUCCAAACAUCCUAGUUUUAUUUUGGACCCUACAUUAUUUUACUUUGCAGACAGAAACAAAAUUAUUUCACAAAAACCAAAAACUACCAGGGUCAAAAUUAUUAGCCUGCUUGACGUUUUUAUUGAGCCAAAACAAAAACCACUGUUGUGCAAUCAUGUACUUUCACUUUCGAGUGCUCACGGCUUGUCAUCAAUCAAUCAAUUAAGUUAAAACAAAGGGUUGUCCUACACUUUACGCACAGUAUAAAAACCUUGUUACGCAUUUGAGCUGUCACUUGAGAAGGCCUCAUGGCAAAAACAAAAGAAUUCAGUUUAGACAUAAGAAAAAGAAUUGUCGAUGCUCACAAAGCAAGAAUAGGAUAUAAAAAGUUAUCACAGCAUUUCCAAGUAUCAAGAAGUGGAGUGAGAAGUAUCAUCAAAAAAUUCAAGGAGAGCCACAGUGUACAGAACAAGUCUGGAAGAGGUAGGAAGCAAAAAAUUUCAAAGAAACGGAAAAGAAAAUUGGUUGUAGAUGUUACUAAACACUCUAGAACAACCACCAAAAGAGUAGUUGCUGACUUAACCAAGUCAGGAAUUGUGGUGUCAAACAAGUCUUUAGAGCCCUGAACAGAAAUGGUCUGUGAGAAUGCAGGCCAAGAAAAACUCCACUUCUACAAAAGAGACACAUUCAAAUCAGACUGAGGUAUGUUAAAGACAAUAUGGAGAAAGAUUGUUCAAACUGGAGACGUGUUCUUUGGUCAGAUGAGACCAAACUAGAGCUCAUUUGUUCACAGAGACAUUGCUUAUGUUUGGAGAAAGAAGGAAGAGGCGUAUAACCCCAAGAACACUGUCCCCACAGUUAAACACGGUGGUCGGAGCAUCAUGCUGUGGGGAUGUUUCAGUGUAUCUGGAACUGGGAAUCUUGUCAAGGUUGAAGGAAUAAUGAAGAAAGAAGGAUAUGUGAAGAUUUUGAAAGAAAACCUCAAGGAGUCAGCAGCAAAACUGGGUCUGGGUCGUCACUUUGUUUUCCAACAUGACAACGACCCAAAACAUGCAGCACUCCUGGUGAGGAGCUGCCUCCAGGAAACCAAAGUGAACGUUAUUGACUGGCCUGCACAAAGCCCUGACUUAAAUCCCAUUGAAAAUCUGUGGGCUGCACUGAAGACCAGGGUCCAUGCUAGUAGACCAUCGAAUCUGGAGGAGCUUGAAAGAUUUGCCAAAGAGGAAUGGGCUGGGAUUCCUCAGGAGAUGUGCCAGAGCCUUGUUACAAACUACAGCAACCGACUGCAUGCUGUUAUCCAGCAAAAAGGACCCACAAUUGACUAUCAGCCUCAGGGGGGCUAAUAUUUUUGACCCUGGUAGUUUUUGGUUUUUGUGAAAUAAUUUUGUUCCUGUGUGCAAAGUAAAAUAAUUUAAGGAUCCAAAAUAAAAUUUGGAUGUUUUGAAAAGCUGUGUAAAAAAAUCAUUAAUCUGUUGAACAGCACUUUGGAAAUUUUGGAGAAAAACUCAAAAUUUCAGAGGGGGGGCUAAUAAUUUUGGCCUCAACUUUAAGUGCACACUCUAUUUUACUUUGCCAUCACACACAAAAGUGAUGUUCAACAUACGGCACACUAAUAAGCUGUUGGGUCCAAAAAAGACAAAAAACACAACUGAACAAGGAAAUGAGUGACAGUAAUUCUGUUUACCUUGGACUUUCAUGGACCAGGUUUUACAGAGGAAAAAAGAUGACUGUGUAAACUGUAACUUUAAAUCCACAAACAGUAGAUCCUCAAAGACCUCUGGAUCUUUGGGGAUCAACGUCAGCCAGUUUGUACAUGCCUUUCAAACAUGCUAAACAUAGACACAAAACAGCGACUGCAAUCGGUUUCCAGAUUUGAUAAGUUACAUAGUGGGUGCUUAUUGAUUCUAUUUGCAUCUACUCCUCCCAGGAUUUUGUGAGAUCAGAUGAUCUUCUGCAUAUUCAUGAAGGCAAAUCUCGGUACACCCGCUUAGUAGAUCAGGUUUGCAUGCGCUAUCAAAUUUGCAUGUGUGUUUGCACACGCAAACCUUUAGUAAAUCAGGCCCAAAGUGUUCUCAGUUGUCUUUAAGUUGUGAUUAUUAAGUUUUUAGCCAAAAUCACAUUACCUGUGUCAUUUUCAAGGGCUUUUCUUCUGCAGAGCUCCAGUAGUUCAUGAGCAUUUCACUUCUGAGUCGUGGGCGGAGACAGUGCUGCACUGCAUACUCCUCUUCACACUAGCUUGCAGCCUAACAUUGCUGGUGCAGUAGAAGUGGCAGGUAACAUAGGAGCUAUUUAGCUCUCAGAAACUAUGUUUUUGGGGACAUGAUGAAAGUUAAUAUCAUAAUUAACUAGUAAAAUUUCCACAUUGGUUGAGACACAAAAAGUCAGGAAAGCUUGUAAGAAGGGAUGAAGAAAUUCACAGUAUCAGGUGGCCAACUAGUGCAAUCACCGCUCAUGUGAAGUGCUGCUACCUACUCUUUCCUGUUCAGCAGCAGGUACUUUUCCACUAUGUUUCACUCUGUGGAUAAAUCAGAGCACAUAUGGUGCAAAUUAAGUGGUAAAAACAAUCACAAAAGCAUUGAACUCUGCUUUAUCUGUCAUAAAGAGUGACUGCUGCUGCAGCAUCUUUUUCACAUUUAACUCUCCUUACCCAUUUUUUAGGAUCACACUGUCCUGAAAAUUUCCAGGCAUUUGAAGGACUGCACAUGAAAAUAUGAGAGGUUUGGGCUCUGAAUGAUAUAUUCUAAAGGGGACAUGAGCAACAGAUCAUAUUCCCAUACAACCAUAGUAACUCACUGAAUAUGUAGAUCACAGCUUCCAGCAUCAACUGCCUUGUUUUGCAGAGGAGGCCACAAGAGGUUUGUUAUUUGACAUAUUUUUUUCUACAGAAAAAGAAUAAAAAUACAUUGUGGACUCUUUAUGAAGCUGUCACCAUGUUCUCAAAACUAGAAUAGCUCCUCUCAGUUUUAGGGAACAGCCACUUUCUGAGAGCGGUGGAGAAUUUGGGGAACCUAAAUAAGGUUGGAUGGUAGAAAUGUUACAAAACACAAAUAUAGACAUAUAUUUCCUCUCAGGCAUACACAGUAGGCUCAGCCGGCUCAAAGUAAAUGUUUCUGUAAAUCCAUAGAGUACAACUGUAAGAGUGAAAGGCUCUGAAGAUUGUGGACUCUUUCCAAUACUGACUAUCCAAACUGUUGAACAGGGCCCUGCAUUUACCUGUGUUAAAGUAGCUUUAGAUAUAGACACUGUUGGACAAGCUACUUGGGUAAUUUAGUGUGCCAAGCUAAUUAUCACUCUCUAUUUAAUUUAGCUUCACUGCACUGAGGCUUACCCUGGAGAAAUGUUGUGCUAUGCUACAGCAACACUGUGAGAGAAGCCUCACAACACCACAGCUGUUUUCAUUCAUACUAAUCCAGUCUUAGUCAAAGUCAGUGCUCCUUCUAUUAUCACGUGGAUCAGUCUGUACUAAAUCAUGACCUGUAACUACAAACAUUACAAGAAAAUAACUUUAUCCUUUAGAAAAAAAAAACUCAAUGCCUCGUAAUAUGAACCUUCCAGUUGAACUAACCCAGAUACAAAUUUUUUUUAAGAUACUCGCAUUAACGAUGCUGAUAUAUUUGUGUGUAUGUGAGCAUGGGCGUGAGAGAGAGAGAGAGAGAGAGAGUGUGUGUGUGUGUUUCUGUGUGUAAUAAUUCCAAAAACUUCUCCCUGGUGUCUCUCUCAAUAGAAGCAGAGAUAGACAGUUGGUGCUUCCUUGAAGCUUGGUCACAUAAGCCCUCCUUUUGUUUGUGCUUUGACUUCUAUAUUAUAAAUCUGGUUGAUAUAAAAUUCUCUGUGCCUUUUGUGUGUACAUGGACUGCAGGCAGACCAGUCCAGUACCAGCACUCUUUGAAUACAAAGCCUCGCUGUUGUAACACAUUCAGAAUGUAUCUUCUUGUUGUCUUGCUGAAAAAAAAAAAACAAGGACUUCCCUAAAAAGACGUGGCUCUGAUGGCAGCUAUCAGCAUUAAUGGAGCCUUUACAGAUGUGACAGUUAGCCAUGGGCUCUAACACAUCACCAGACCAUCACAGAUGCUGACUUUUGAACUUCUGACCUGAGAACUGUCUGGAUGGUCCUUUUUCUCUUUGGUCCAGAGGACACCAUGUCCAUGAUUUCCAAAAACUUGGGUCAGUCCAUCCCAGAUGAGCUUGGGUCAAGAGAAGCUGGUGGUGUUUUUGGCUGUUGUUCAUACCUGUCUUUGUCUUUGUGUGGUGGAGUUUGAACUUGACAAACUGUGUCAACUGACAAUAGUUUUCUGAAGUGUUCCUGAAUCCACAUGGUGAUAUCCUUUACAGAUUGAUCAGGGUUUUUAAUGAAGUGCUGCUUGAGGGGUUGAAGGUCUCAGGGUUCAGUGUUUACAUGCAUAGGUUUCUCUGAUUCUCUGAAUCUUUUGAUAAUUGUAUGGACUUUAGAUGAUCGGAUCACUUAAUUCCUGCAGUUCAUUGAAAAAUGCUCUUAAACUGUUGGACUAUUUGCUCACCCUCAGAGUUGACAAAGUAGUGAGUAGAGAUUCGAUUUUACUUCUGUGACUCUAGUGAGGUGAUCAUCAGAGCAGGGCCAGGUGUGUGUGUGUGUGUGUGUGUGUGUGUGUGUGUGUGUGCGUGCGUGCGUGCGUGCGUGUGCGCGUGUGAUUGCCCUGAUUUGGAGCAGUUGGUGGAAGCUUAUAUAUACUCUUGAGCUCCGGCUCCCAGAAUAAACUCAUCAGAGAUAGUGAGAGGUUGUGUGAAUGUUCCCAGUGUCUCCAAUUUUUCCAGUAUUUAAUGUCCAUAAUUUCCUAGUGGUAGUCUCUGGGCCUAUUUUUAUAACCCAGCUCUUUGUGUUUGACUUACCUGACUGUUUUAGUUGUUUCUUUUUAGUUUCUGUUCUGCUGCUCGGCAGUGGUGGGUUUUUUUUCUGAGUUUUGGUUUUUGUUGAUCAAAGUGGUUAUCCCUUAGGGAUAACUUUCAGAAUGCCUACCCAGUUGGACAAGUGUCCACAGUUGUGCCAAAAUCCCCCCUAUUGUCACGGGCCCCAUCUUUGCUUUUGAAAGACUGAGCCUUUUGAGAUGGGAUUCCUUCUAUACCCAAUUAUGACCCUCACCUGUUUCCGAUUAACCUGUUCACCUGUGGAAUGAUCCAAACAGGUGUUUUUGGAGAAGUUCUCAGUUUUCCUAGACACAUGCUGUAGGAGCGUGCUGUAGCAUGAAAUUUAAUCAAGUUUUCAGUUUGAACAUAUCUUGGGUUUGUAGUGUGUUUGAUUAAACAUAUGGGGCUCUAUUUUCGUUCGCGCCGGUGAGGCGGCGGAUGGCGGCGAUUCCCGUGCAGUUGUAUUUUCGUCUGGCGGAGCCCAGCGUAAGUCCAAUUUGGUAUUUUCGUGGCAUGAGCCGCACGGAGGCGAGCCGAGAUCCGCCAAGCUGGGCGUGGUGGUGUGGCAGGGGGAGGUGUUGACAGAAUCAGCUGGCGCAGUGACAUUUUCGUGCUCGCCAACGGCGUGUAAAGUGCGCUGAAAGCUCGCCGAUUCAAACCUGGUCAGCUUUCAGCGCAAGGCGGAACGCAGCUGGUCUUGUAGUAUUUUGGUAGACCGGCGGCGUAUCGACAUACGUCGCUGAUGCCUCACCGGCAGGUUUCCACAGUGUCAGGCACAUUUCAGUGCAAUAAGUAAUCAUCAUCAACUAUUAAUCUGAGUCAGCACAUAUAUUUAGAUCUAUAUAGAUAUAUUCUGAUCUAUAUCUGAUCUGAUGAGCGCGUUUGGCACGCGUUUGGACACACAACCUGACCGAAUCAACACAGCUGAAACCGCGUCAAAUUAAAUUAAAUAUCUAGUAAAUAAACACACAUGAUGAAGUUAACAAGAUAUGUAAUUCGUCUCCCUCCUUUUCUUUCUUCCUCUUCCUCUUAUUUCUCGCGCAGCUCGACCUGGACACGUCUCCGUGUCCUCUGGCCGUCUUGCUGCUGCUGCGACUGAACAGAUGAUUUGUUUCAGUGCUCAGAUGCGUGAUCUACUUUAAGCCGACAUACGGAUAUUAUAAUAUUCAGUUUUGUGAGCCAAAUUUAUUUUAUAUGCCAACAUCUAUGAAAGAAAGAGCCAGGCCACGGAGCGCGAUGCGUCAUUUAUGCACAGAUGGUUCCAAUUUUAAUGCCAUUUUUGGAAUUUAUGGUGUGAUCUGUGCGCACAACUCAUCUUUGUCAUAUGGGAUUUAAAUAUAUGCAGCACAUACAUUUAGAUCUACAGUACAUUUUGAUGUAUAUCUAUAGGAGCGCGUUUGGCACGCCUAAUUGCCACUCCACCUGACCGACUAACACAGCUGAAACUCUGAUGCAAACUAACUACUUCACGUCUCUCUACCAACCACAAACAGCUUCGUCAUCACAGAGAGAGUAUAUAUUUGGCAUGUCAUCUCAGAACACUGAGAAAAGAAUCAACGCACACUGAAGCAAAGUAAGUUAUGACCGUUGUUCUCAAGAUUUACAUGCAGCAUGUGAUCUCACAGCUACAAAUUUAAUAAUUUCCAUGCUUAACAUUAUCUACAAAGAUGGAGUACAUAAUUGCAAGGAGGUGGAGGAGGAGGAGGAGAAAUUACAGAGAGAGGGUGAUUCAUCACAGGGCAUCAUAUUUAACCUUAACAGAGCAGGAAUGCAGGUGGGCCACAUGGAUAACGCCUCCAACACCGUGUUCAAUACAACUGCCUUUUAACAAUCUACUAUUUUCCUUGACACAGGACCAAAUUACACCUGCCUCGUGAGGUGGUCCACGCGAUCACACGGAUUGUGGCCUCAGAUGCGGACCCCGGUGGCCCAUGCGCUCUCCCAGUUGCUGUGAGGGUGACAGCGGCUCUGACUUUCUUCGCCACCGGGUCUUUCCAGCAUACCGUGGCUUCGGUGGUAGGGAUAAGUCAGGCCGCUGUCAGUUUGGCCAUACAUGCAGUGUCCACCAGUCUAGUCCGACACGCAAAUGAGCACAUCAUUUUCCCAUCAUCACCUGCAAGCCAGCUGGAAACGAAGCGAGGGUUCUUGUUGAAAUAUGGAUUCCCUGGGGUCCUUGGAGCAAUUGACUGCACACAUGUGCAGUUGCGCGCACCAGAGACCCAAGCCCUCAUUUAUGUGAAUCGUAAGGGAGUCCACUCCAUUAAUAUCCAGGUGAUUUGUGACUCAAAUUGCCUGGUGACAAACGUGUACGCUAAUUACCCCGGGUCUGCACAUGAUUCAUUCAUCCUGGCGAAUUCUAUCAUCCCUACAGUCUUUCAGGGGGACACCCCUCUGGAUGGGUGGCUGCUAGGUGAUAACGGCUAUCCACUGAAAACGUGGUUGAUGACGCCAUACAUUACACCUUCAACAAGACAGCAACGUGUUUUUAACAGUGUCUUCAGCAGUGCUAGGUCAGUCAUUGAACGUACUUUUGGAAUCCUCAAAAUGCGUUUCAGAUGUCUGGACCGGUCAGGUGGUUCAUUAACAUACAGCCCGCAGAGUGUCGGUGCAUUCUUUGUGGCAUGUUGUGUUUUACACAAUUUAGCUAUACGCCAUGGAUGCCACUACGACCUCGCCGAGGACACAUUACUGGACUUUAGACAGGGAGAGGCCGAAUUGCAUGUGCCAUGUCAGCAGGGAGAGCAGCAGAGCGCGCAGGUGAGGAGGGACCGCCUCGCAGCACAGCUCUGCCCUUAAGUGUGAGUAUUUGCUUUCAUUCAUUUAUACACUUUUUGUAAUUAUCCACAUUAAAACAUCCAAUAAAUAGUCAAACAUGAUUGCAUUAACAAGUGUUUUUAUUGUGUUUCUCCCCUCCCAACCCCCCUUCUUCUUCUUCUUCCUCCUCCUCCUCCUCCUCCUCCUCCUCUUGGGUCUGGACGCUGCAGUCGGUCAGUCAACCCAGGAGGCCGCCCCCCUCCUGUGCGCGGCCUCAGCGGCCACCUGGGACAGGCGGGGGCGGAUGAUUCUGCUGGUGGCAGCAGCCUUUCGGCUACCUGGACCAGCCGCUGCAGUGUCGCAACGCCAGCGGCUAAGGGGAGCAGGCUGGCCUGGAGGACCUCCUGGAGAGCCUUCACCUGGGCCUCCAGCGACCCAAGCCGCGUCCCCAUCGACCCCAGCUCCCUCUCCAACAUCAGAAAACCAGCCCGCUGGGUGUCCAGGAAGGGCUGGUCCUCCCGCUGAACGCGGUUUCGUCUCCGACCCCGUGUUGCCGGCUCGUCUCCACGUCCUGCCCCCUCCCGCGUCUCCGGCACCGGCUCCGGCUCCCCCUGGUCCUCCUCCUCGCAGUCGUCUUCGUCCUCUCCCUCCUUCUCCUCCCCCCGACCACCUGCUGCUGCUGUUCUUCCUCCUCCUCCUCCUCCCCCUCCCUUGUGGUGUGCUGCUGCCGCGACGGCGGCAAUUCUGCCGAGGCUGACCAGAAAUUUUAUUUUAGUAAAUCACAGAAAUUCUUUUUUUUUAAAUGUUAAUACUUUCAUUUAGAAUAAAGAAGUUAGAAAUUGUGUGAGCAAAGUUCAUUUCAGAUGCAAACAUUAGCGGAAAGGGGGAGAAAAUACAAUCAGGCUUUGUUUGAUCCGUCUUUACGCACAGGUGGUUCCGAUUUCAAUCCCAUUACGCAUGGCAUUUUUUCAGAUCACCUGUGCACACAACACACCUUAGUAACACGUAGUUAAAUAUACAUGUUAGUGUCUUUAUUUGUGGAAAAGAAUGUUUGUCUUACCCGUGAGUCCAACCUCAGAGACACCAAA